GUUCCGGGUCCGGACGCAAACAAAACUACUCGCCAUCCAGGGCCGGUAGUUUUGUUUUAGGGGAUUUUCGACUUGUUGGAGGAGCUUCAAGUGAAGGAAUUAAAGCAAGACAAGGACAUCCCGAGACCCCUGUCCCCCCACCCCCCAACAUCCCAGCCGGCACCCUUGUGCUAACAAGGAGCCGAGCGAGCCACCAUGUCGACACAAGCGCCGACUUUCACUCAACCGCUGCAGAGCGUCGUGGCACUAGAGGGUAGUGCCGCCUCGUUCCAGGCGCAAGUGAGCGGUGCUCCGGUUCCCGAGGUGUCCUGGUUCCGCGAUGGCCAGGUCCUCUCGGCCGCCGUGUUGCCCGGCGUUCAGAUCUCAUUCAGCGAUGGCCGCGCUGUUCUGAGCAUCGACGCCGUCACGCCCGCGCACAGCGGGAGAUUUUCCGUACGGGCCACCAACGGAGCUGGACAAGCCACCAGCACCGCAGAACUCCUUGUAACAGCGGAGACGGCGCCCCCCAACUUCCUUCAAAGACUUCAGAGCUCGACGGUGCGCCAGGGCAGCCAGGUGCGCCUCAGCGUCCAGGUGACGGGCAUCCCGCCACCCGCCAUCAAGUUCUACCGCGAAGGAGCUGAGAUCCAGAGCUCGGCCGACUUCAAAAUCGUCCAGGACGGCGACCGCUACAGUCUGCUGAUCGCCGAGGCCUUCCCGGAGGACUCCGGGACGUACUCGGUGACGGCCAGCAACAGCAGCGGCCGAGCCACGUCCACCGCUGAGCUUCUGGUUCAGGGAGAAGAAGCCGUCCCUGCCAAGAAAACCAAGACCCUUGUCUCCGCAUCCCAGACCGGAAUCCGCAAGAUGGAGACCAGCUUCCAGAGCACCAUGAUGGAAAUGCGCGUGGAAGGCGGAAUGAUGACUCAACAUUUAGCUCACAGGACCCCCCCGAGGGUCCCCCCGAAACCCACCUCCAGAUCGCCGCCCUCCUAUUUGACCAAGGUGACCGGCGGACGCCAGCAGUCGCCGUCGCCUGUCCGACACGUUAAAGGGCCGACGCCCGCGCCCGUCAGAUCCGUGUCACCCUCCACCCGACUGUCUGUCUCCCCCAUCCGACCCGUCAAGUCGCCCCUCGUCACCCGCAAGCAGGUGUUGGUGUCGUCUGAGGUCCUUCCACCCUGGAAGCGGGGCGACUACGCUGCUGAAGCCAGCUACACCAGCGUCACCAGCAUCAGCGGCGCCACCGCCAGGCUGCAGGUGGACAAACAGUGGGAGCAGCAGGUCACCACCGUCAGAGAGGCCGAGCAACCGUCCCAGGCUGGUCGCAGUGUUGCCGUGGCGACCGUGGUGGCCGCCGUGGAUCAGGCCCGAGUCCGCCGUGGGCCGCCUAACGCCGACGCCGCCGUGUCAGCUGAACAGGGUGGCGAGCAGUUACAAAUGGCUGCAACAGAGGUGGUUCACGUAGUGGAGGCACCCAAGCGGGACUCUGUAGUGGUGGAGGUGAAGAAGCAAGUGACCAUGGAGAAACAUUUGAAAAUGAUGCCGCCCGACACUGUCCCCACCACAACCACUGCUGCAGCCACCACUGUCGUCGCUGCAGCCGCCACUGUCACCUCUGCCACUGCAGUCGCAGCCACUACCGCAGUCACAGAGACCACAAAGAUUUCGAGGACCCGACUGGACACCGGUGCCCCCUCGGCCCCACUUCCACAUUUCACUGUGGCAAAAGUUUCUGUUCCCAAAGCUGAGGCCAGUCAAGAGGUGUCCGUCGCGGGCUCGGCCAUGGCCACCCUGCACAAAGAGCUGUCGUCCCCCUCCAUGCCCAGAAAGGUCAUCAAGCCCGUCCAUUCCCCCAGUCCCGUCCGCAGGGCGGCAGUGGCGGCGGCACCGGAGGCCCGUGUGGCACCGCCCUUUAAGGUGUCGACGUAUCAAAGUCAGGUUGAGUCGCAGGGGUUCGGGCUUUAUGCCAAGGAGGAGUUUGAGGACUGGGAGGCUCAGGAGGUGGUUGCAGUCUCCACCAGUGCCCAGGAGACCCUCGUGCCACCCACUAUCGUUGCAGGCCUGAAGAACUUGACCGUGACCGAAGGCGAGUCGGUGACCCUGGAGUGUCAGAUCCGCGGCCACCCCACCCCCAUGAUCAUGUGGUUCCGAGAAGAUUACAAGAUGGAGAGCUCCAUCGACUUUCAGAUCAGCUACGAGGACGGCCACAGCUGGCUGCUGAUCCGCGAGGCCUUUGCCGAGGACAGCGGCCGCUUCACAUGCACCGCCACCAGCAAGGCCGGAACUGUCAGCACUUCCUGCUACCUUCUCGUCAAAGUUUCAGAAGAAGUGGAGAGCAGAGAGGAGACAAUGGCUGUCACGCAAGUAGAAAUGACUCAAGACAAAACUGUUGCCAUGGAGACAAAAGAGUUGGUGUCGAUGGAGGUGAGUGAAGGAGAGGCUGCUUCCCCGUUCUUCAUCUCCAAGCCGAGGGUCCAGAAGCUGGUGGAGGGCGCCAGCGUGGCCUUUGAGUGCCAAGUGGGUGGAAACCCCAAACCUCACGUCCUGUGGAAGAAGAACGGCGUCGUUCUCACCACCGGAUACAGAUAUAAAGUGACCUACAAGAAAGAGACUGGAGAAUGCAAACUGGAGAUCUCCAUGACGUUCGCCGACGAUGCCGGAGAAUAUUCCGUCUUUGCCAAGAAUUCACACGGAGAAGCCUCAGCCUCCAUCAGCUUGCUGGAGGAAGAGGAAUACGAAGCCUACAUGAAGCUGCAUGACGUGACGUAUAAAACAGAAGUGACAACUACGACUAUGAUGACGACGGCGGUCGAGGAGCCAUCUGUGCUUGUGAGCGGGUACCAGGCGCAAGUUGCACAACGCAAGAGAGUAACAACCCCAAUGAGCUUUGUCUCAGAUACGGAAUUCCUCAUUUCAGCAUUUGAAGAGCGCAUCAUCCAGGAGAUUGAGAUCCGCAUCCUGAGGAUUAGUUACACAGAAUUGGUGGCGGAGGACGGGGAGCAGAUGGCGAGCGCAGCAGACGACGAGGCCAUGGCGCCCACCUUUGACACGCUGGUGAAAAACUACCGCAUAAUGGAGGGGAUGGGUGUCACGUUCCACUGCAAGAUGGCUGGAGUGCCACUGCCCAAGAUUGCUUGGUACAAAGAUGGUCAGCGUAUCAGGGCCGGUGGACACUACCAGGUAGAGGUUCUUCAGGACGGACAUGCCAGCCUGCGACUGCCCGUGGUUCUGCCCGAGGACGAGGGCGUGUACAGCGCCUUGGGCAGCAACAUGAAGGGCAACACCGUAAGCUCUGGGAAGCUCUACGUAGAACCUUCUGGAAGCGUGUCGCCUCAGAGAUACACACCACAGCCAGCCAUGCAGAGGAUCCAGUCUGAAUCCCCUCGCUCGCUGACCCGCUCACCGGGGCGUUCUUCCAGUCGUUCUCCCAGUCGUUCUCCUGGACGUUCUCCUGCCCGAAGGCUCGAUGACACAGAUGAGGCUCAUCUGGAGAGACUCUACAAGCCCGUCUUUGUAAUGAAGCCCACUUCGCUCAAAUGCUCUGAGGGGCAAACUGCCAGAUUUGACCUGAAGGUGGUUGGCAGACCCAUGCCAGACACAUACUGGUUCCACAAUGGACAACAAGUAAUCAAUGACUACACCCACAAGAUAGUAAUUAAGGAGGAUGGCGUUCAAUCCAUGAUUAUCGUCCCUGCGAUGCCCCAGGACUGUGGAGAGUGGACGGUUGUUGCUCACAACCGAGCUGGGCGCACCACCAUCACAGUGACUCUGACUGUUGAAGCGCGAGAAAGCCUGACGCGUCCACAUUUCAUGGAGAAGCUGAAGAACAUUACAGUCAAACAGGGAACUCUGGUGGAGUUGGCUGUUAGGGCUAUUGGAAACCCGGUGCCUGACAUUGUGUGGCUGAAGAACAGUGACAUCGUCAGCCCUCACAAGCACCCACAAAUCAAGAUUGAGGGCACUAAGGGUGCGGCCAAAUUUCAGAUCCCGUCUGCUUCGGGUUCAGACAGCGCAUGGUACACAGCCACGGCCAUCAACAGAGCUGGCAGGGACACCACCCGCUGCAGAGUCAAUGUGGAAAUGGACUUUGCUGCUCCACAAAUUGAGAGGAAGCUCAUCAUCACUAAAGGAACCUACAAGGCCAAAGAGAUUGCUGCCCCAGAGCUGGAACCCCUGCAUCUCCGCUAUGGCCAAGAGCAGUGGGAGGAGGGAGACCUUUAUGACAAAGAGAAGCAGCAGAAACCACAAUUUAAAAAGAAGCUGACCUCCAUUCGAAUGAAAAAGUUUGGUCCCGCUCACUUUGAGUGCAGACUGACCCCAAUCGGCGACCCCACCAUGGUAGUUGAGUGGCUCCAUGACGGCAAACCCCUGGAGGCCGCUAACCGGCUGCGCAUGGUCAAUGAAUUUGGGUACUGCAGUCUGGACUACGAGGUAGCGUACGCUCGAGACAGCGGCGUCAUCACGUGCAGAGCCACCAACAAGUUUGGAGUGGACCAGAACUCGGCCACUCUGAUUGUUAAGGACGAGAAGGGUCUGGUUGAAGAGUCCCAGCUGCCCGAGGGAAGAAAGGGAUCGCACAGGAUUGAGGAGAUGGAGCGCACGGCUCACGAGGGAGCACCUGCAGGAGUGGGCACUGACGAGGAGACCGAAAAGACCAAACCGGAAAUUGUCCUGCUUCCUGAGCCGGCUCGUGUGUUGGAAGGUGACAUUGCUCGAUUCCGCUGCAGAGUGACCGGUUACCCAGCACCCAAGGUCAACUGGUACCUCAACGGACAACUUAUCCGCAAAAGCAAGAGAUAUAGACUACGUUACGAUGGGAUUUACUACCUGGAGAUCGUUGACAUCAAGUCUUACGACACAGGCGAAGUCAGAUUGGUGGCAGAUAAUCCUUUGGGUACAACAGAGCAUGUUGUCAAGCUGGAAGUCACACAGAGAGAGGACUUCAGGUCUGUCCUACGCCGCGCUCCAGAACAGAAGGCAGCAGAGCCCCCACAUGAGUCUGGGAGAGUGGGGUUCGGUGUUGUAAAGGUGGACCAACCUACAGAGGGUGCGCAAGACAAAGAGAUUGUGAAACUCAGGAAGACACAGAGGAUCGUUCACGAGAAAACUUCAGAGGAGUCAGAAGAACUGAAGAGCAAGUUCAAGCGUAGGACGGAAGAAGGCUUUUAUGAGUCCAUCUCUGCGGUGGAAUUCAAGUCUCGCAGGAGGGAUGACUCCUAUGAGGAUUUGUUGAAGAAGACCAAGGAUGAGCUGCUCCAUCACCUCAAAGAGAAAGAGGAGGCUGAGAGGAAGAAGCUGGAAGAACAGGGCAAAGUCACCAUCCCCACAAUCAAACCUGAGAGGGUCCAGUUGUCCCCCAGCAUGGAAGCUCCCAAGAUCCUGGAACGCAUCACAAGCAAGACAGUGGCCCCGAUGGAUGAGGUUCGCUUCAGACUCAGAGUUGUGGGCCGGCCCGAGCCCGAGUGCCAGUGGUUCAAGAACGGCAUUGAACUGGAGAAGUCAGACCGCAUCUACUGGUACUGGCCAGAAGACCAUUUAUGUGAGCUUGUGAUCCGAGAUGUCACCCCUGAAGAUUCGGCCAGCAUCAUGGUCAAGGCGAUUAACAUCGCUGGGGAAGCCUCAAGCCAUGCCUUCUUGCUGGUGCAAGCUAAAGCCGCUGUUAGCUUUACCCAAAGUCUGGAAGACGCUACCGCCCAAGAGAAGGAUACCAUGGUGACAUUCGAGUGUGAAACCAGUGAACCUUUUGUCAAAGUCAAAUGGUUGAAGGACAACAUGGAGAUCUUCUCUGGAGACAAAUACAGAAUGCACUCGGAUAGGAAGGUCCACUUCCUGUCUGUGCUGAUGAUCAAAGUGAGAGAUGAAGCAGAGUACACUUGCAUCAUCGCAGACGACGACAGCGUCCGGACAAGUGCAAGACUUUAUGUCAAAGGUGCUGCGCUGGAGCUCAUCAAACCUCUGGAAAACACUGAGGUUCCCGAGACCUACUCCGGAGAGUUUGAGGUCGAAUUGUCUCGUGAGGACGUUGAGGGAAGCUGGUUCUUCGGUGAAAAGCAGCUGUCUCACAGUAGUAAGCAUGUCCUGUCCUCUCGGCGGGGAAGACACACCCUGACUGUGAAGGACGUCAAUAAGGAGGACCAGGGGAAGUACACCUUUGUAUGUGGAGACCUGAAGACCAGUGCCUCACUGAGGAUGAAAUUGCGUCCAGUGACCCUGAUUCAGCCUCUGGCCGAUCUGACCGUCUGUGAGGGUGACAUAGCUCAGCUGGAGGUCAGGUUCUCUCAGGAGAACGUGGAGGGAACCUGGAUGAAGGGCGGCCAGGCCGUCUCCGCCUCGGACCGCGUCCACAUGGUCAUUGACAAGGCCGUCCACAAGCUCCUGGUGGAGAACGCUGGUUCUGAAGACGCCGCUUUAUAUUCCUUCGAAGUUCCCAGCCACUACAUCACCACUUCCUGCAAACUCAACGUUCAAACCAUUGAGAUCGUGGCACCGCUGAAAGACGUGACUUCCGUUGAAGGCACAAAGGCGGUUUUGGAAGCCAAGAUCUCUGCUCAGAACAUGGGCUCAGUCAAAUGGUACCACGACGACAAGCCUGUGACAGCCAGUGAGCGGGUCCAGGUUGUGGCCAAGGGAGCCAAGCAGAGACUUGUCUUCAGCCGAACCUUCGCCUCAGACGAAGGAAAGUACAAGCUGGUGGUAGGGAAGGUCUCCACCAGCUGCACCCUCACCGUGGAAUCCGUUCAAAUUGUCAAACACAUGGAGGACAAAGUGUGCUCCGAGUCCCAAAACGUCACUUUCCAAGUUCAAUUGUCUCAUGCCGGUAUCGACCCGGUCUGGACCUUCAGUAACCAGGACCUUAAACCUGGACCCAAGUACAAGAUGGAGUCAAAAGACAAGACCCACUCUCUAACUGUCAUCGACACCAUGAAGGACGAGGAGGGACAGUACGGUUUCCAUGCUGGACAGAAGACAUCCAGUGCAAAGCUCACGGUCUCUGGCGGCGCCAUCAUCCGUCCUCUGACGGACGUGACAGUGGUCGAGUCUCAGACGGCUGAACUGGAGUGCCAAGUGGCCAACGCCGACGCCGAGGGCAAGUGGCUGAAGGACGGCAAGCCGCUGGACUUCAACGACAACGUGAAGAGCGUGACAAAGGAAGCCGUUCGACGCCUCGUCAUCGUCAUCACUCGCCCACAGGACGUGGCUGAGUAUACAUACCAAGUGGCCAACUCCAAAACUUCAGCCAACCUCCGGGUGGAGGCGGUGAAGAUCAAGAAGACUCUGCGAAACCAGACUGUGACGGAAACCCAGGAGGCGCUCUUCACACUGGAGUUGACACACGAGGAUGUCAAAGGCGCUCAGUGGGUCCGAAACGGCGUGGAACUACACGACGAUGACAAGUACUGCAUCACGUCUGAUGGCGCAGUCCACACGCUCAAGAUCAAAAACUGCAGCGCGCCAGAUGAGAACAUUUACUCUUUCAAACUGGGAAAGCUGACAGCGAGCGCUCGGCUCAAUGUGGAGACCAUCAAGAUCGUGAAGAAGAUGAAGGAUGUGACAUCUCUGGUGGGCGGCACGGCAUCCUUCGAGAUGAGCCUGUCCCACGACAACAUCCCGGUCCGCUGGAUGUUCAAUGGCACCGAGCUGAAGCCCAGCGACUCGUGCAAGAUCCUGGCGGAGCGCAAGGCCCACAAACUGGUUCUGCAGAACGUGGAGAGCGGCAGCCAAGGGGAGUACAUGGCUGUGGUGGGACACCUCCAGUGCAGCGCCAACCUCACCGUACAAGCUCUGCGCGUGACGAAACCCCUGAAGAGCGUGACGGUGGCCGAGACCCAGUUGGCCACCUUCGAGUGUGAAGUGUCCCACUUCAACGUGCCGUCCACCUGGCUGAAAAACGGCGUGGAGAUUGAAAUGAGCGAGAAGUUCCGCAUCGUGGUGCAGGGCAAACUCCACCAGCUGAAGAUCAUGAACACCAGCAGGGUCGACUCGGCCGAGUACACCUUUGUGUGCGGGAAUGACCGUGUGUCCGCCACGCUCACUGUCAGCCCCGUCCUUGUCACCUCCAUGCUGAAAGACCUGAACGCUCAGGAGCGGGACACCAUCACCUUCGAGGUCACCGUCAACUAUGAGGGCAUCACCUACAAGUGGCUGAAGAACGGCGUGGAGAUCAAGUCUUCUGAGAGAUGCCAGGUCCGAAGCCGGCAGCUGACUCAUUCGCUGACCAUCCGGAACGUUCACUUCGGAGACGGAGGAGAAUACCAGUUUGUGGCUGGAUCUGCAGCCAGUGCCGCAAACCUGUUUGUCGAAGCUCGUGUCAUCGAGUUCACCAAGAAAAUCAAAGACAUCAAGAUCACUGAGAAGAAGAAGGCCAUAUUUGAGUGUGAGGUGUCCGAACCCAACAUCCAGGUCAUGUGGCUGAAGGACGGCCUGGAGCUCGACAUGUCCGAGGAGAGGUUUGUGGUGACGGCUGAGAAGUACGUCCACCGCCUCAUGAUCCAGACCGUGCGCAUGUCUGACGCCGGAGAGUUUUCAGUGGUGGCCGGCUCCAGCGUGUCCAAGGCCCAACUCACUGUGGAAGGACGAGACAUCCGCAUCUCAGAGCCGGCUCAGCGACACAUCACGGUUCUGGAAAAACACAGGGCAACUUUUGAGUUUGAGGUUAACGAGGACGACGUAGAAGGCCGUUGGCUGAGAAACGGUGCGGAGAUGCAGUUCUCGGUGGAGGAGCGCUUCAGCUACGCCAUUAUCAGGAGGCUCCACCGGCUCACCAUCUCAGAAACCUUCAGGAGCGAUGCCGGCGAGUACACCUUUAUUGCCGGAAAGAACAGAAGCACCAUGAGCCUGAGAGUUAACAUCCCAGAACCGCCUCAAAUCAUCCAUCACAUGGAGGGUCAGUCUGUGGAGGCUGGCAAGCCUGCUCGCUUUUCUGCGGUCGUGAGCGGCCUCCCUCAGCCUCAGGUCUUUUGGUACAAGGACUCGCAGCCUCUGUCACCGGGCUUCAAGUGCAAGUUCCUGCAUGACGCCCAAGAGCACACUCUGCUGCUCAUUGAAGUUUUCCCAGAGGAUGCCGCCAUCUACAGUUGUCAGGCCAAAAACGACUUCGGCGUCGCCACCAGCACCGCGACGCUCAAUGUGGAAGUGCCGGAGGUGGCUUCUCCAGACUUGGCUGCUUUUGUUGCGGCACCUACUGUCAUCUCACCCAUGGACAGCACCUCUACCUUUGAGGGAGAACCAGCUCGCUUCCAGUGCAGAAUUCGCGGAGACGAUGUGAAGAUCAGCUGGUUCCACAAGAACAAGGAGAUCAAGCAGUCAGAAUUUUUCAGGAUGUCUCAGUUUGACGACAACUGUCAGCUCGAGCUCUCCAAAGUUUACCCGGAGGACGAGGGUGAAUAUGCCUGUGUGGCCACCAACACCGGUGGAACCGCAUCCUGCUCCGCCACUCUAACACUGGAUGGUGAAAAAUCAAUAGACACUCCCGCCGAGUGGCAAGUCUCCACCACGCUCAGCAGUCGAAAGAAAGCCACCCCUAGCCAGAAACCUGUUUUCUUCCGGCCCAUCACAAGCUGUUCAGUGCCGCACGGGGAGGUGGCCCGCUUUCACGCAUGUGUGUCCGGCACUCCCAAGCCAGAGAUAAGAUGGUUCCACAACCAGCAGCUGGUGCAGCCCACCAAGAAUGUUGUGUUCCAUUACGACGAAGUCACGAGCACCGCCACCCUCAUCAUAGUUGACGCCUUCCUGGAGCACGCUGGCCAGUACACCUGCAGGGCAACCAAUCCUGCAGGAGAGGCCAUCUGCUCGGCCAUGCUCGUCAUCACCAAAGUGUACCAGGAAGAAGAAGUGACUCAAGAGCAAGAGGAGAUUGAGGCCACCAUUGAGGAGGAGGUGAAAGAACGUUCUAGCACCACUGUCACAACUGUGGAGGAGCAAGAGGAGACCUACUACACUGGCAUCCAGUUGCCUCACAAAACAAAAACACUUGAACUCAUGCCAGAGUCCAAACGUUACUCUUCCACAAUAGAGAAGAAAAAGGAGAAGCCAGUGUUUCUCAGCCAGCUUUUUCCGGUGGCGGUGAGCUCCGGAGAAAGAGCCACCUUUAGCGUUAAGGUGUCGGGCAAACCAACACCCAUUGUUCAGUGGUCUCGUGAUGGGAAAGUGAUCAAAAGCUCUUCCGUGUACAAGCUGGUAGAAGAGAAGGAAGAGUUUAAAUUGAUUAUCACCCGUGUCACGUCCGAGUACGAGGGCGAGUAUUCCUGCACUGCCUCCAACAGGUUUGGCCAGACCACAUGUACUACAUACCUGGAAGUGAAAAAGGCGGACCUUAGCCAGGCAGAAAAGUGGGUCGAGAAAAUGUUUAAGUACACAGGUAAACCUCCGACGUUCAUAGAGCAGAUCCAACCUGUGAGUUGCUCGCAAGGGGCAGAUAUUAAUUUUAAUUACAAAGUCAUUGGGGACCCAGUCCCCAAAGUCCAGUGGUUCAAGAGUGCGUUUGAGGUCCAGUCUAGUCCUAAAUGCGUCAUUACAUCUAAUCCAGAUGGGUCUGGCUUUAUCACCAUCAAGGGUGUCGUACAGGAAGACAGUGGCAUGUACACAUGCAAAGCUUCAAACCAGUUUGGGGAGGCGUCUAGUGGUGCCGAGCUAGUUGUGGUAAGGGAAUCACCUUCUGUGUCUCGCAAACAGCAAAUGGUGGUCCAGAAAAAAGGUUAUAAAGUUUCCAAGACAGAACAGGCUACGGAGUCUCGCUUAUACCAGGUCAGCCUCCCAGGCCAGGACAGGACCAGGUCGGACCAAAUGGUUUACACCAUAGGUACCGAAGACCGCCGGGUUAUCCCUAGUGAGCAAGUGGGCUCCCUUACGGAGCUGGAGAUCUCUUCCGCCACCAUUCACCGUGAGAAGGUGGCCCAUCAGGCAGCAGUGCUUCAGUCUCACGAGGUAGAGGAAAGAGUUUCGGAGGUGCCCACUCGGCCGGCACAGGUUUCGGCUGUUUCUCAAACGCAGCUUCACAUGGCUGCAUUCACGUCAUCUGUUGAGGAGAGUCAGGACUUCAAGGAGCAGCACUGUGACCGCAUUCAAAGUCCCGAGGUAAUUGAGCUGCAGGCGAGGAGGGAGGAGAGGUCACAUGUGAUGUCUGCUGUAGCUGAGGAGCUUACCCCUCUCUCUAUAGCCACCACUGAGCCGCUGGCCGACAGAAAGUCUGUGUCAGUAAAGACGAGCUCAGAACCCAAGCAUUUAGUUAGUGGGCAUCAGGUGGUGUCACAGAUGUCAGUCAUAAAAGAACAGUCCCAAGAGCUCUGUGGAGCACAGGAGGAGAAGGGUUACAAGGUAAAAGAGGGGGUGAAAAUCUUAUACUCCGCCCAGUCUACAGAGAAAUAUGCACUUCCAGAGGGUCACACUGCUGAGCUAGCGACAGCCGACUCAGCUGUGAAGACUUCUGUCAAACAAGAGCAACAUCGUUUAAUUCUGGCCUCUGUCAGCGAGUCCAAACACACUCUGGCCAAGGAGACCGACAUUUCUGUGCAGAGACCAGCAGAAGAGACAGCUCUCCUCUGUAAGGACCACCUGAUGAAUGCAAGUCUAACAGCAGAGGAAAGGUACCCGCUUCAGGCUGAGUCCUCUCAGCAGUUGCCAUCUCUGGACAACGCCACUACCAUUCAAUCCCAGUUAGAAGGGGAGCAGCUAUUGCACUUGCAGGUGAUCACUGACCAAGACCUGCUCCCCUCUGAAACCAGUUUCACUUGCAAGAAACCUGAGUCUGAGCAGGCGGGUACCAGGAAGAGUCCUACUGUGUUGCACUCAGUAAGCCAGGAUGAGCAGAGGACAGUCGUAUGUGAGGACACAUCGGCGUUUGAGGCGAGUGUGAGCACCUUUGCUGUUCAAACAAGUAAGGAGUCCCCUUCUCUGCUCCACCUCCAGUCAAGCCAGGCUGUUGAGGUGCUGCCCAAAGAAGGUAUUCUUGUAACUGAGAAGUCUGAACACCAGACAGCGACACAGAAAGCCGAAAAGGCUCGUAUUCACGCGGCUAUCUCUGAGGAGAAACUACAGCUGACCGCAGAUCAGCACUCAGAGCUUAAUUUGUCUGUGACUGGAGUUCAGUCGCAGCUUCGAACUGAGCCCAGACCUCAGAACAUCCUUCAGCUGUCAUUCCAGCCCAUGCAACUGCCGAAGGAGACGCCAGUUACUUCUGAUGUUAAGCAGCAGCGAGCGUUGGUGCAGAAGGAGGAUCGCUGGAAUGUGAUGCACCUCACUAGUGUGGCUGAGAGUCAGGCGUUAGAUGCGGGACACACUGAGAGUCUGGCAGCUGUGGACAAAGUCACCUGCAAGACCGCCAUAGAGCCAAAGGUUCCCACGGAGCCGGUUCAGGUCGAGGAGAAGGAGAUCUGCACUGAGAGCAGUGAAGUUCUCAAGGCUGCAGAGCAGGACUUUGCAGUGCAGAUCCAGGAAGGCCAAUCAGUCAGGCAGUCGAUAGUCAUGGAUGAGAAGCAAGUACUGACAGGAGAGCUUUCUCAGGAGAUCACCAAGUCAGAUUCCACUAAAGUCACUGCUACUAAGCAAGCCCAGCUGUCCCUGCUCGCGUCAGAAUCCAAAGAUAGUGCGACUCUUCCCAAAGAGAUGAUGUUUGUCCUUCAGAUGCCAAAAGAAUCCAGUGUGAGUGUAUGUCAUCAGCUGAGAAAUGCUCUUCAGUCUGCGGUAGCGAGCGAGCAACCCUUGUUGCUGGCAGAUGUUGUAGGAGGGCUUCAGGCUGCACAGAUACAGGAAGUCAAAGUCCAGAGGGAACCCAGGCACACCAUGUUUACAUACCUGAUCACAUCAACAGGCACGCCUUUGGAAAUCACUCUGGCUUUCCAAGGUGAAUAUCCUCGCACAGCUGACCUCAGAAGUGAACUGCAGGCAGCUUUCCACUCCAUUGUACACCAGGAGGCUAAUGUUCUGACUUCAGAUCAGCCAGGCACGAUGCAGCUAGACAAACCUCAGAGGGCGCAGGUCUCUUCAGCCCGCUCAAAGCAAGUCAGUUCCUCCGUUGUGCAGACAGUGAGUGUGGCAGAGAGCACGGUGGACUUCACUGGUGUUGAAUCUCAAGCAGCGGGCCUCAGGACUGAGUCCAAAAUGGCGGUAGCAUGUGCCUCGGCUCAGGAGCAGGUUGUAGUCCAGGAAUCCAGGGAAUCGAGGGUGGCACAGUCCAUCUCAUCACAGGUCCAAGUUUCCGCCGAGGCCCACAUGGCCUUUGAGGAAUCGGUGGUGGUGUCCAAACAGGAGGUGAGGUCCACAAUAAAGAGCCAAAGCAAGGCUGAAGGGACCGUGCUGCUUACCACCACCCUGCCUCCCACCACCACCCCCUCGGAACAGGCUCAGGGUGUUAGCAUCCUGGAGGAAAGCAUGGAUGAGGUUUUCAAAGAGGAGAUAUCGGUCUCCAGGCCAGAACAGAGAGAAUGUCCACUCGUAGUCAUCUCUCUGGAAGACAUCACCGUUGAGGAAGAUGCUGAAAUAACAUUUAGAACCAGCAUUAAGUAUGUCACCCAGGUAAACUGGUUUUUCAAUGGCAAAUUGGUGCAAUCUGGCAAUGAGUUCAAGUGUUUCACAGAGCUCGACACACACACGCUGGUUAUCAGAAAGGUUGUCAAGGAGAAACAUGAAGGAGAAUAUGUUUGUGAGGCUGAGAAUGAAGCUGGCAAAACAACAACAUCUUCCAGACUUACAGUGUUCUCAAGAGCGCCGCCAAUAUUUAGGCAGAGAAUCGUGCCUCUGGAGAUAAACGUCGGCAGCCACGCCAAGUUCGAGUGUGAGAUUGAGGAGGACCCUAGCGUGACCUUCAAGUGGUACAGGUCCGGUAUGGAGAUGAAGCAAAGCGAGAAGUACCGCAUCAUCAGCGGACACACUGGAUCCUUCCUGGAGGUCUUGAACCCUGUCAAAGCAGACAGCGGCGAAUACAGCUGCAAGGCCACGAACCAGUAUGGUGUUGCCAGCUGUGGUGCCUCUCUAGCCGUCACUGAAAUGUACCCACCGCUAUUUGUAUCGAAACCAGAGCCAAUGAUGUCCUAUGUGGGAAAAACAGCCGUGUUCCAGUGCUCGCUCACUGGAUCGGCGCCCAUAGAGGUGAUCUGGCACAAAGACAACAUAGCCAUCUCACCCUCAGACCAUUAUGCCAUGAGGUGCGAUAAGAACAAGUAUUCCCUGCACAUUUCCAAUCUUGAGCCCAGCGAUCAGGGAGUGUACUUGUGCAAGGCGUCCAACAAUGUUGGCGCCGCUACUUUUAGCACAGAGCUCAAAGUUAUCAACAAGCCCAACUUCAUUAAGAGCUUUGAGCCAGUAUCCACUGCCGUCAACCGGAUACUGAAGCUGGAAUGCCAAGUGGAUGAGGACACUUGUGUGACAGUCACCUGGACCCGGGAUGGUAAGAAGGUCCACCAGAGCCUGGAGUGUAAGCAUUCCUUUGAGGACAAGAUAGCGGUUCUGGAAAUCGCAAAGUCCAAAGUGAAGGACUCUGGCUUGUAUGUCUGCACUGCCUCCAACGAGGCUGGGAGCGCCUCCUGCGAGGCUCUGGUGACAGUUCAAGAGCCUCCUACUUUUGUUAAGAAAAUGGAUCCAAGCAUCACGUGGAAGCAAGGAAUAGCCGCUCGCUUGCACUGCACCAUUAAAGGUUCCCCAGAGCUCCACAUCCAGUGGUUCUGGAAUGAGCGAGAGCUGAGCUCUGGAGACAAACAUAAAAUGUCUUUCACAAAUGGCAUGGCCACUUUGGAGAUCAUGAACCUUCUUGUCACUGACAGCGGCCGCUACACCUGCGAGGUGUCAAACAAUGCCGGCAGCGAAAGCUGCAGUGUGGCGGUGGCUGUCAAAGAGCCACCAUCCAUUAAGAAAGAGCUGCAGAUGGUGGAAGCAGUGAAGGGCACCAGCGUCCAGCUGGAAUGUGAAGUUGCGGGAAGUGCUCCCUUUGAGAUCACUUGGUCCAAAAAUAAGAGGACCAUCAGUAGUGAUCACAAAUACAAAAUCAUCUCCCAAGAGCCCGUGUUGAGGCUGGAGAUCAAGCCAUUUGAAAGUGCAGAUGUGGGAGAUUAUCAAUGUGUCGUAGCCAACGAUGUGGGCAAAGUCACUAUCAAGGGCUUAGCUAAACUUAAAGAGCCACCAAGCUUCAUAAAGAGGGUUGAAAGUGUGACGGCAGUGUUGGGUAAUGCGUUGAAGCUGCAGGGAACCGUGAAGGGUUCUGCCCCCAUCACAGUCAAGUGGAUGAAAGACUGUGAAAUACUGAGAGAUGAUGAUCCAAACAUCACCAUGGCAUUUGAGAACAAUGUGGCAAGCUUGUCGAUAGCAGUCGUGGCCAUCAGCCACGCCGGUAAAUACUUGUGCCACGCCGAGAAUGAAGCCGGGCAACAGAAAUGUGAAGCCGCACUGACAGUCCAGGAACCCGCUAGAAUUGUAGAACCAGCAGAGUCCAUCAGUGUGACAGCAGGUGAUCCGGCUACGCUGGAGUGCACCAUCUCCGGAAGCCCAGAUCUUAAAAUCAAGUGGUUCAGGGAUGGCAAGGAGAUGAUCAGUGGGCGCAAAUAUAAGAUGAGCCAGAAGGACAAUGUGGUCUCGCUGAAGAUUCUCAAAGCAGAAAAAGCAGACUCUUCCGUGUACAAGAUGGAGGUUUCCAAUAAAGUCGGGAAAGACCAGUGCACAUGCUCCGUGACAGUUCUAGACCGUAUAAUGCCGCCAGCUUUCACCAAGUUCCUAAAAAGGGUCGACGGUAACAUUGGCAGCAACAUAUCGCUGGAGUGUAAGGUGUCCGGGUCCCAACCCAUCACCAUCGCUUGGGUCAAAGAUGAGCGGGAAAUUGAGUCCGGAGCCAAAUUCCGUUCAGACUUCAAGGAGAGCUCCGCCACAUUGACCAUCAGCCAGCUGGAGAAAGCUGACUCAGGAGUUUAUAAAUGCACAGCCACCAACUCAGCCGGCGUGAAAGAAACCAGCGGCAUACUUUAUGUCAAAGAGCCACCAGUAUUCACAGUGACACCCCACGACCAGGAUGUUAUACCCGGAACUACUGUUUGCCUUCAGGCCACAUUCACCGGAACCCUUCCUCUGUCUGUGAAGUGGUUCAGAGAGGACAGGGAGAUGAUCAGCGGAGGCUCUUGUUUCAUCAAGAAAGAAGCCUCAAUGAGCUCUCUGGAGCUUCCCUCUGUCAAGCCUGGUGACUCCGCUAAAUAUACGUGCCAGGUGUCCAAUGACGCUGGCAAGGUGGACUGCACGGCAAUCCUUUUUGUAAAAGAACCUCCCAUCUUUGUGAUGAAGCCUGAGGCCACCAUGCUGGCGGUCAUUGGCAAACCAGUCAAGCUGCAGUGCAAAGUGACAGGGAGUCCUGUCAUAGGUUUCAGGUGGCUGAAGGACAGCAUGGAAAUUAGCCACAGUCCACAGUAUGCAAUGACCUCAGUGGACUCUGUGGCCUCUCUGGAAAUAGUCAAGUGCACUGUUGCGGACAGUGGAGAUUACACGUGCGUAGCUUCCAGCGAGGCCGGCAGUGACUGUUGCAGCAGUACGAUCACAAUCAAAGAACCCCCGUUGUUUUCUCGUUUCUUGGAGUCCAAAGAUGUGGUGAAGGGUUCUGAGAUGAUACUGGAGGCCCAAGUGUCUGGUUCUGUCCCGUUUAAUGUGUCGUUUUACAAAAAUACAAAGCUGGUGAGGAACGAUAAGAGACACAGGAUCACGGUGAAGGAGGAUCUGGUGGCCCUUCAAGUGCUUGCGGUGGAGGUUGGAGACGUGGGCUUGUACCAAUGCGCGGUGGAGAACGAAGUGGGGAGGGCCACUUGUGAAUGUCAAGUCACUCUUAAAGAACCUCCAUCGUUUGUGCGGAAGUUGGAUAACGUCAGUGCCUUGGUCGGCAGCGAGGUGUCCUUGCAGUGCACCCUAAAGGGCUCGGAGCCCAUGACCAUCAGCUGGCUCAAAGACAACUAUGAACUCAAGGAGACUGAAAAUAUUCAGAUUACGUACAAGGACCAGACAGCCCUUCUGCACAUCACCAAACUUCACAGCAAUUAUGGCGGCAAAUACUCAUGUCACGCCCAUAAUCUGGCAGGGAGUCAGACCUGCUCUGCCAUUCUGACUGUCAAAGAACCUGCUAAGGUCACCGAGGAAGCAAAGUCCAUCAGUGUGACUCAGGGGGAUCUAGCCACUUUGGCGGCCAGGUUCUCGGGCACCAAACCGCUGAAGGUACGCUGGCUUAAGGCCGGCAAGGAGCUGGUCUCUGGCCAGAGGUACAAAGUACAAAGCACAGACUCCAGCUCUGUGCUCAAAAUCAAUAAAACAGAUAAAAGUGAUGGUGGCGACUACACCUUUGAGGUUUCAAACGAUGUUGGUAGCAGUUCUUGCAUGGCGACGCUCACCAUUUUGGAUCAAAUCAUUGCGCCGGCAUUCACUAGGAAGCUGAAGCAAAGCGAAGGUAUCAAAGGCUCCUUUGCUCAUCUGGAGUGUGUUGUGUCAGGCUCGCUCCCACUCAGUAUCCAGUGGUACAAGGAUGAGAUCCAGAUCCAGACGGGCGACAAACACAAGUGCACCUUCUUUGAGAAUGUGGCUUUCCUAGAAAUCUCCGAUCUGGACAGUAAAGACAGUGGAAGCUACGCCUGCAUCGCUAAGAACAAGGCGGGAAGUGCUCAGUGCUCUGGCACCUUGUUUGUCAAAGAGCCUCCCUGCAUUAUUGAACCACCAGAAUCUAUGAAAGUCCUUCCUGGCUCAAAGGUCCAUUUCAGUGCCUUGAUCUCGGGCACGCCGCCGCUUACCAUCAAAUGGUUUAAGAACCAAAAAGAGAUAUUGUCCAGCGCCGACUGCCUGGUAAUAAAGGACAACGCGUCCACUUCUCUGGAGCUGUUCUUUGUCAAAACCUCAGAUUCCGGCGACUAUGUCUGUGAGGUUCUCAACGACGUCGGCACCAUCUCCUGCCAGGCCACACUCUUUGUCAAAGAACCGCCAAAGUUCACACGAACACCGGCGCGCUUGUCUGUGCUCCGACCAGGUCAGAGUCAAAUGUUUGAGUGCCAAGUGAGCGGCACGCCAGAGAUAGAUAUCUACUGGUUCAGGGAGGGUUCCGAGAUCAGCCCCGACAGUCGUCAUAAGAUGGCCUUCAUCAACUCCGUGGCCACCCUAGAGCUGUGCGGGGCUGACGUCAAAGACAGCGGGAUGUACUUCUGCGAAGCUCGCAAUGAAGCGGGAAGCGAGAGCUGCAGCCUGGAAGUAAAAGUCAAAGAGCCGCCUGUAUUUCUACGAGAGCUGACGCCAGCUAGCGUUGUGAUGGGCUGCGGUGCCUGGCUGAAUUGUCAACUGGCCGGCACUGCUCCUUUUGAGAUCACGUGGCACAAAGACGCCAAGGAACUGAAAGCCAGUGCUAAACACGGCCUCUCCUUAGUCAAUGACACGGUGGGCCUGGAAGUGAACAGAUGUGACACAGGCGACGUUGGUGAAUACCAGUGUACUGUCGCCAAUGAGGUGGGAAGCUGUAGUUGUAAGACCACACUGAGACUCAAAGAACCGCCAACAUUUAUCAAGAGAAUGGAAAAUGCCAUCUGUGUUCUGGGUGAGAAGGUGGUCUUUGAGUGUGUGGUGGCUGGCUCUCCAACCCUUUCUGUGCAAUGGCAACAAGAUGGGAACUGGAUUUUGGAAGAUCCAAAGAUUGAGAGAGCAUUCGAGAACAAUGUGGCCAUGCUCAGGAUCUCUGCUUGUGAAGCAUGUCACAGUGGGUCUUACACUUGCCAGGCCAUAAACGACGCGGGCCAGGACAAGUGUGUCGCCACCCUGGUGGUCCAAAAACCUCCUCAGAUCUCUGAGAAACCGGAGUUGGUAAAGGUCACGGCUGGAGAUCCAGUCAGUCUGGACUGUAAGGUAACAGGCUCGCCAGAGCUCAAAGUGCAUUGGCUGAAAGAGGGCAAGGAGUUGCAGUCCAUCAGGCAGCACAAGCUCAGCUUUGAGAAUAACAUCAGCAGCCUGAAGAUUCAGUCGGCGCAGAGAGAGGACGAAGGCGACUACGUCUUUGAGGUGUCCAACCACAUCAGUAGCUGUAGCUGCACCGUCAAAUUGGUCGUGUCAGAACAAGUCAUCCCGCCGAGCUUCAUUAAACCCCUCGGAGACAUGCAAGAGAUUCUGGGCUCUUUUGUUCAGAUCGUCUGCACGAUAUCAGGGUCCAUUCCCAUCUUGGUAGAAUGGCAGAAAGACAGCGGGAAGAUCUCCAGUGGUGUUAAACACAAAUUGAUUCAGCAGGACAAUUCUGUGUGCUUGGAGAUUGAGCACUUAGAGAUGUCAGAUGCAGGUUCCUACUCCUGCAAACUCGGCAACGCAGCAGGGAGCUGCCAAUGCUCUGGAACCCUGAAAGUCAAAGAACCUCCCAGCUUUGUCACCUUGCCUGAGUCCCAGGCGACCGUACCCAAUGCAACAGUACGCUUCAAAGGGACGUUCAAGGGGACGCCGCCCUUCAGUGUCAAGUGGUUCAAGGAUGACACGGAGCUGAUGACAGGACCCACUUGUCUCAUGGCGCUGGAGGGGCUCUCCUGCCUCUUGGAGCUCUACUCGGUGGGCAUCACCCAGAGUGGUGUCUACUCCUGCCAAGUCAGCAACGACGCCGGCUCCGUGCGCGCCAGUGCAGACUUGACAGUAAAAGAACCACCCGAGUUUGUGCUGAAACUCCCUGCCACUAAAUGUGUGAAGCAGGGCGAGGCGCUCCGCCUAGAGUGCAGGGUCACGGGUACCGAACCCAUCAUGGUGACCUGGUACAAGCAGGACACCAUGCUGAUGGACAGAGGCAGCUGUAACACAUCGUUUGUUGGCUCGGUGGCGGUCCUCGAGCUGCACACCGCUGACUUUGAUGAUGACGGAGUUUAUACGUGCGAAGCUCACAGCGAUGCCGGUAGUGUCAGCUGUAGCACCACUCUUACUGUGAAAGAACCGCCGUCAUUCAGUAGAGUACCUGAACCGGUAGAAGGGCUGAAGGGGAAGGAUGUGAGUCUCUACUGUGAGAUGAAUGGCACCACCCCCUUCCAGACCACCUGGUUCAAGGAGGGCAAGCCACUGAUGGAGAGCAGGAAGUACAAGAUGUUGAGCGAGGGCAGCUCGGCCACGCUGCACAUCAUCGGGAUCGAACACACCGACGCCGGCCGCUACGAGUGCAAGGCAUCAAACCCAGUAGGCAGUGACACCUGCCAGGCGUCAGUUAAACUCAGAGAGCCUCCGUCCUUUGUGGAGAAACUGUCCAAUGCCACAGUGGUUCUGGGACAGGAGGUGAGCCUCGUGGCCACCGUCAGAGGCUCAGAGCCUAUCGCUGUGUCCUGGGUUCAGGACAAGGACCACAUUCUCAGGGACGGUGACAACAGAAAAAUCAGCUUUGAAAACCAGCAGGUGUCUCUCAAAGUGUUUGAGGCUGAUGCAGCGGCGGCGGGCCGGUACACUUGCCAACUGCGCAAUGAUGCCGGAAGUACUGAGUGUUUUGCGAACUUGACUGUACUAGAACCCGCGAAGAUCGUGGAUAAACCCGACGCUCUGAGCGUGACGGCUGGCGACAUUGCCGCUCUGGAGGUCAAAGUGUGCGGCACCCCUGACUUGGUGCCUAAGUGGUUCAAGGACGGCGUGGAGCUGGCCUCCGGCAGGAAAUACAAAGUCUCCUUCUCUCGGAUGAUCUCCAGCCUGAAUGUGCUAGUGGCGGAGAAACUGGACUCUGGAGAAUACACCUUUCAGGUCAUGAACGACGUCGGGAAGGACCUGAGCAAAAUUAAUCUCACCGUUUUAGACAAAAUCAUCCCGCCUUCCUUCACGAGGAAACUGAAGGACUGCAACACGGUGGUGGGCAAAGCCGGCGAGAUGGAGUGUAAGGUGUCCGGCUCACCCCCUUUUACCAUUUCCUGGUACCGCGACGGCGAGGAACUGCACAGUGGACCCAGCUACGACAUCUCGUUCAGUGACAACAGCUGUACCCUUAGAGUACCCACCCUCAAGCUGUCCGACUCGGGACACUACAGGUGUAAGGCGGUCAAUGAGGCAGGAUCCAGUGAGACAAGCGCCACCUUGGACGUCAAAGAGCCGCCAUCCUUCGCGGUUCUGCCUCAGCCGGCUGAGGCCACACCGGGGUCGGACGUCAGCUUCUCGGCCCUCGUGAAAGGCAGCGCGCCCCUCAGGCUGAAGUGGUUCAGGGGGGCCAAGGAGCUGGAGGCUGGACGGGGCUGUGACUUCUCCCUAAAGGACAACCAGGUCCUCCUGCAGCUCUAUCGGGUGGAUAGGAGUCAUGCCGGAGAGUACACCUGCCAGGUCAUCAACGAUGUGGGCAAGGAAAGCUGCCCUGUCAACCUUAUGCUCAAAGAGCCAGCUUUGUUUGUAAAAAAGCUGAAGGACGUGUCGGUGGAGAAAGGCCAACCUCUGAGGCUGGAGUGUUCAUACGCUGGAACGCCCAAGAUCUCGGUGAGCUGGUUCAAGGAGGAGCAGCCGGUGUUUGCAUCGUACAAAUACAACCUGAGCACCACGGAGAGCACCUGCAUCCUGGAGUGUCUGAGCACAGACGACAUGGACGCCGCCGGAAAGUACACCUGCUACGUGGCCAACGACGCUGGCAAGGAUGAAUGCAAGGCUACUGUCACCAUCUUGGAGCCGCCAUACUUCCUUGAGCCCCUGGAGCCCAUGGAGGUGACGUCUGGGGACGCUGUCUGCCUCAAGUGUCACGUGGCGGGCACCCCCGAGAUCAAAGUGUCGUGGUUCAAGGGUGACGGCAAAGUGCGCUCCAGCGCCACUUGUAGGCUGGAGUACGGCAAAGGUGUGGCCUGCCUCAAACUCAGCAAGGCCACCAAGGCUGACGUGGGCGAGUACACCUGCAAGGCUGAGAACAAGAUCGGAACCGCCGCCUCCACGUGUCGCCUCAACGUGCAAGAGGCCAAGACUCCGCCGAGCUUUCCGAAAAAGAUCAUGAGCCUUCAGCAGACGUUGGGCUCCGCGAUCUGCUUUGAGUGCCGUGUGGCUGGCUCUUCUCCCCUGGACGUUUCCUGGUUGAAGGAUGGCAAGCCGGUGCAGGAUGGGGACGAAUUCUCGGCGCUCUUCCGUGACAACACAGCCAUGCUGACAAUUAACCGCAGCGAGAUGAGGAACGCCGGGGAGUAUGCCUGUGUUGCAACCAACAGCGUCGGGUCCGCAUCGUGCAGAGCCAAGCUCACCCUGCUAGAGCCCCGUUACCCACCAGUCUUUGACAGGAAGUUGUUGGCAGCACAUUCGGUGAUGGUGGGUGACAGCAUGGAGCUGGAGUGUCACCUGACUGGUUCGGCCCCGAUGAAGGUGACCUGGUCCAAGGACCACAAGGAUAUCCGGAGCGGCGGGAACUACAAGAUCCGCAUGGAGGACAACACAGCCCAGCUCAGCAUCGUCAAGGCAGACAAAGGCGACACGGGAAUAUACUCCUGCCAGGUCGCUAACGAUGUUGGGAAGGACUCCUGCUCCUGUGAUGUCACAGUCAAAGAGCGCAAGAACCCUCCGGUAUUCACCAAAAAGCCAUCUGAGCAGUUGGAGGACGCCGAGGGCCGCCUGGUGAAGAUGGAGGCCCGGGUGUCCGGGUCCCAGCCCAUGUCCAUUCUCUGGCUGAAGGACGGCGCCGACAUCUCGAGCUCUGACGAUUAUGACCUAAGCUUCAAGAGUAACUUGGCCGUGCUUUGUAUCAAGAGCAGCCGGCGCGAGCACAGUGGACGAUAUAGCUGCCAAGCGACCAAUGAGGCAGGAAAGACCAAGUGUGACAUCAUCCUCAAAAUCUCCGAGGCUCAGUCGCGUCCGGUGUUCGACGUCCCUCUGAAAGCGACAUCUGUGACCGUGGGCGAGCGUCUGAGUUUGCGCUGCCAUGUCCGCGGCUCACCUCCUCUCAUGAUCCAGUGGAUGAAAGAUCGAAAAGAGCUGCUGCCAUCCGCAACCGCCGCCAUCAGCUUCUCUGAUGGGACGGCCUGCCUGGAGAUCGGCGCGGCGACCCGUCACGAUGCCGGCGACUACAUCUGCAAGGCGACCAACGAUGCUGGAAGCGAGCUGUGCCGCGCUAAAGUCACUUUCAAAGAAAAAGAAGCUGCACCUUCCGACGUUGCCGGAGAGACCGUUUCAGCCAAGAAGCUGGACCAGCUUUUCUUCUUAGAGGAGCCCAAGAGCAUACAUGUCACCGAGAAGGGUGCUGCCACCUUCAUUGCCAAGGUGGGUGGCGAGCCCAUCCCUAGCGUCAAGUGGAUGAAGGGCAAGUGGAGACAGCUGACCCAAGGUGGACGCGUCUCUAUAGAGCAGAUUGGCCAGGAAUCCAAACUGGAGAUCAGGGAGGUGACCAAGUCGGACUCGGGCCAGUACCGCUGCGUGGCCUCCAACAAGCAUGGCGAGAUUGAGUGCGCUGCAGACCUCCAUGUAGAUGAGAAAAAGGCGGCCGCCCAGCUUGAAGGAGACCUCAGAGCCAAGCUUAAGAAGACACCAUCCAAGCAGAAGAGUCCCGAGGCAGAGAAGGAUAUUGACAUCGUAGAGCUGCUGAGAAACGUGGACCCCAAGGAAUACGAGAAGUACGCCCGCAUGUAUGGCAUCACUGACUACCGGGGCCUCCUGCAGGCCAUUGAGCAGCUCAAGCAGGAGAAGGGGGAGGAAACUGGAAGACCAGAACUGGAACGUACACCCAGAGAGGUGGAUGAGGACAUGGCCAGGCUGGUGGCUGACCUGCAGAAGAGGAUGGAGCGGACAGAGCCCGUAACCGUGCUAAAGGACAUCUGCGACCAGUCCGUCCUGGUUGAUGAGGAGGCUUUGUUUGAGUGUGAGGUGAAGAUCAACUACCCUGAGAUCAUCCUGUCCUGGUACAAGGGCACCCAGAAACUGGACACUAGCCCCAAGUACCACAUCAGUGUUAGUGGAGAGCGCCACCUACUGAGUGUUAAGGGGUGCCAACUCGCAGACCAGGGCAACUACCGGGUGGUGUGCGGACCUCACAUCUCCAGCGCCAAGCUCACCGUCACUGAGGUUAUGGUGGAGACACACCUUCAGGACACAUCUGGUAAGGAAGGACAGUCAUGUACUUUGACUUGUCAGUUGUCCAUCCCCAACGCGGAGGCACAGUGGUUUAAGAAUGGUCAGCAGUUAGAUACCAUGGAGGGCAGGUUCAAGUCUGAGGUCAAACACAAGCUCCAGAAGCUUCAUAUCAAGGACCUGAAGCCUGAAGACAAGGGCCGCUAUACCUGCAGGUACCUGCACCUACAGUCCUCGGCGGACCUCUGGGUGGAAGCCGAGCAAAUUCAUUUCACCAAGCGCAUCCACAACGUGGAGGUGAACGAGCGUCAGGCAGCCACCUUUGAGUGUGAGGUGUCCUUCGACAACGCAGUGGUAUCCUGGUACAAGGAUACAUGGGAGCUGAGGGAAAGCCCAAAAUACAACUUCCGCAGCGAGGGCCGGAGACAUUUCAUGGUCAUCCGAAACGUGAGCGUGGACGAUGAAGGGGUGUACUCGGUGAUUGUGAGGUUGGAGCCCCGGGGAGAAGCUAAGAGCAGUGCGGAGCUAUAUUUGUCUGGCAAAGAGAUCCAAUUAGCCACGGUUCCCUUUGAUGUAAAAGACGCUCCCGUGGAGAGGCCUGAAGCACCUUCGUCAGUGGACAUUCAAGAAUCUGCUGAGUUUGAUCAUUAUGAGGAAGAAAUUGAGCAUACAGUUACCGUUGAGGAGACAGUGGAAAGACAGGAAAUGGAAGUGAGGGAAGAAGUGCUUUCCAGAGUGGCCAAACCCCAAGAGGAACAGGAAGUGGAGCUGGCAGGAGAGGAGGUACAAGCGGCACCCCCAAGAGUGACCAAAAUGGCAGAGGAGGUUCCUGUGGAGAAGAAGACAGUUGCUCCGGUUAAAGAACCCGAAGAUGUCGCAAAGCCGCCACCACCGCAGGAGCUGAAAAAAGACGAGCCGAAGUCUCGAGUACCGGCAGAGCCCAAAAAGCCUCCACCUGAAGUCAAGCUGGUGGUGCAGCCUGAGCCGGAGCCCGAAGUUAAGAUGGUGGUGGAACCUGAGCUGGAGCCCAAAGUUAAGAUGGUGGUGGAACCUGAGCUGGAGCCCAAAGUUAAGCCGGUGGAGAAGCCAGAGUUCGAGCUGGAGCCCAAAGUUAAGCCGGUGCAGAAGCCAGAGCCCAAGCAGGCGCUCAAAGUCAAGCCGGUAGCAAAGCCCAAGCCAGAGCCUGAGCCGACGCCUGAGCCAGCGCCCAAACUCAAGCCGGUGGAAAAGCCCAAGCCAGAGCCUGAGCAGGCGCCUGAGUCGAUGCCCAAACUAAAGCCGGUCAUGAAGCCCAAGCCAGAGCCCAAGCCAGAGCCCAAGCCAGAGCCCGAGCCAGCUCCCAAACUCAAACCAGUGGCUAAACCCGACCCGGAGCCCAAAGUCAAGCCGGUGGUGAAGCCCGAGCCGGAAGUUGAAGUGCCAUUGAAGAAGCCAACUGCACUGCUCAAAGUCUCCAAAGAACCAAAACCAGAACCUGUUAAGAUUAAGCCCAAACCUGAAGUGCCAAAGGCAGAGCUUGUGGUGGAACCCAAACCAGAACAUGUGGUGGUACCCAAACCGGAGCCUGUGGAGGCACCCAAACGAGAGCCUGUGGAUGCACCCAAACCGGAGCCUGUGGUGGAACCCAAACCACCCAAACUGGAGCCUGUGGUGGGACCCAAACCAGAGCCUGUGGAGGUACCCACACCACCCAAACCAGAGCCUGUAGAGGUUCCCAAACCAGAGCCUGUGGAGGCACCCAAACCGGAGUCUGUGGUGAAAAAAUCUGAAGUAGCAGAGCCCAGGGUGCCCGAAGUAGAACUACCAAAGGCCGAAGAACCAAAGGAACCUGCCCUGAAAGUGCCAGAGAAACCAGUCAAGAAGGAGGCUGCUGUAGAAAUGCAGAAGCCGCACAGAGAAGAAGAAACACCACUGAAGAAACCAGUGGUCACCAAAGUUCCUGCAGGAGAGGAGAUAGCAGAAGAACCGAAACGAGCGAAGAAAGCUGAACCUGUUAUGCUUCCUACUAAACAAGAGCCAGGAGAACCACAAAGAGGUUUAGAAAUUCAAAAGACUGUCCAGAUGCUACCUUCGGAGGUCGAACAAAAGAAGAAAGUCUCUCCUCCAGAAAAAGCGAGGUCAAGCAGGCUCGAGCAGCGACAGGAAAUACAUCACGUGACUGAGAUGGUGUUUUUCACCGAGGAAGCUUGGUCUUAUGAGGCCGAGCCAGAAGAUCGAGCCCAAGUUUCAUUCAAGAAAGCCUUGUCCCCGGCGGAACAUGUGAAUGUUUCGUUGCUUGAGACCCGGGUGAAACAGUCUAAGCCGAGAGGCAAGAUAUCUGUGACUGAUAGGAAAGAGACUGCUGUGAUAACCAAAAAAACAGAAGAUCUUAAGAAAGAGCAGGAAGCUACUGAAGAAGUUACAGAUGAGAGAAAAGACAAGAAGCAGGUAGUGGCAGUAAAGAAAGAAAGCAGGGCAGCAAUCCAGAAAGAAACUAAGGAGAAUAGCGUCAGAGUCUCGACGGUGAAAGAGGAAGUAGAAAUAGAGGCAGCCUACGAAGACCGCAUUGAGAUCACUGCAUCUUCUGCACAAGACAAACAAAGCCACAGACCAAAAGACAAGGUGGGAGAGGCCGACAAAGUCAUAGCGAAAGAUGAACAUUCAGCGCUGAGCCAGGUAGCUGAGAAAAAGUGGGAGAAGACUCAACUGAUUGAAGAAAAAAGUAAGGCAGAAGCAGAGGCCUUGGUGUCAGAUAUCCCGUCUCAGCAAAUCCUUUUUCAAGUUUCUUGUGAUAAAACCCCAGAAGAAGACUCAAGUGUUCGGAUUCAAACUUUAAGAGAAAGCCAAGAGAAGGAAGACAAAGCGGCCACCAGAGAAGCUGACAAGUUUCCUGCUGUUGUGGAGAUGCUGGAGAAAGAAGUCGAGAGAGCUUCAGUGGAGGAGGCGCGACCGCUAGUCAAGGAACCUGCAGCCAAGCCCGCUGUUCCUCCAGAAGUACUUGAAGAGCGCAAAGCACCUGCACCAGUUGAAGUAAAAAAGUCAGACGAUGAUGAACAGCUGGAAAAAACAAUGACCAAGCAAGCAGUCAAGCUUGUUGUAAAGGCUGAAGAGCCAACCAAGAUCGUUGUGGAAGAAGAAAAACCUGUGAAAGUGGCUUCUGUGACAGAUGAAACAAAAGGACCAGUUCAAGCACCAGCAGGAGUCCAGAAAGAACAAGCUGUGCUCAAAAAAGGUAAAGUUCCUACGGAAGAGGCAGGGACGUUUGAGCUUCCGACUCUGAGGAAAACCACUCCGAUCACAAGGGAAGAAGUGGAGCAAGAGCUGGAAAAGGUCCAACUCAAGAAGAUUCCAUCCGUAUCACCCAAAGAGACUGAGAAUGAGCAGAAACUUCGGGAGGCAACCAGGACAACGCAAGUUGACAUUAUCGAGAUGGUGCAUGAAGAACACACAGCUGAGAUGAUGGUUACAACCAGGAGGUCUGUAGAGGAGAGGACACCAAGUAACAAAGCAAAGGUGGAGAAAAAGCAGGAUAUUCCAAAACAGAAAGAAGAGGAAGAAAAAGCAGAUACCAAGACUAAAUGGAGCCGUCAGAAAGGAACUCCAAAAGCUGAUAAACCAGAGGAAACCAUUUCGUGGAAGAAAUCUCCCAAAGCUCCAAAGGAGGAGGAACCAGCCCCUCCUACUACCACCUUGAAAAAAGUGAAAAAACUGCCUUCCGAUAAAGAAGAACCUGAACCUGUCAAAUUAAAACCCUUUGACAAGCCAGUUAAAGCUACUGAGGAGCCAAAGAAAGUUAAAGAUGAUGCACCAGACAGGGACACUGAAGCUCUCCAGAAGGGAGAGAGGAUACCCAGAGAGACAGCGGUCAUGGAAGCCCCAAAGAAACCACAGAAAGUUCCAGCAGAGGUAAAGGGGCCCCCUGCAAAAGUGCUAAAGCCAGUACCCAAGGAAAAACCUGAGGAAGAAAAACCUAAAGCACCAGCAAAGUUGAAGAAAACACCAAUAGUACAGCCAGAGCCAGAACCAGAAAAGGUAAAGCUCAAGCCUUUUUCUCGCCCUUCUAAAGAAGCUGUUGAACCCGAGAAGAAGCCAUCAGAGGUUGAAGAGAAGAAGCCAUCAGAGGUUGAAGAGAACAAACCAACAGAAUACCUGUUCCAGCAACGCGUUUCUCCAGACGACAAACCAGGGGAGAAAGUGUCGGAUGCUACACCAGAGAAACUUGAGACCCCUAGAGCAGAGGAGAAAAAGUCUCAGAAGCUGAAGGAGCCUGAGCCAGUUCCAGCAAAAAAGAUUCCUUCCCAUGUGCCAUCUCCUUCAAAGAAAGCGGAUCAAGUUCCAGAGGAGCCUAAACCAGUGCAGCUAAGAAAGGGAGUCACACCCAAAGACCAAAGAGAGGUGGCUUUGACACCUUUAGAGGAGAUCAAGAAACUUCAGUUGAAAAAGACACCAUCACCAAAAGUUGAGAAGACUAAAGAAGAUGAAAAGAUUCCUGGUGCCGAUAAACUUAAAAAGACUCCGAAAACAGUUUCACCUAAAGACUCCCCAGAAGCGGUCACUCUAAAAAAACUACCCAAGAUGCCCUCGCUAGAAGAUCUAGAAGUGGCAAAGCCUCCAAAAGAAAAGAUUCCCGUAGUGGUGGAAAUUUCUCCUGGAGCGGUAGAGAUGAAAAAAGUCGCCACCCAGCCAGAGGAAGAGGUCUUUGAGGAGGACUUUGGGUUGGAUGACGAGGCAGAGCCGGAGGAGGAAGAGGCCUGGGGCUGGGAACUGGUUCCUGAUGAAGACUGGGAAGGUGAAGGGGAGGAGGGUGCUCUGGAGAUGCCGGGGGCAACCAGGAGAGAGGGACAACCAGCAGAGGAAGCAGAAAGAGGAAGAGCCCUCAAACCCAAGCUGACGCCGUCGCCUGGUGAAGGCAGAGGACGUGGCCUCAGACCUGCCGGAAGAGGCACUCCUCCACCUCCAGAGGAGGCUUUUGGAGGGUACAAGCUCAAAGCCGUGCCACUCAAGUUCAUCAAGAAGCUGGAGGACAUAGUGCUGCAGGAGGCCGAGUCCAUCGGUUCUUCGGCUGUGUUUGAGUGCCAGGUGUCGCCAUCCACUGCUGUCACAUCGUGGAUGAAAGACAGUAGCAACCUGCGCGAGAGCCCUAAACACAAGUUCACCUCUGACGGCAAAGAUCGUAAGUUGAUGGUCAAAGACGUGCAGCUGUCGGACACCGGAGAAUACACCUGUGUUGCCAAGAACGCUGGCAAGGAAAUCAACUGUACCGCCAAGCUCAUUGUUGAAGAGCUCCCUGUAAAAUGGACCAAGGAGUUGGAGCCGGAGAUGUCGGCCGUGAAGGGUCAGCCGCUCUACAUGACCUGUGAGCUAAACAAGGAGAGGGACGUGGUAUGGAAGAAGAACGGCGAGGUCCUGAAGAAACAAGAAAACAAGUUCCAGAUCAAUAUCAUCGGCCUGGCGCACGCCGUGACCAUCCAGUACACCAGUGAGGAGGAUGCUGGUUGCUACUCAUGUGAAGUGGCGAACCAAAAUGAGUUGAAGACAUUGACAAAUGUGAAAGUGACGGAGGUAAUUAAGGAUUGGAUUGUAAAGCCUCUGAGGGACCAGCACGUGAAACCGAAGGCAAGUGCCACAUUUAAGUGCGAGCUGUUUAAGGACACACCCAACUGGAAGUGGCUGAAAGGAGACAAGGAAUUGACCCCCUCCGACAAGGUGGAGAUCAACAAGGAUGAGAAGGACCUGACGCUGACCAUCAAGAACUGUCAGCCUGAUGACGUGUCAGAUUACUCCAUGGAGGUGGAGGGACGCGUCUACUCUGCCAAACUUACGCUUGGAGAGCGUGAGGCGGAGAUCUUGAAGCCCCUGGCCAGUGUGGAGGUGUUUGAGAAGGAAGAUGCUGCGUUUGAGACAGAAAUAUCUGAAGACGACAUUCCAGGGCAGUGGAAGCUCAAAGGGGAGCCUCUGACGAGAUCCCCGACCUGCGACAUCCAAAUGGAACGUGGCGUGCGCCGACUCAAGCUUCAAAAGUGUCAACUGGACCAGGCGGGCGAGGUGUCAUACCAGGCGCUGAACGCUGUUACAAGUGCAAUGCUCACCGUGAAAGAAAUCCCAAUGGACUUUGUUGUACCGCUGAAGGACAUUAGCGUGCCCGAAAAGAAACAGGCCAAAUUCGAAUGUGCCAUCACCAGAGACGUCCCCAAGGUCAUGUGGUACAGGGGCAGGGACAUCAUUACGCCAGAUGCCAAAUAUGACAUCAUCGACGAUUGUAAGAAGCACAUGCUGGUCAUCAACUCCUGCGAGUUUGACGAUGAGGACGAGUACAGGAUUGAGGUUUUGGGCAAAGAGUCCAAGGCGAGACUCACAGUGGAGGGUAUCAGGCUCAAACUGAUUUCACCGCUCAAGGACCAAACGGUGAAGGAGGGCAGCACAGUUCGCUUUGAGCUGGAGCUCUCACAUGAAAAUAUUCCCCUCACCUGGUACAGGAACGAUGAUAAAAUCCACCUGAGCCGAACGGUGCUCAAGCAUGUGGAUGGAAAGCGACACGUGCUGGAGAUCAAGGACGUGACUCUGGACGAUACUUGCCAGAUCAAGGCUGAGGCCAAAGGAGUCUCCUCCAUGGCCAACUUGACUGUCAUAGAGGGAGAUGCAUACUUCACGGUCAAGCUGCAGGAUUAUACGGCAGUGGAGAAGGACAAGGUGGUCCUAGAAUGUGAGCUCAACAAAGAUGUCAAGGUAGUUUGGUACCACAACGAAGAAGAGGUGAAGGCCUCUAAGGUGGUUGCCAUUAAGGCAGAGGGCAAACGCAGAAUGCUGAUCAUCAGGAAAGUUGUGGACAUGGACAAGGGACAGUACGUGUGCGACUGCGGAACGGACAAGACGACAGCAACCCUUCACAUUGAAGCCCGCCACAUCCGAGUGCUGCGACCGGUGUACGGCGUGGAGGUGUUUGAGGGCGAGACAGCUCGCUUUGAGGUGCAGCUGAGUGAGGACGAGGUGCAUAGCAAGUGGAAACUCAAAGGCCAAGUCCUGAGUCCAUCUCCCGACGUGGAGAUGGUGGAGGAUGGCGCUAAGCACACUCUUGUGCUGUAUAACUGCAAGGUGCCUCAGACCGGCGAGGUUUCAUUUAGCGCCGCAGACGCCAAGUGCUCUGCAAACCUGAAAGUAAAGGAGAUUCCUGUUACUUUUAUCACGCCACUGGCCGACGUGCGCGUCUUUGAAAAGGACGAUGCAAAGUUUGAGCUGGAGGUGUCCAGAGAACCCAAAAGCUUCCGUUGGCUCAAAGGCUCUCAAACACUGUCGAGUGACGACAAAUAUCAGCUGCUGCAAGACGCAAACAAACAUACUCUUAUCGUCAAAUCUGCCAGAUAUGAAGAUGAAGUGAAGUACCUGUUUGAGGCCGAAGACAAGAGAACAUCAGGGAGGCUGAUUAUUCAAGGUAUACGCCUCGAGUUUCUCAAACCCAUUAAGGAUGUGACGGUGAAGGAGCGCGAAACGGCAGAAUUCAGCGUGGAACUCUCCCACGAAAAGAUCCCGGUGAUUUGGUACAAAAAUGGCGUACGCCUGCACCCCAGCAAGGUGGUGCACAUGUCAGAGGAUGGUAGAUUCCACACGCUGGCCUUCAAGGAGGUCUCUAUCGAUGAUACAUCCAUGAUCAAGGUGGAGGCCAUGGACAAGAUGGCUGAGGCCAUGCUCACCGUGCUGGAGGGCGACCUCUACUUCACGCUCAAGCUCCAAAACUACACCGCUAUCGAAAAGGACGAGGUGGUGCUUUCCUGUGAGCUGAGCAAGGCCACCGGCGAGGUCCAAUGGUUUAAAGACGGUAACGAAAUCUUUGCCUCCAAGAACAUUCUCUUGCAGUCCGACGGCAGGAAACGCAUCCUCGUCAUCCGCAAGGCGGCCAAGAAUGACGUGGGAGCCUUCACAUGUGACUGUGGCACCGACAGAACCACAGCCCAGCUCAACAUCGAAGAGCGCAACAUCAAGGUGAUGCGUCCGCUCUACAGUGUGGAAGUCACCGAGACAGAGAUGGCCAAGUUUGAGACAGAGAUCUCAGAGGAAGACCUCCACGCCACCUGGAAGCUGAAGGGCGAGAACCUUCACCCGUCUGCCGACGUGGAGAUCAAGGAGGAAGGUGUAAAGCACACCUUGAUCCUCUUCAAUUGUCGCAAGGACAUGGCGGGAGGCGUGGACUUCGCCGCUGCGAAUGCCAAGUCGUCUGCUCAGCUCCGUGUCAAAGCCCGAAUGGUGGGACUGACGAGACCGCUCAGCGAUGUGAUGGUGACAGCUGGCGAGACAGCCACUUUCGAGUGCGAGCUAUCCUACGAGGAUGUCCCCGUGGAGUGGUUCCUGGAGGGGGUCAAGGUGGAGCCUGGCGACCGGGUGGUACUGAAGUCGGAGGGUAAAGUCCACAGCGUGACCCUGCGGGACGUCCAGCUAAAUGAAGCGGGCAAAGUCCGACUCACGACUAAAGACUGCCAGACUGAAGCUAGACUCAUCGUCAAAGAGCCGCCAGUGGAGUUCACCAAGCCGCUGGAGGACCAGACGGUGGAGGAGGAGGCCACCGUCACCCUGGAGUGUGAAGUCUCACAGGACAACGCCGAGGUGCAGUGGUUCAAAGAUGGACAAGAGAUGCACAAGAACAAAAAGUAUAAGGUGCUUGUAGAUGGACGAAAGAGGAUGCUGCUUAUCCAUGGAUGCACCCUGGAUGACUCUAGAACCUACUCUUGUGCUGCCAAAGAAUUCAAGACUUCCUGCUUCCUCAAUGUUGAACCUCUCCAGGUUGAGUUCUCCAAGCCACUCCAUGACGUGGAGGUGCAAGAGAAGGAAUCUGCUAGGUUCGAGUGUGAAGUGUCCAGAGAGAAUGUCAAGGUCUCCUGGUUUAAGGACGGAAGUGAAAUCCGAAAAGGGAAGAAGUAUGAAAUUAUCGCUCAGGGACGCCAACACGUCCUCGUUGUCCACAGGUCAGUGUUGGACGAUGAGGCCGAGUACGAGUGUGAUGCCAAGACCUCCAAGACCUCUGGCAUGCUUACUGUCAUUGAGGAGGAGGCCAGGUUCACCAAGAACCUGUCCAACGUGGAAGGAACCGAGACAGACAGCGUGAAGCUCAUCUGUGAAGUCUCCAAACCUGACGCCGAUGUCACCUGGUACAAGGGCGACGAGGAGUUGCCGGAGGGCGGCCGCUACGAGCACAUCUUGGAUGGCAGAAGGAGAAUCCUCCUCAUUCAGGACCUGAAGAUGCCCGACGCCGGAGAGUACAACUGCAGGCUCAGUCCCAGGGUCAGAACCUCCGGAAACCUCAGGAUUAACGAACUGGCAGCUGAGUUCCUGUCCAGGCCUCGCAGCGUGGAGGUGGUAGAGGGUGAAAAGGCCGAGUUCACCUGCACCGUGUCCAAGGACACCUUUGAGGUCAAAUGGCUGAAGGAUGACAAGGAGCUGGAGGCCGAGGACAAGUACCAGUUGAUCAGUGACGGCAAGAGAAGGAUGUUGGUCAUCAAGAAUUGUGAGCUCAGUGACGAGUGCAAGUACGUGGUAAUGAUCAGAGCCACCAGAGCCAGCGCCCAGCUCACUGUACUUGAGAAACUGAAGAUCAUCACACCACUGAAAGACACAGAUGCCGGCGAAAGCCAGGAAGUAGUCCUGAAUUGCGAGGUGAACAACGAGGGCGCCAAGGCCAAGUGGCUGAAGAACGAUGAGACAAUUUUCGAGAGCAGCAAGUAUGUAAUGUUCCAGCGAGACAAUAUCUUCUCACUGAGGAUCAGAGACGCGCAGCAGGGGGACCAAGCCAAAUACAGUGUUCACCUGAGCAAUCACAGAGGAGAGCAGGCCACGAGCUCCUGCGGCCUUGUCGUCAAAGAGGAGCGUUUGAGGAUUGUUGUUCCUCUGGAGGAUGUGGACACUCAGGAGAAGAAGACAGUCAGCUUCUCGUGCAAGGUCAACCGCCACAACGUAACUCUGAAGUGGAUCAAGGCCGGCGAGGAGGUUGUCUUCAACAAGCACCAUGUCUACCGGGUGGACAAAGACAAGCACACACUGACUAUCAAGGACUGUACGCUGGCGGACGAGGGCGAGUACACCGUGGUGGCCGGUGACGACAAGUCCACGGCCGAGCUGAUCAUCAGCGAGGUGCCCACUGACUUCGCCAUGCACCUGAAGGACCAGACCAUCACUGAGUUCGAGGAUGCUGAGUUCACCUGCAAGCUGACCAAAGAGAAAGCCGAGGUCAAUUGGUACAGGGACGGACGCGAGAUCAGAGAAGGAGCCAGAUACUCAUUUGAAAAAGAUGGAAAUAUGUGCUACCUACGUAUCAAAGAGUGCCGGCCAGAUGACGAGUGCGAGUACGCAUGUGGCACUGAAGACAAGCGAUCCAGAGCCAGGCUCUUUGUUGAAGAAACCCCGGUGGAGAUCAUCAGGCCGCCACAGGACGUGUUUGAGCCGCCCGGCUCAGAUGUGGUAUUCGAGGUGGAGCUAAACAAGGACAGAGUGGAAGUGAAGUGGUUGAGGAACAACAUGACCGUUGUGCAGGGUGACAAAUACCAGAUGAUGAGUGACGGUAAAGUUCACAGGCUGCAGGUCUGCGAGAUCCGCCCUCGAGACCAGGGCGAGUACAGAGUCAUCGUCAAGGGCAAAGAUGCCAAGGCCAAGCUGGAGCUGGCGGCGAUGCCCCAGAUAAAGACCACAGACCAAAACUACGUCACAGAUGCAGGGAAGCCCCUGGUCAUGGCAGUUCCUUACAGCGCCUACCCUCAAGCUAAGGCCGACUGGCUGUAUGACAACUUAAGUCUGCCCCAGGAUAGCGUCUACACCUCUCCCGACUGCACAGAGUACCGCAUGAAGGACCCCAGAAAGUCUGACGAGGGUCGCUACAAGGUUAUCAUAAAGAACAAACACGGAGAGGGUGAAGCCUUCAUCAACCUGGAUGUCAUUGAUGUCCCAGGGCCUGUGAAAAACCUACAGGUGGUUGACACCGCUGACGGCGAAGUGAGCUUGGCAUGGGAGGAACCGGAGAAUGAUGGCGGAAGCAAAGUCAUCGAGUAUGUGGUGGACAGACGAGACGUGAAACGCAAGACCUGGACACUGGCCACGCAGCACGCUGAGAGUCCAGAGUACACCGUGACCGGACUCCAGAAGGACUCUAUGUACCUCUUCAGAGUCUGCGCCCGAAACCGAGUUGGCAGCGGUCCCCUCGUAGAGACGGACAAACCCGUCCAGGCCAAGAACAAGUUUGACGUUCCUGAUGCUCCUCUCAACGUGAUCGUGGGGAACAUCUCCAAGUUUGGUUGCACCGUAUCCUGGGAGCCGCCCGAGUCAGAUGGUGGCUCCCCCAUCACCUCUUAUAUCAUCGAGCUUCGUGACAGGACGUCUGUAAAGUGGUCGCCGGUCCAGGUGACAAAAGCCGACGAGCUGAGUGCUGUCAUCAAUGACGUCAUUGAGAACAAAGAGUACAUCUUCAGAGUCAAGGCAGAGAACAAAGCCGGCGUCGGAAAGCCGAGUGCCGCAACACAACCAGUCAAGAUCAUGGAUGCUAUCGAGCGUCCCAGCCCGCCUCAGAACCUGGUCUGGCAGAACCAGAACAAGAACUCUGUGCAGCUGAGCUGGGAGACUCCGCUGAGUAAUGGCGGCAGCAUGAUUACCGGAUACAUCCUUGAGCGCUGUGAGGACGGAACUGAUAAGUGGCUCCGUUGCAACACCCGCCUCUGCCCCGACCUCGUCUAUAAUGUGUCUGGACUCAAAUAUGGAACAAAUUACAAUUAUCGAGCAUUUGCAGAAAAUGCAGCUGGAAUCUCAGACCCAUCCAACGUCAUUGGACCUCUGCUGGCCGAUGACCCGCACACCGGACCUACCAUGGACCUGAGCGGGUUCAAAGACGGCCUGGAGGUCAUCGUCCCAAAUCCCCUCACCAUCAGAGUCCCCAUCACUGGGUAUCCCCUCCCUGUCGCCAAGUGGACGUUCGGGGAGAAAGAGCUGACCGAUGCCGAUGACCGCAUGACGGUGACCACCAGGUCUACGUUUGCGGAGCUGGUGGUUACUCCGAGCGUCCGUCCAGACAAAGGCACCUACACCCUACAGCUGGAGAAUGAUGUCUCAUCUGUCUCCGGAGAGAUUGAAGUCAAUGUCAUUGCUGCACCCAGUGCACCAAAGGACUUCAAGGUUCCGGAGGUGACCCGCGAGCACGUUCAACUGAGCUGGGACCCUCCAGAGCACGACGGGGGAAGUCCUCUGAGUGGCUACCAAGUGGAGAAACGAGAGGUUUCCCGCAAGACCUGGGUCAAGGUGGCCUCAGGCAUCCAGGAUUUGGAGACGACUGUCACUGACGUAAUUGAAGGCAAAGAGUAUCUGUUCAAGGUUACAGCCUGCAACAAGUGUGGACCUGGAGAACCAGCAUACAUCGACGAGCCUGUCAAUGUCUCCUCUCCCGCCACUGUCCCCGACCCUCCAGAGAACCUGAGAUGGAGAGACAAGUCGGCUAGUAGCAUCUUCCUGACCUGGGAGCCUCCGAAGUAUGAUGGUGGCAGUGGCAUCCGUGGCUACAAUGUCGACCGCUGCCAGAGAGGAACCGAACGGUGGGAGCCCUGCGGGGAUCUUGUCCCGGAGCUCAAAUGCCAAGUCACGGGUUUGAUUGAGGGCAAGUGGUACUCCUAUCGAGUCCGAGCCCUGAACCGACUUGGAGCCAGCCGGCCUUGCAAGGCCACAGAUGAGAUUCAGGCUGUAGAUCCCAAAGAGCCACCAGAGAUCCAGCUGGACGCAAAGCUACUUGCUGGUCUGACUGCCAAAGCCAGUAGCAAGAUUGAACUGCCCGCUGAGGUGACGGGAAAACCUGAGCCCCGGGUCAAGUGGACCAAGGCCGACCAGGUCCUCAAAGCAGACGACAGAGUCAAUAUUGACACCAAGCACGGACACUCCACCGUCACAAUCUCCAAGACCAAGCGUGACGACAGCUCUACCUAUAUCAUCGAGGCCACCAAUAGCUGUGGCCGAGCCACCGCAACUGUCGAUGUCAACAUUCUCGAUAUACCCGGCCCCCCUGCUGCCUUUGACAUUUCUGAAAUUACCAAUGAAUCCUGCUUCCUGGCCUGGAACCCGCCACGGGACGACGGCGGUUCCAGAGUCACCAACUACAUCAUCGAGCGCCGCGCUGCCGACAGUGAGAUUUGGCACCGGCUCUCAUCCACCGUCAAACAGACCACCUACAGAGCGGUGGGCAUGGUCAAGUUCAAGGAAUACAUUUUCAGGGUCUUUGCUGAGAACCAGUUUGGUGUGGGUCCACCAGCCGAACAUCCAUCCAUUAUCGCCAGAUACCCCUUCGACACCCCAGGGCCUCCCUACAAGCUGGAGCCGUCGGACAUCGCCAAGGACUCGCUGACUCUGAGCUGGUACGAGCCGGAUGAGGAUGGAGGAAGCCCAAUCACCGGGUACUGGGUGGAGCGAUACGAGCCUGACCACGACAGGUGGAUCCGAUGCAACAAGCUGCCCAUCAAAGACACAAACUACAGGCUCAAAGGUCUUCCCACCAGGAAGAAGUACAAGUUCAGAGUCCUGGCUGAAAAUCUGGCUGGAACUGGAAAACCAAGCAAGGAAACUGAACCAAUCCUUGUGAAAGAUCCGAUUGAUCCUCCAUGGCCUCCGGGCAAACCGACAGUGAAGGACGUGGCCAAGACCUCCUGCUUCCUGAUGUGGACCAAGCCAGAACAUGACGGGGGAGCAAAGAUUGAUGGCUACGUCAUCGAGAUGCUCAAGAGCGGCACCACAGAUUGGAUCCGCGUGGCGGAGGGCGUCAACAUGACCGAGUACUUCCUGAGGGGCCUGAUGGAGAAGCAGGAGUACUCAUUCAGGGUGCGAGCUGUCAACGUAGCUGGGGAGAGCGAACCCAGCGAGCCCAGCGACCCGGUCCUCUGCAAGGAGAGACUCAACCCACCUUCAGCCCCUCGCUGGCUGGAUGUCACCGGCAUUAGUAAGAACAGUGCCGGGUUGAAGUGGACUGUUCCUGAGCGCGACGGAGGCUCACCCAUCACCAACUACGUGGUGGAGAAACGGGAUGUCCGACGUAAAGGCUGGCAGGCCGUGGACACCACUGUCAAGGAGCUCAAGUACACGGUGAUGCCCCUCAAUGAAGGUUCACUCUACGUGUUCCGUGUGGCGGCUGAGAACGCUGUUGGCGUCGGGCCAUUUUGCGAGCUGGAAGACUCCGUGCUGGCCAAGGACACUUUCACCACUCCCGGGCCACCGUACGCCCUCGCCGUUGACGCCGUGACCAAAAGAUAUGUGGACCUGCAGUGGGAGGCACCUAAAAAUGAUGGUGGCAGACCCAUCCUCAGGUAUUCUAUCGAGAAGAAGGAGAAACUCGGAACUCGCUGGGUGAAGUGUGGAAAGACUUCCGGGCCGGACUGCAAAUACAGAGUGACAGACGUGAUUGAGGGAACAGAGGUUCAAUUCCAGGUCCGCGCCGAGAACGAGGCGGGAGUCGGACAUCCAAGUGAACCCACCGAGAUCCUGACGAUUGAAGACCCAACAGGUGCCCCGUCUCCUCCCAUCGAGCUUCAUGUGACUACUGCCAGCCGGAACUUCCUGUCCAUCCGCUGGAAGCCCCCGCAAAGGGAUGGUGGCUCUCCCAUCACUGGCUACCACAUUGAGAUGUGCGAGCCUGGGACGGAGAAAUGGAUGAGGGUCAACUCUCGUCCUGUCAAGGAGCUGAAGUACACCGUAGAGGAAGGCAUCAUCCCCGAGAAGGAGUACAUCUUGAGAGUGAGAGCCAUCAACUCUGUGGGAGUUAGUGAGCCUUCCGAUAUCUCUGAGAACGUCGUUGCCAAAGACUCUGACUGCAACCCAACGCUGGAAUUCCAGACUCUGGACCUGGUCGUUGUGGAGAAAGAGAAACUGCAUAUCCCAGUUCCCUUCAGAGCUGUGCCCUCACCCAAGAUCACUUGGCACAAAAAUGGCAAAGAGCUGAAGGCUGACGACCGUCUUGGCUUAAGGAAAGAGUAUACUUCCUGUCACCUGGAGGUGGACAGUAGCCUUCACUCUGAUGCAGGCCAGUACAAAGUGACUCUGGAGAAUAAACUUGGAGCCGCCAGUGCCACCAUCAAUGUCAAAGUCAUCGGUCUUCCAGGCCCGUGCAAGGAAAUUGUGGCCUCUGAGAUCACUAAGAGCUCCUGCAAGGUCUCCUGGGAUCCUCCUGACUACGAUGGGGGAACCCCGAUCCUUCACUACGUGCUGCAGCGGCGUGAGGCCGGCAGGAGGACGUAUGUCAACAUGAUGUCUGGAGAAAAUAAAGUGAGCUGGAACGUCAAAGACCUAAUCCCCAACGGAGAGUACUACUUUAGAGUCCAGGCCGUAAACAAGAUUGGAGGAGGGGAGUUUGUCGAGCUGCGCAACCCCGUCAUCGCUGAGGAUCAGAAACAUCCUCCUGACCCACCUGUGGACGUGGAGACCCACAAUCCUACAUCAGGCACCAUCACACUGACCUGGAAGCCUCCCAUGUAUGACGGAGGUGCCAAGAUAAUGGGCUACAUCCUGGAGCGGCAGCUCAAGGGUGAGGACAAGUGGGAGAGGUGCAAUGACUUCCUGGUUCCGGUGCUUUCCUACACCGUCAGAGGACUGAUGGAGGCAAAGAGCUACGCCUUCAGAGUCCGAGCGGAAAAUUCAGCCGGUGUCAGCGAUCCAUCUCGCAGCACUCUGUUUGUCAAGGCCUUGGAGGCAGUUGAUGCUCCCAAGGUCUUCCUGAGUGGCAGCCUUCAGUCAGGCCUGAACGUGAAGCGAGGCAGUGAGAUCCGCCUGGACGCCAAUAUCUCUGGCUCCCCGUACCCUGAGAUCACCUGGUACUGGAACAACCAGGUUAUCCGGCCCGAGGUGCUCCGCAGGAGGCCAGAGAGACCACUGAAAAAGAAGGUAGAGAAGAAGGAAGAGGUAAAGAAGGAGGAGAGUGAGGGAGAGAAAAAAGAGCUGGAAGAUGGAACAGUGAAGGAUGCAGAGGAAAAGAAGGAGGAGGUGGCCGAACCGGAGGAGGAGGAGACAGACUACCCGACUAUUGGCGAGCGGUUGACUAUCAACAACAGCCGAAGGGGCGAAUCCACCGCAGUUAUUAAGGACUCACUCCGUGUUGACCACGGCGUCUACAUGGUGAAGGUGGAGAACGACCACGGCAUCGCUUCAGCCACCUGCGAGGUCGACGUCCUUGACACUCCUGGACCUCCAAUCAACUUUUGCUUUGAAGAGGUAAGGAAAAACUCUGUGAUCUGCAAGUGGGAUCCCCCUAAAGACGACGGCGGCAGUGAGAUCCUCAACUACACGCUGGAGAAGAAGGAUAACUCCAAGAUAGAGCUCGGAUACAGCUCUGUAACCUCCACACUGAGAGGAUGUCGCUAUCUGGUGCCCAAACUCAUUGAGAAGAAGGAGUACAUCUUCAGAGUGGUCGCUGAGAACAAGUAUGGUGCUGGUCCGCCCUGCAUCUCCAAACCUCUUGUUGCUAAGAACCCCUUCGAACCUCCCGAGGCUCCAGAGAAGCCAGAGAUCGAAGAUGUCACAGCCCACAGCAUGCUGGUCAUCUGGAAUGAGCCAAAUGACAAUGGCAGUCCUAUCCUGGGAUACUGGGUGGAGCGUCGUGAGAUCAGCAGCUCCCACUGGGCUAGGGUCAACAGAAACAUGGUCUCCUCCACCGAGCUGAAUGUGGAAGGACUUGUUGAGGGUUUAACUUACAUCUUCAGAGUGGCAGCCGAAAAUCAAGCGGGCCCCGGAAAGUUCAGCGUUCCUUCAGAUCCUAAAACAGCACAAGCUCCGAUUCUGCCUCCCGGCCCACCAGUCCCCCGAGUGGUGGCAACCACGGAUCACUCUAUUGAUGUUGAGUGGGAUGCACCUGCCGACAAUGGAGGAGGCGAGAUCCUGGGAUACCACGUGGAUAAGACUAUUGCUGGUACCAAAGACUGGUCCAGGUCUACAGAACGUCCAUGGAAGACUCGGGCAUUUACCGUUUAUGGAGUCCGUGAGGGAGCCAAGUACCUGGUCAGAGUCAUUGCCUGCAACGCUGCAGGAGAAGGAACUCCAGGUUUCACUGAGUCGGUGUUUGUCAGGAAUCCUGCAGAAAUGCCUGUGGUCGAGCUGGAUGUAUUAGUCAAGAAUGGUGUGGUCAUCAGAGCUGGUGAGACGCUUCGUGUUCCGGCAUUGGUCACUGGUAAACCCUAUCCAACCAUCACUUGGACCGUGGAAGAUGUCAAACCUGACAAAGACCGUGUGGACAUCCUCACCGAAGGCAACAACAGCAUUGUGUUCAUUAAAAGCGCGCAGAGGAAGGACUGUGGCAAAUACUUAGUCUCUGCGUGUAACCCGAGUGGCACGAGGUCUGCCUUCACCCGGGUCGAUGUCAUGGAUGUUCCUGGACCAGUCACUGACCUAAAACCAGUAGUGGUGACCAGAAAGAUGAUAUUCCUGAACUGGGACGACCCCAUGGACGACGGUGGAAGUGACGUGACUGGCUUCCUCGUGGAGCGCAAAGAUGCCAAAAUGCACACGUGGAGGCAGCCCAUCGAAACAGCCUCCUCCAAAUGCGAGUGCAUUGGGAUCAUGGAGGGACAAGAGUACAUGUUCCGUGUCACUGCCAAGAACAAGUACGGCAUGGGCCCGCCUGUCGAGCUAGGACCCAUCAAGGCUGUGGACCCACAAGGACCACCGUCGCCCCCAGAGAAGUUCCAUUACACGGAGCGCACCAAGGAUUCCAUCACACUAGCCUGGAAGCCACCUCGCAAUGACGGAGGCAGUCCUGUUGUUGGCUACUUUGUGGAGAAGAAGCGUCAAGACAAGCAGGCCUUUGAGCCUUGCAACACGGUGAUCUGCCCCAACAUGACCAUGACGGUAGAGGGCCUGGAGGAGGCUUGGAUGUACGAGUUUAGGAUCAAAUGUGCAAACCUGAUUGGAGAAAGUGACCCAUCCUUCCCGCUGACCGUGGUCAUCCAGGACGAUGAAGUGGCUCCUGAGAUCCACAUGCUGAAAGUAUUCAAGGCUGACAGUAUCACGGUGAAAAAGGGCGAGCCCAUCGAGAUCCCCGCCGACAUCCUGGGCCUCCCCAUCCCCAAAGUGGAGUGGUCCAAAAAUGACUUGGUGCUGGAGAAGCCCACAGAAAGUCUGCUUAUGGAGACGGCGGUGACUGGCAGGAUGAACUGCAAGUCCACUCUGUCCAUCCCCACGGCCAACCGGAAGGACCAAGGCAGCUACACCAUAUCUGCCUCCAACAACAUGGGUUCUGCCAAGCACACAAUCUCCGUCAUGGUGCUAGACCGGCCGCUUCCUCCCAGGAACUUGUCGGUGUCCAACAUCAAGGCGGAGUCCUGCCAGCUACAGUGGGAUGCGCCCCUGGAUGAUGGUGGCAGCGAGCUAACUAACUAUAUCGUUGAUAAGAAGGAAGUGAUCACAGAGGAACAGGAGGAAAAGGGACAGGAAGCUGAACCUCAGUGGGUGGAGCUCACCAACAGCAUAAUUGACAAAAAGUAUCGGGUGUGGAACCUGGAUACCAACAAAUCCUACCUGUUCCGUGUGAGAGCUGAGAACCGCUACGGCAAGUCUGACCCUUGCACAACGGAGGAAGUUCAGAUCACAGACCCCUUCGGGCUCCCCGGCCCUCCGGAGAAACCGACCAUCACAGAGUAUUCCAAGACCUCCAUGACCCUGACCUGGGAGCCACCAAGGGACAACGGUGGCUCCAUGAUCAUUGGCUACUGGCUGGAGAAGAAAGAAAGAGGCAGCGCCUACUGGGCCAGAGUCAACAAGAUGCCGGUCACCAAACGAGGCAUGAAAGGGUGGGAGUACCAGGUGACUCGCUUGUUUGAAGGAAGUGAGUAUGAGUUCAGGGUUGCUGCUUUCAAUUUAGCCGGAACUGGCCCGUUUAGUGCAGCAUCCGACCCAGCUUUUGCCGUCGACCCUCUGACUCCUCCCAGUAUGCCUGCUGCUCCCGUGGUGGCUGACAAGACCAAACACAGUGUCACACUGACCUGGAAGCCACCGGAGAAGGAUGGCGGUAGCCCCAUUAAGGGCUACAUCAUCCAGAUCCAGGAUGAGGGCAAAUCCAAUUGGGUGACGGUGAAUGAAGAACUGCACCCCACCACUGAGUUCACCGUGCCGAGCCUCCGCGAGCUCAAGCGUUACCGCUUCAGAAUUAUUGCGGUCAACGACAUUGGCGAAUCAGACCCCAGCCCCCGCACCAGUGAGGUCUUGAUUGAAGAAGUCCAACUCCCGCCAUCCAUUACUAUUGACGUCGUGGUGGACGACCUGCUCUACGUCCGUGCCGGAGAUCCAAUUAGGAUCCCUGCCACCAUCAAGGGCCGUCCUGUGCCGAAGGUGACGUGGGACUUUGACGGGAAAGCCAAGUCUCACAAGAAGAACAAGCUGCACACACUUCCCGUGGACUCGGAGGUUGAGUCCACAGACACCACGUCCGUUGUGACCAUCCCCGUUAGUUUGAGGACCCACUCUGGACGCUACACUAUCACAGCCAAGAACAAGUCUGGACAGAAACAUGUCAACGUCAGAGUCAAUGUCCUCGAUGUUCCUGGACCGCCGAAAGAUCUGAAAGUGACGGACAUCACCCGAUCAACCAUGAGGCUGAUCUGGAAGCUGCCCGACAACGACGGCGGAGAGAGAAUCAAAAGCUACUUCAUUGAGAAGAAAUGUGUUACUGACAAGGCCUGGACGAAGGUGAACGCGGCCUGCGCCAGUCAAGCCUUUGUGGUCCCGGGCCUCCUAGAGGGACAGGACUACCUGUUCAGAGUGCGAGCUGAGAACCGGCUGGGAUUUGGUCCGUUUGCUAUCACCAGUGAUCCCGCCCAGGCCAGAGACCCCAUUUAUCCACCGGACCCCCCUACCAAGCUGAAGGUCAACCUGGUGACCAAGAACACAGUGACUCUGAGCUGGGAGCCUCCCAAAAACGAUGGCGGCUCUCCCAUCAAACAUUACAUUGUGGAGCGCUUGAGCUGGGACACCAGCGGCAAGGAAAAGGAAACCUGGAAGCAAUGCAACAAGAGGGACGUGGAGGAGCUCAGCUUUGUGGUUGAAGACUUGAACGAGGGCGGAGAGUACGAGUUCCGAGUGAAAGCUGUGAACGCAGCCGGACAGAGUAGACCCUCGACCACCGCCGGACCGCUCGUCAUCAAGGACCAGACGUGUCCCCCCGCCAUCGAGCUGCGGGAGGUGAUGGAGGGCGAGGAGGGCUGCGACAUCAGCAUGGUGGCCAAGGUCAGCGGCUGCCCUUUCCCGACUCUCACGUGGCACAAAGCCAAUCUGGCGGCCCCUGAGAAGAAGGCGGCCGUGCAGUACGACCAGCACUUCAACAAACUGGUGACGCACAACAAGUGCACGCUGCUGGUGCAGCAGGCCACCCGCCAGGACAGCGCCCUCUACAGCCUGACGGCCAGCAACAGCCUGGGCACCGUCACCAAGGACAUCAAACUCUUCGUGUUCGGACCUCCCGGCCCUCCCGUGGGACCCAUGAAGUUUACCGAGGUGUUUGCGGAGAGGAUCGGCCUGGCCUGGAACCCGCCGGUGGACGACGGCGGCUCCAAGAUCACCAACUAUGUGGUAGAAAAGCGCGAGGAUAACCGCAAGUCGUGGGUGCACGUGUCCAACGACCCCAAGGACUGCUCCUACCUGGUGACCCGGCUCACUGAGAACCACGUGUACGAGUUCCGUGUCAUGGCGCAGAACAAGUUAGGAGUCGGGCCACCGCUACUCAGCGAGCCGGAGAAGGCCAGGAACCUCUUCACUGUUCCCGGCCAGUGUGAGAAGCCCACCGUGACCGACGUGUGUCUGGAGUCCAUGACGGUGAACUGGGAGGAGCCCAAAUACGAUGGGGGUUCCCCGGUCACCGGCUAUUUCAUAGAGAAGAAGGAGACCACCAGCAAACGCUGGAAUCGCGUCAACCGCGAGCCCAUCCGGGCUCUGCCCCUGGGCAACAACUGGGACGUCACCGGCCUGUUAGAGGGCGCCAUGUACCAGUUCCGGGUCAGCGCUGUCAAUGCUGCCGGAAGUGGACUACCCAGCGUUCCCUCAGACCCCGUUCUCUGUAGGGACCCCAUCAAGCCUCCUGGCCCACCCACUCCGAAGGUGACGGACUGGACCAGGUCAACGGUGGAACUAGAAUGGAUUCCUCCCCUGGUGGACGGAGGCUCCAAGGUGACUGGCUACAUUGUGGAAUUCAAGGAGGUGAACAAGGAGGAGGAGGAGAAGAAGGCUCAGAGGAGGUUGCUUCUACUGAGCAGUGCCGAUGAGGAGAAGGAACCCGAGGCCCCAGAGAGCUGGGAGAAGGCCAAGGACACAGAGAUCAGAGGAACCAAGUUUGUGGUGGCCGGUCUCAAAGAAGGUGGUUUAUACCGCUUCAGAGUCCGAGCCUUAAACGCCGCUGGAGUUGGUGAACCGGGACUUGUUUCCGAGCUGAUCGAAGCCAAAGACAGGACAAUUGCACCUGAGAUGGACCUGGAUGCCUCCGUGAAGGAGAAGAUUGUGGUCCACGCUGGCGGGACUAUCCGAAUCAUCGCCUACGUGUCCGGCAAACCAGCCCCGAAGAUCAGCUGGAGCCGUGAUGACGGUGAGGUCCCCAAGGAGGCCAGAGUGGAGACCACGGGCAUCUCCAACUCGCUGAUCAUCAAGAACUGUAAACGCCAGCACCAGGGCAUCUACACGCUCUGCGCUAAGAACGAGGGUGGCGAGAGAAGGAAGGCGGUCAUCGUGGAGGUCCUGGAUGUCCCUGGACCGGUUGGCCUCCCCUUCGCUGGUGAGAACCUGACUAAUGACUCCUGCAAGCUGACCUGGUAUUCUCCAGAAGAUGACGGCGGCUCAGCCAUCACCAACUAUAUCAUUGAGAAGCGGGAGUCGGACCGCAUGGGCUGGACUUCAGUGUCCUACACGGUGACCAGAAACAACGCCGUGGUGCAGGGACUGCUGGAUGGUAAAGGCUAUUUCUUCAGGAUUGCUGCCGAGAACAUCAUCGGCAUGGGACCCUUUAUCGAGACGGACAAAAUCGUGCUCAUCAAAGACCCCAUCUCUGUACCCGAGCGUCCAGAGGACCUGAUCAUCACUGCCGUCACUAAGGACUCCAUCUCGGUUGCCUGGAGGCCACCCAAGUAUGACGGUGGCGCGGAGGUGACCCAGUACAUCCUUGAGUCUCGCAUGAUCGGCCGGGACAACUUUAUUCGCCUGGGUGGUCAAGACAAGCUGAUGGACAGGAAGUUCACACUGAGCGGACUGAAGGAUGGCUCCAGCCACGAGUUCAGAGUGUCUGCCGUUAACAUGGUUGGACAAGGCAAAUUUUCUUUUGCCACCAAACCCGUCCAGUGCAAAGACGAGCUGGAACCACCAAACCUGGAUCUGGACUUCCGAGACAAGAUGAUGGUGAAGGUGGGAGACAGCUGUACGCUAUCCGGACGCUACAGUGGCAAACCAGCUCCAACCAUCAUGUGGACAAAGAACGACGAGGAGCUGAAGCUGGACGAAGAUGUCAGCGUCCACAGCACAGGCAGAAACCUCAGUCUCAACUUUAGCAAGGCAAAGCGAGAGCACAGUGGACGCUAUUGCGUCAGCGUUGACAAUUCGGCCGGAACUCGAACUGGAAUCUGCGCCAUCACUGUGGUCGACCGACCUCAGCCUCCUGAGGGCCCCGUGGUUUUUGACGAGAUUUACAGAGACCACAUGCUCAUUUCCUGGAAACCUCCUCUGGAUGACGGCGGCUGUGCCAUCUCCAACUACAUCAUUGAAAAGAGAGACACCAACCGAGACCUGUGGAUGCCCGUCACCACGUCCUGCACCAGGACCACCUGCAGGGUGCCAAAACUGAUUGAAGGUCGCGAGUACAUAAUCAGGAUCAUGGCCCAAAACAUCUACGGCAUCAGCGACCCGCUGCUGUCCGUGGAGACCAAGGCUAGAGACAUGUUCAAGGUGCCUGAUGCUCCCAAACAGCCCACCGUUAAGGAAGUGUACCACGACUGUGCCCUCAUACGCUGGGAACCUCCAGCUGAUGGAGGAAAGCCAAUCACAGGCUACAUCGUGGAGAGGAAGGAGACUAUGGCCAAUAGGUGGGUCCGGUGCAACACAGAAAAGAUCCAUCCUAAGGUGGAAUACUUGGUCCUGGACCUGCUCAAAGGCUGUGAAUACGAGUUCAGAGUGAGCGCAGAGAAUGUGGUCGGUGUUGGUGACCCAAGCCCACCGUCCAAGCCUGUCUUUGCCAAAGAUCCCAUUGUGAAGCCAAGCCCACCACAAAAUCUCAAGGGCGUGGACCACACCAAGGAGUCGGUGACCCUGUCCUGGGAGCCACCCGCUGACAUUGGUCGAGGGAAGAUCUUUGGCUACCUGCUGGAGUUCCAGAAGGCUGGCGAGGAAGAGUGGCAGAAGGUGAAUCAUACUCCAGAUUCUUGCCAGGGGACUAAGUUCAAGGUGGUCGGCCUGGAGGAUGGCGCGCUCUAUCGCUUCAGAGUGAAGGCCGUCAAUGCAGCUGGGGAAUCCGACCCCGCUAAUAUCAAAGAACCAGUCAGAGUGAAGGACCGACUCGAAGCGCCAGAGUUGAUUCUGGAUGCUGGUAUGACACGGGAAGUGAAAGCCUUGGCCGGCACCCACAUCACUCUCAUGGCCACCAUCAAAGGAAUCCCCUUCCCCUCUGUGGCCUGGAAAAAGUAUGACGGCGAUGUGCCCACCAGGGCCGACAUUGAGACCAGCCAAGUAGGUACCAAACUGGAGAUGAGGUUCUGCAACCGCAGCGACUGUGGAGACUACACGCUCACCGUUGAAAACCCUGCCGGCUCCAAGACCGUCACCUGCACAGUGCUGGUCUUUGACAAACCGGGUCCUAUCCAGCACCUUCGGGUGUCAGACGUCAGGAGCGACUCAGCCUACCUGUCCUGGAAAGACCCAGAGGACAAUGGAGGCACUCGAAUCACCAACUUUGUGGUAGAGAAGAAAGACACAGGUUCCACUCAGUGGGUUCCCGUGUGCUCCACGUCCAAAAAACGCAGCAUGAUGCUGAAGCACCUGACGGAGGGACUAGCCUACACCUUCAGAGUUGCGGCUGAGAACCAAUAUGGCCGCAGCGAAUACGUGGAGACACCAAAGGCCAUCAAAGCCAUGAAUCCACUCUUCCCUCCCGGUCCUCCUAAAGACCUUCAUCAUGUUGACGUGGACAAAACGGAGGUGUGGCUUGUCUGGAAUUGGCCCGACCGAAACGGUGGAAGUGAGAUUACGGGCUUCCUAGUGGAGUACCAAGAAGAAGGAGCGAAGGACUGGGAUGAGUGGCAGACGGUCAGCAUCCCAGAGAGUCACGUGACAGGUUUGGAGGAAGGCAAGACCUAUCGCUUCCGAGUGAGAGCAGAGAACGCCAUUGGCCUCAGUAGACCCGACACCACCGUUCCCAUCCUCUGCCAGGAGAAACUUGUGCCUCCAAUCCUUGAGGUCGAUGUCAAGCUGAUGGAGGGCAUCAUCGUGAAGGCAGGCACCACCAUCAGGCUGCCCGCUAUCAUGAGAGGAAUGCCAAUCCCAACCGCCAAAUGGUCCAUUGAAGGAGAGGAGAUCAAUAGUGGAGGCAACAUCAAGAUUGACACGGACAACUUCUCAACCGUCCUCAGCAUCAAUGAGUGCACCAGGAACCACACCGGCACCUACCUGCUCACUGUAUCCAACCUCGCCGGCACAAAGAGAGCGGCCCUGAAUGUCACUGUCCUGGAUGUCCCAGCGGCACCUAUCGGACCCGUCAACAUCCUGGAAAUAACUCCUGACUCCAUGACAAUCGAGUGGCGCCCUCCCAAAGACGAUGGCGGCAGCCCCAUCACGAAUUACAUUGUGGAGAAGAGAGAUUCCAAUAAGGAGACCUGGGGAGGGGUUAGCUCUGGCAGCCUGGCUACCAAGCUCAGGAUUGUGCGGCUGCAGAAGGGUGUCGAGUACGUGGUCCGCAUUCGCGCUGAGAACAAGAUGGGCAUCGGGGCGCCGCUGGAGAGCAAGCCCACGGUUGCCGAACAUGCCUUCCUGCCACCCAGUCCGCCCGGUAAGCCGCUGCCCCACGACGUCUCCGAGGACGCCGUCACAGUCGGAUGGACCAUGCCCUUGUCUGACGGUGGUAGUCAGAUCACCGGUUAUAUCAUCGAGCGCAGACACAAAGGAGGAAAGUGGAUCCGUGUGAACAAGACACCCUGCAAAGACCUCCGCUACAGAGUCCAGGGCUUGUUUGUGGGCAAUGAGUAUGAAUUCAGAGUAUUUGCUGAGAAUAGCGCUGGCUACAGUGGACCCUCACCAAUCUCUGACCUCUGCAAGCCCUGCAGGCAGGUCACAGUCCCGAGCCCCCCAGUCAACCCCAAAGUCAAAGAUUACAGCAAAUCAACGGCUGACUUGGUGUGGACCAAACCCAACAAAGAUGGAGGCAGUCCCAUUCUGGGCUAUACAGUAGAAUUGAAGAAGGCCGACGAAGACUGGAAGAAAGUCAACAUGGACGACUUCAUCAAGCUGUGUGCCUACACGGUGAAGGGGCUUGAGCAGGGUUGUACCUACAGAUUCAGAGUGUUUGCCUCAAAUAUGAUUGGUGAUGGCGAGUCCAGAGAAAUUCCAGAGUCUGUCACAGCUCAAGACAUCCUGAUACCUCCGGAGAUCGAAAUGGAUGCCACGUGUCGCGAGCGCAUCACCGUGCGCGUCGGACACAAUAUCAACAUCAUCGGCUACAUAAAGGCCCGUCCCGAGCCUGAAGUGCUGUGGUCCAAGGGGGAGACUAUUCUGGAGAACAGCAAACGUGUAACUAUGAUCCAUAACCUUCCUGUGGUCCAUCUUAGGAUCAAGGAGGCCACCAGAGCUGACCACGGUAAAUACACGCUGAAGGCUUCCAAUGAGGGCGGAGAAGCCUCCUGCUGCAUCACUGUCAAUGUUCUGGACCGGCCCAGCCACUGUCAGAACCUCCACACCACCUAUGUCACCAAGGACUCCUGCAUGAUCAACUGGGAGGCCCCGAAAGACAACGGUGGCUCUGAAAUCACCAACUACAUUGUGGAGUGCCGAGAACCCAGCAUUAGCAUGUGGUCUAUGAUCUCUUCCCAUUGCACCAACUGCAAGAUCAAGACCAAGCUGAUGGAGGGCCACCAGUACCUGUUCCGUGUCUGUGCAGAAAACAAGAUUGGACCCGGGCCCUGUGUGGAGACCAAGGUCCCCGUGCUGGCCAUCGACCCCAUUGAAAAACCGGGUGAGCCCGAAAACUUCAGAGCGACUGAUAUUGGCAAGAACUAUGUCUACCUGAGAUGGAGGAGGCCAGACUAUGAUGGCGGCAGCCCCAACCUCUCCUACAACCUGGAGUGCAAAGCCAAAGACGCGCAGGAAUGGGAAAAACUCAACACCGGCAUCUUAACUAGCACCUUCUUUUUGGCAGACAAGUGUGUUGAAAACCACACUUACACUUUCAGGGUGCAAAGCAUCAAUGAAGGAGGAGAGAGCGGCUGGGUGAAACUGGCCGAUGUUCUGGUGCGAGAGGAGAUCCAGAAGCCAGUCCUCGACCUGAAGCUUUCUGGAACGCUGACAGUGAAGGCCGGGGAGUCGGUCAGGAUGGAAGCAGCCUUGAGAGGAAAGCCUCAGCCUGAAGUCAAGUGGACUAAGGACAAGGCGGUCGGAGACAACCCCAGAAUCAGCUAUGAGACGGGUUCAGACUACUCCAAAUUCCUUUUGACCAAGUCCAGACGCACUGACUCUGGGAAGUAUGUCAUCACUGCCACCAACUCGGCCGGAACCUUCACAGCGUAUGCCAACGUGAACGUCCUGGACGUCCCCGGAGCCGUCAGGAACCUCAGAGUCAUGGGCAUUGGAGCAGACAAAUGCCGAGUGGUUUGGGACGCACCCGAAGACGACGGAGGUUGUGAGGUGGACAGCUACAUACUGGAAAAGUGCGAGACCAGAAGAAUGGUGUGGUCUACCUAUUCCGCCUCGGUGGUCACGGAGUACUGCAAUGUGAUGCGUCUGGUGGAGGGCAAUGAGUACAUUUUUAGAGUGCGGGCCGAGAACAGGAUGGGAACUGGUCCAGCCAUGGAGAGCAAGCCUGUCACAGUCAGGACUCAGUUCAACAGACCUGGGCCACCUGAUGCCCCGGAGGUCACUAAGAUAAGCAAAGAGGAGAUGACAGUGGUCUGGGCUCCUCCUGAGAACAACGGAGGAAAGUCCAUCACGGGCUACAUCCUGGAGAGGAAGGAAAAGAGAGCGGUGCGCUGGGUGCCAUGCACUAAGAGUCCAAUCCCUGAGAGACGCAUGAAAGUGACCAACCUGAUCCCCAACCACGAGUAUCAGUUCAGAGUUAAAGCUGAGAAUGAGGUCGGCCUGGGAGAUCCCAGCAAACCUUGCAGACCCGUCACGGCCAAAGAUCCCAUCGAGCCUCCUGGGCCGCCCGCAGGUCUGAAGGUGGCUGACAGCACCAAGACCUCCAUCACCCUUUCCUGGUCUAAACCUGUGUAUGACGGGGGUGCGCCAAUCAUUGGCUACAGCCUGGACAUGAGACUGAAGAGUGAGGCGGACCCCGAGAAGCCCACAGAAGGCUGGAAGAGGAUCGACACCAAUGGGCCCUUGGUCCUCAAAGAGUUCACCAUAGGACAGCUGGAUGAGAAACAGGAGUACGAGUUCAAGGUCUCUGCCCAAAACCAGGUGGGCUGGGGACGUCACGCCUACUUGAAGGAAGCCGUCUUCCCCAAGGAGAUCCUGGAGGCUCCCGAGAUUGACCUGGACGCAAGUUUAAGGAAAGGUCUGUCCGUCCGGGCCGGUUGUCCGAUCCGACUUUUUGCUGUUAUCAGAGGACGCCCCGCUCCCAAGGUUACCUGGAAGCGCAUGGGUGUGGACAAUGUUGUUCGUAGAGGUCACGUGGACCAAGUGGACACGAUGUCCUUCCUAGUAAUCCCUGAAAGCACCAGAGAAGAUUCUGGAAAAUACUCACUGACUCUUUCCAACUCGGCUGGAGAGAAGGCCGUCUUUGUUCGUGUUAAAGUCCUCGAUACUCCCGGUCCCGUCGGUGGUCUGGAGGCAACUGAGGUCACCAAAACUACAGCACAGCUGUCCUGGUUACCGCCAGAGAAUGACGGUGGAAGCCCAAUCCUCAACUACAUUGUGGAAAAACGUGAGGUGGACAGGAAGACCUGGACCAAGUGCAUAGAGGACCUGAAGAAGACUAGCUUCAAGGUGACAAACAUGACACCUGGGAUUGAGUACUACUUCCGCGUGAUGGCGUGCAACAAGUACGGAAUCGGAGUUCCUCAAGACUCGGCCAAGUCUUACCUCGCUAAGGACCCCAUCAGUGAGCCAGAUCCGCCCAAGAAGAUGGAUAUUUUGGAGAUCACCAGGAACAGCGCCACACUGGGCUGGCUGAAGCCGCUCAGAGAUGGAGGAGCCAAGAUCAACGGUUAUGUGGUGGACUACCAGGAGGAGGGCGCGCCGGAGGAAAAGUGGACGCCCUACUCGGUGGUCAAAGACUUAACCAUCGUGGUCGUUGGCCUGAAGGAAGGCAAGAAGUACAAGUUCAGGGUGGCGGCCAGGAACUCGGUUGGCGUCAGUCUUCCUCGGGAGGCUGAGGGAGUCUUUGAGGUCAAGGAGCAGCUCAUGGCUCCAAAGAUCAUCAUGCCCGACACGGUGACAGUCAGAGCGGGACACAAAAUGGUGAUUGAGGCCCUGGUGGCAGGAAAACCGGCUCCCUUCUGCAAGUGGAAGCAGGGCAACGAGGACGUCCUCACAUCUGAUCGCCUCUCGGUGGUCAAGACGCUUACAAGCUGCACGCUCAUCGUCAAGAACGUCAGCCGCUUGGACAGUGGCUACUACAGUCUAUCGGCGGAGAACAGCACGGCCAAGAUCAACCAGAUCCUCAAAGUCAUCGUUAUGGACAUUCCGGGAGCCCCUGAAGCUCCUGUGGAGAUCACAGAGCAGGACAUCGAUGCCUGCACUCUGCUCUGGAACCCUCCUCAGGAGGACGGCGGCAGCAACAUCACAAACUACAUUGUGGAGAAGUGCGAUGUGAGCCAGGGCGACUGGCUCACCUUGUCUUCUUCCUGCACCAAAACCAGCUUCAGGGUGACCAAACUGAUUACCGGUACUGAGUACACCUUCCGGGUCCGGGCCGAAAACAGGUUCGGCAUCUCUGAGCCCACCUACUCUGAGAAAAUGAUUGCCAGAUAUCCGUUUGAUCCUCCCAGUGAGCCCAGAAACCUUCAGGUUAACAAGAUCAACAAAGACUUUGUCAUCCUCUCUUGGGAACGUCCCAGCAGCGACGGCGGAAGCCCAAUUAUGGGAUACUACAUCGAAAAGAAGGAGAGGAACAGUAUUCUGUGGGUCAGGGCUAACGAGUCUGUGGUCAAAUCCACCCAGUACACCUGCGGCAGUCUCAUUGAGGGCCUGGAGUACACCUUCAGGGUGUCUGCCAUAAACCUUGCCGGACAGGGAAAACCCUGUAAACAGACUGAAUUCAUCACGGCCAGGACGGCUGUCGACCCUCCAGGUAAACCCGAGCCCAUGGAUGUGACCAGGAGCUCCGUCUCGCUGGUGUGGACCCGACCCAAGCACGACGGUGGCAGCAAGCUUAUUGGCUACUUUGUGGAGUACUGCAAGCUCCCUGAGGAGAAGUGGACCCGUUGCAACAGCAACUGCAUGAGCAUCCAGACCGAGAACUACGUGGUGCGUGGUCUGGAAGAGGGCCAGCAAUACGUGUUUCGAGUCAUCGCCAAGACGGCCGUGAACACCAGCCUGCCCUCGGAGCUGUCUGACCCAAUUGCUGUCAUCGCAGAGAAUGUUCCUCCUCGUGUGGAGCUUGGGGUCAACAUGAAGAACCUGAUUGUGGUGAAAGCUGGAGAAAAUGUCUUCCUGGAUGCAGAGGUGUUUGGGAAACCUCUGCCCAAGGUGAGCUGGAAGAGAGAUGGUGCUCUUCUUCAUCUGGCAGAGGGAAUGAAGAUGACCCAGAAGAAACACGUCCACCUUUUGGAGCUCUACUCCGUCACCAGGAAGGAAUCUGGUGACUACACUAUUCUUGCUGAGAAUGUCAGUGGCAGCAAGUAUGCCAACAUUAAAGUCAAAGUGCUCGACAAACCAGGUCCUCCAGCUUCAGUGAAAACCACCAAAGUGUUUGCAGACCGCGUCAAGCUACGGUGGGAUCCCCCGUUGGCAGAUGGCGGUUCUGAAAUCACAAACUACAUCAUAGAGAAGCGCGAAACCAGCAGGGCCAAUUGGGCACUGGUCACCGCCAACAUUCACGGACACAUCACCGACUGCUCCAUAGAGAAACUCAUAGAGGGCCACGAGUACCAGUUCCGCGUCAGUGCUGAGAACCAGUACGGCGUGGGAGACGCUGUCAUGACUGACCCGGUCAUGGUCAAGAACCCCUAUGAUGUUCCCGGCCCUUGUGAGCCGCCCGUCAUCACCAACAUCACCAAAGACUCCAUGACGGUCAGCUGGAAGGCGCCAGCCAACGAUGGUAGAGCCACCAUCCUCGGCUACAUGUUAGAGAAGCGUGAGGCCACAGAGUUGACCUGGGCCAAGGUCAAUCGCCGGCCAGUGAUUGACAGAACCAUCAAGGCGGGUCAGCUAACGGAGGGCUCAGAGUACGAGUUCAGGGUUAUUGCCAUGAACAAAGCCGGUCUGGGAAAACCAAGUGACGCGUCCAGUGCAGCUCUGGCUGUCGAUCCCGUCUACCCCCCUGGCCCACCCGCCUUCCCCAAGGUGGUGGAUUCCACCAGGAGCUCCAUCAGCCUGAGCUGGACCAAGCCAGCGUACGACGGCGGUUGCGAGAUCAUCGGCUACCUGGUGGAGUGCAAACUGGCCACUGCGGAAAACUGGACCAAAUGCAAUGUCCCCAAGAAGCUCCAGGCCACCAAGUUCUUGGUGACAGGCCUGAUGGAAGGCACAGAGUACCAGUUCCGAGUCUUUGCUGUCAACAAGAUUGGCUAUAGCGAGCCGAGCGAAGUCCCUGGGAACCACACGGCCAAGGACAUCCUCAUCCCUCCGGAAGCUGAGCUGGAUGCCGACCUGAGGAAAGCGCUGGUUCUCCGCGCGGGUGUUACCAUGAGGCUCUACGUCCCUCUAAGAGGGCGCCCGGCACCUAAAGUGAUGUGGAGCAAGGUGGACUGCAACCUGCAGGAGAGAACCGGCGUCCUGAUCAAGACAUCCGAGUGGGACACCCUGCUCAUGGUUGAAGACAUUAACAGAUACGACGCUGGCAAAUAUGUUCUGACGCUGGAGAACAGCAGCGGUUCCAAGAGUUACACCAUCGUGGUCAAGGUCCUCGAUUCUCCUGGACCUCCUCAGAACCUGACUGUAAAGGAGACCUCCUUAAACCACGCCUGCAUCACCUGGGAUGCCCCACUGAUCGAUGGCGGCAUUCCAGUCAAGAGCUACAUUGUAGAAAAGCGCCUGGCAGAGAGGAAGGCCUGGACCUGUGUGUCGACUGAGUGUCACAAGAACUCGUACAGAAUUCCCAACCUGGAGGCGGGACAGGCCUACUGCUUCAGAGUUCUGGCCGAGAACGCUUAUGGGAUUGGAGAAGGUUGUGAGACUGCCGGCAGUGUCCGAGCUUCAGAACAACCUGGUCCAGUGAUGGACUUGAAGGCCAAGAAGACCACCAAGGAUUCUAUCACUCUGGCCUGGAAAAAGCCCGUCAGUGAUGGUGGCAGUCACAUCAGUGCCUACAUCGUGGACCAGAACGAAGGCGAGCUAUGGAAGCAGAUCUCCAAGGGCAGAAACACCUCACUGACAGUUGGUGAGCUCACAGAGAGCAAGGAGUACUUGUUCAGAGUCAAGGCACUAAAUGAAUCUGGAGAAGGGCCACCCACUGAGAUCGCGGCUGUUGCCAAGGACCAGUUUGUGCUUCCUGACUGCAACCUGAGCUGUCUACAUGAUGGUCGCUACGUGGUGAAGGAGGGCUCUACCGUCCGCAUCAACAUUCCCAUCAGCGGUGUGCCGUAUCCCACUGCCACGUGGAAGAAAGGCGACGUGGCGCUUGGCGACACCGGACGGAUGUGCGUUGAGGCAUCCCAGGGCAUCACCACUCUCCUGAUCAGAGACUGCCAGAGAGGAGAUGCUGAUGCCUACACCAUCAAUGUCAAGAACAGCUUGGGCUCCAAGGACUGUAAGUUGCAGCUCAAGGUUGUGGGAAAACCAGGUAUCUGCACUGGACCCAUCAAGUUUGAUGAGAUCACAGCCGAUGGCAUCACCCUGGAAUGGGGGCCACCCAAAGAUGAUGGUGGUGCAGAGGUGUCCAACUACAUUGUAGAGAAAAGGAGGACAACAGACAACAAGUGGGCCACGGUGGCUUCGGCAAUCCAGAAAACCACCAUGAGAGUCAUACGUCUCCACGAUGGAGUGGAGUACAUUUUCAGAGUGUUCGCUGAGAACAAAUACGGAAUUGGAGAGCACCUGAGGUCAAAUGCGGUCAUUGCACAGCAUCCUUUCAAUGUCCCAGAGGCACCUGCACCUCCAGAGAUAAUGAGCAUCCGCCACGAGUCAGCCAUCCUAACCUGGGCUGAUCCAAAAGACACUGGCGGCUCCCCAAUUACAGGCUAUCAUGUGGAGUUUAAGGAGAGGAACAGUCUGAUGUGGAAGCGAGCCAGCAAGACUCCUCUGAGAGUGCGGGAGUGCAGGGUCACAGGUCUGAUUGAGGGACUGGAAUAUGAGUUCAGGGUGAUGGCCAUGAACAUGGCCGGUCUUGGGAAGGCCAGCAGAGCUACUGAGGCUGUUGUUGCUCUGGAUCCCAUUGAUCCACCUGGCAAGCCUGAUGUCAUUAAUGUCACCAGGACUUCAGUCACACUGAUUUGGACUCCACCCAAAUAUGAUGGCGGCUACAAAUUGACUGGCUAUAUGGUAGAGAAGCUAAAGGCUGGAGGUAAGGCCUGGAUGAAGGCGAACCACGUCAACAUUCAAGGAUGCGCCUUCACCGUCACAGACCUGACAGAGGGAGGCCAGUAUCAGUUCCAAGUCAGGGCCAAGAACUCUGCUGGUGCUAUUAGUGUUCCCUCAGAAAAGACCGAUCUGCUAACUUGCAAGGAUGAGUAUGAACCCCCAAGCAUCACCAUUGACCCAAACAUGAAAGAUGGCGUAUCAGUCCGGGCAGGAGACACAAUCGUGGUCUCCGCUUCCAAGAUUGUCGGUAAACCUCCCCCUACUGCUGUUUGGUCAAAGGCCGGUCGUGAGCUAAAGAACUCAGACAUUGUCACAAUAACCAGCACUCCAACCUCCUCCACCGUGGCCAUCAAGUACGCCAGCAGGAAGAACACCGGCGAGUACACCAUCACUGCCAGCAACCCGUUCGGAAUCAAAGAAGAACACGUCAAAGUGAAGGUUCUAGAUGUUCCCGGACCGCCGGGCCCAAUUGAGGCCAGUAAUAUUUCCGCUGAAAAGUGCACCCUUACCUGGCUUCCACCAGAGGAGGAUGGAGGCUGCGCCAUCAAGUCUUACAUCCUUGAGAAGCGAGAGACCAGUCGCCUGCAGUGGACCAAGCUGGCUGAAAAUGUCAUGGAUUGCAGAUGUGUAAGCACCAAAUUGAUCAAAGGGAACGAGUACAUCUUCAGGGUGUCUGCUGUCAACCAGUAUGGCAUUGGAGACUCAAGUCUGUCUGGUCCAGUCAAACUGGUCGACAGUUACCGUCCACCAGGCCCACCCUCAACCCCAGAAAUUGAUAACGUCAGUAGGAACUCUGUUACCAUUUCAUGGAAUAGACCAGUGCAGGAUGGAGGCAGUGACAUUAGGGGAUACCUCGUAGAAAGGAAAGAGAAGCGAGGAAUGAGGUGGGUCAGGGCUUCUAAAAGAACGGUCCCAGACCUACGCUUCAAGGUGCAAGGCCUGAGUGAAGGGGUCGAGUAUGAAUUCAGAGUAACUGCUGAGAACAAGGCUGGUUUUGGAGAACCCAGUGAGCCUUCGCAUCCUGCAAUGACCAAGGACACCGUGUAUCCACCAGGUCCUCCUUCCAAUCCUAGAGUUACAGAUACCACUAAAAUGUCUGCCACCUUUACCUGGGGCCGACCCCACUAUGAUGGUGGUCUGGAAGUGGAUGGAUACAUUGUGGAAUAUAAAAAGGAAGGGCAUGACGACUGGGAGACAGAAACAGAGUACCACCUGAAGGCUACCGUAUAUGUUAUCGGAAAACUGCAGAAGGGAGGCAGAUACCAUUUCAGAGUCCGAGCUGUGAACUCUGAAGGAAUUGGUGAACCUGCAGAGGUUGAAAAAGUAACCGAACUUGUGGACCAGGAGUCUGUUCCAGACUUUGAGCUGGACGCCGAACUCCGGAAAUCCCUGGUAGUCAGGGCCCGUACGUCAAUCCGUAUGUUUGUUCCCAUCCGAGGCCGUCCUGUUCCAGAUGUCACCUGGAGCAAAGAUGAUGUCAAUCUGAAAAUGCGUGCACAUAUUGACACUACCGAGUCCUACACACUGCUGGUCAUUCCUGACUGCACCAGAUAUGAUGCCGGAAAGUACAACCUCUGCCUGGAGAACGUCGCCGGAAAGAAGACAGGCUUCGUAAAUGUGAAGGUUCUGGACACGCCAGGGCCGCCAGUUAAUCUCAAACCCAGAGAGAUCGCUAAAACGAGCAUAACCCUUCAGUGGGAGAUCCCCAUCAUUGACGGUGGCUCCAAGAUUCACAACUACAUUAUUGAAAAGAGAGAGGCCACAAAGAAGGCCUACACUGUCCUGAGCACUACGUGGCAAAAGUGCUCUUUCAAAAUCUCUGAUCUGGAGGAGGGAGCUUACUACUACUUUCGAAUCUCUGCUGAGAAUGACCUGGGCAUUGGCGAGCCUGCUGAAACCCCCGAACCAAUCAGGGCAUCUCAGGCCCCUUCUCCACCAGAAAACCUGUACAUCACUGAUGUUACAGCUGACAGCGCCAGCUUGGUGUGGACUAAGCCUCUUCAUGAUGGCGGUAGCUUGAUUACAGGUUAUGUCAUUGAGGCCCAGAAGAAGGACACUGAGCACUGGCUCCAUGUUUCUGCCAUCAAGGCUCUGGACUACACUGUGACGAAUCUGGUAGAGGGUGCAGAAUAUACUUUCCGCAUCAUGGCAGUUAAUGCUUCGGGUAGAAGCGAUCCAUGUGAGAGCAGACCGGCAAUUAUCAAAGAGCAAACAUCAGGCCCGUCAUUUGACCUACGUGGAGUCUACCAGAAGACGGUCAUUGCCAAGGCUGGGGACCGUGUUAAGAUGGAGAUUCCAGUACUUGGAAAACCCAGACCUGUUGUUUCUUGGAAAAAAGGAGACACAAUUCUAAAAGAGACACAAAGAAUUAACACAGAAGCUACAGCAACAUCAACCAUCCUCAACAUUGGCGAGAUCAAAAGGGCUGAUGGAGGACAGUAUUCAAUGACAGGAAAGAACAUGCUAGGCACAGUGACCGAGAUAAUCACAGUAUUAGUCCAUGAUAUUCCAGGUCCACCCACUGGUCCCAUUAAGAUGGAAGAGGUCUCGUCCGAUUAUAUCCUUAUGUCCUGGGAGGCCCCAGAGAAUGAUGGGGGUGUUCCCAUCAACAAUUAUAUUGUUGAAAUGCGUGAGACCACUGGUACCUCCUGGGUGGAGUUAGCAGCCACUGUCAUACGUACCACAUUCAAGGCAGCCCGGCUUAUCACUGGAACUGGAUAUCAGUUCCGUGUCAAGGCCCAGAAUCGAUAUGGCAUCGGACCAUCCAUCGUCUCUGAGCCAGUGGUGGCUACCUAUCCGUUUGAUGUCCCAGGCCAGCCAGGGCCCCCUGCAGUCACAUCCUUCAAUAAGGAUGCAAUGACUCUCAGUUGGAAUGAACCAUCCUCGGAUGGAGGCAGUGCCAUCCUGGGUUACCAUGUGGAACGAAAAGAGAGGAACAGCAUUCUGUGGCAGAGGAUCAGCAAAGCUCUUGUGAUAGGAAAUAUCUUCAAAUCAACUGGCCUGGUUGACGGAAUUGAAUAUGAGCACCGUGUUAUUGCUGAAAACUUAGCUGGUCUUAGCAAACCCAGCAAACCCUCUGACCCGUUGUAUGCUUUGGACCCAGUAGACCCACCAGGUAGACCUUUGGCACUGAACAUCACCAGACAUGAGGUGACUGUGUCAUGGACCAAACCAGAGGCAGACGGAGGAUUUUCCAUCACCGGAUACACUGUGGAGAGGAGGGAACUGCCAAACGGGCGGUGGCUCAAAGCCAACUUCAACAACAUCCUCGAGACGGUCUACACAGUCAGCGGUCUGAUCGAAGACACUGUUUAUGAAUUCCGUGUGUUGGCUCGCAACUCAGCAGGCGCAGUGAGUGCACCUUCUCAGCCCUCAGAAGCCAUCACAUGCAGGGAUGACAUCGAAGAGCCCCGGCUCAACAUUGACUCCCUUUACAGUAGCAAUGUUGUCGUCAUGGCCGGAGAGAUGUUUACACUGGAGGCCAACGUGACGGGUCGGCCCAUUCCCUCACUUGUGUGGACCAAGGAUGGGAAGGAGCUUGAAGAUACCGGCAAGUUGGAAAUAAAGAUGUCUGCUUUCCACACAACUCUGAUCAACAAAGACUCUUUGAGAAGAGAUGGCGGCGCGAUCACCCUGACUGCCAGUAACCCUGGCGGCUUUGCUAAAUUCAUAUUCAACGUCAAGGUCCUCGAUAGACCCGGACCACCCGAUUCCUUAACGGUUACAGACAUUGCUGCUGAGAAAUGCGUCCUCAACUGGCUGCAUCCAACACACGAUGGUGGAGCCAAGAUUGAAUACUUCAUCAUUCAGAAGCGUGAAACCAGCAGGUUGGCCUGGACAAACGUGGCCACGGAUCUCCAAGCAAACAGGUUCAAGGUCACGAAGCUUCUUAAAGGCAAUGAGUAUGUCUUCAGAGUAAUGGCCGUGAAUAAGUAUGGCAUUGGCGAGCCGCUGGAGUCCCAGCCUGUCAUCUGUGCCAAUCCCUACGUUCCCAGUGACCCGCCCACACAGCCUGAAGUUACGACCAUCACCAAGAACUCAAUGGUAGUCUGCUGGGAGCGCCCUGAACAUGAUGGGGGUAGCAGACUCAACACUUACAUUAUCGAGAGAAGGGAUAAGACUGGACUGCGCUGGGUCAAGUGCAACAGAAGGACUGUAACCGACCUUCGAUUCAAGGCCACUGGCCUCACACCGGGCCACGAGUAUGAAUUCAGAGUUUUUGCAGAGAACAAUGCUGGACUGAGCCAGCCAAGUCCCUCAACUCCGUUCUACAAAGCCAUGGACACAAUCUUCCAGCCUGGACCUCCAGGGAACCCCAGAGUUCUAGACACAACCAAGUCUUCCAUCACCCUUGCUUGGAAUAAGCCUGUCUAUGAUGGUGGCUCUGAAAUCACUGGCUAUAUUGUGGAGACCUGCCUGCCCGAAGAGGAUGAAUGGACAAUUUGCACUCCUAAGAAGGGAUGGACAGCUACCUCAUUCACUAUCACUGGCCUGAAAGAGAACCAAGAUUACAAAAUCAACAUCUGUGCCACCAACUGCGAAGGUGUGGGAGAGCCUGCUGCUGUCCCAGGAACCCCAAAAGCAGAAGACAGGUUACUACCCCCUGAAAUCGAACUUGGAGCAGAUCUCCGUAAGGUCGUCUGCAUCAGAGCCUGUGGCACACUCAGACUCUUUGUACCCAUUAAAGGCAGACCGGCACCGGACGUCAAAUGGUCAAGAGAGCAUGGAGAGUCCCUGGACAAAGCUAACAUUGAAGUCACAUCGUCAUUCACCACUCUUCAAGUUGAAAAUGUCGACAGGUUUGAUGGCGGUAAAUACAUGGUCACUGUGGAGAAUGCCUCUGGAACUAAGACGGCCUUUGUUAACAUCAGGGUACUAGACACGCCCGGAGCACCUCAGAACCUGAUCAUCAAGGAGGUUACCAAAGAUUCAGUCUCGCUCAUUUGGGAUGCACCUUUAAUUGAUGGUGGCUCCAGAGUCCGUAAUUACAUUGUAGAGAAGCGUGAGUCAACCAGAAAGGCCUACUCCACUGUCUGUGCCAACUGCCACAAAUCCAGCUGGAAAGUUGGAGAACUAGAAGAAGGAAAGAUGUACUUCUUCAGAAUCCUGGCUGAGAACGAAUAUGGCAUCGGCCUCCCAGUGGAAACGUUUGAGCCCGUUAAGGUGUCAGAGAGGCCCCUGCCUCCAGGAAAGGUGUCCCUCCGUGAGGUGACUGGCACCAGUGUCACUCUCACCUGGGAGAAGCCCGACCAUGAUGGUGGAAGCAGAAUCACCAGCUACAUUGUUGAAAUGCAGGGUAGAGAAAGUGAAAAGUGGACCCAGGUCAUGGCAGUCAAGACCAACGAGGCUUUUGUAACUGGUUUAACACAGGGAGAGGAGUACAUGUUCCGUAUUUCGGCCACCAAUGAAAAGGGCGUUAGUGAGCCACGUGCUCUUAGCAUGCCCGUGGUGGCCAAAGAUCUGGUAAUCCUGCCAACUUUCAAAUUGGCUUUCAGCACGUUUAGUGUGCUAGCAGGAGAUGAUCUGAAGAUCGACGUACCGUAUGCUGCCUGUCCCAAAGCGACAGCAACCUGGUUCAAAGACAGCAUCACCCUCAAGGAGACAACUAGAGUUAAUGCUGAAAGCACAGACGAGAACCUUCUCCUCGUCAUUAAGGAGGCCUGCAGAGAUGAUGUGGGUACAUAUUCCAUCAAACUGAUUAACAUGGCUGGAGAGGCAACUACAGAGAUCAGCGUGAUGGUCCUAGACAAGCCAGGCCCUCCAACUGGCCCAGUCAAGCUGGAUGAAGUCACUGCAGACAGUCUGGUCUUGUCCUGGAAUCCCCCGGAGUACGAUGGUGGCUGUAGCAUCAACAAUUACGUUGUUGAGAAGAGAGACACGUCAACCACUAACUGGCAGAUCGUGUCAGCUACAGUGGCUAGAACCACUGUAAAAGCUGUACGUUUGAAGACAGGUUGUGAGUACCAAUUCAGGAUUGCUGCAGAGAAUCGAUAUGGCAAGUCCUCAGCGCUGCUCUCUGAAAGUAUUGUGGCUCAGUAUCCAUUCAAGGUUCCCGCUUCACCGCGUUCGGUCAUUGUAAAGUCAGCCACCAAGGAGACCAUGCUGGUCGUAUGGGAUAAAUCCAGCAGUGAUGGUGGAAGCAAAAUCCUGGGCUACCAUCUUGAGCUCAAAGAGAAAAACAGCAUUUUGUGGGUGAAGCAGAACAAACAGCUUAUCCCAGACUCCCGAUUCAAAGUGGUUGGUCUGGAAGAAGGUAUCGAAUAUGAGUUCAGAGUUUACGCUGAAAACAUUGUCGGCAUAAGCAAACCCAGUAUCGUGAGUGAAUUGCAGGUAGCCAGAGACCCUUGUGACAGACCCGGAAAGCCUGAGGCUGUCAUUGUAACAAGAAACCAGGUGACCCUCCGAUGGUCCAAACCUGAGUAUGAUGGUGGCAUAAAAAUCAUCGGGUAUGUGGUGGAGAAGAAGGAAGGAGCCGGGCGCUGGAUGAAGGCCAGUUUCACCAACAUCAUUGAUACCUCCUUUGUUGUCACGGGUCUCACUGAAGACCAGAUUUAUGAGUUCCGUGUCACUGCCAAAAAUGCAGCGGGUGUCAGCAGUCAACCCUCUGACUCUACUGGAGCUAUCACUGCCAAGGAUGAGGUGGAUCCACCCCAAAUUGACCUGGAUGCCAAGUACUCCCAGGCUGUGGUUGUGAAUGCUGGAGAGUCAUUCAGGCUUGAGGCAGCUAUCUUCGGCAAACCUGUUCCCAUGGUACACUGGCUGAAGGAGGGCCAAGUCAUGAGUGAAGCAGCACGCCUGGAAGUCAAUAACACGGAGUUUUUGGCCUGUAUUGUUGUCAAAGAAGCAAUUCGUGUUGAUGGAGGCCAGUAUACUUUGCUGGUGAAGAAUGUCGGCGGAGAGAAAUCUGUGAACAUUAAUGUAAAAGUUCUGGACAGGCCUGGUCCGCCUGAGGGCCCCAUUUCAAUCUACGGUGUCACGAGUGAGAAAUGCUCAAUUUCCUGGAAAACACCUUUGCAGGAUGGAGGUAGUGAUGUUUCCUAUUACAUUGUUGAAAGGAGAGAGACGAGCCGACUGGUUUGGACGGUAGUUGAACAGAAAGUUCAGACCCUGAACUUGAAGAUCACCAAGCUUCUUCCUGGGAAUGAGUACAUCUUUAGAGUGAUUCCAGUCAACAAAUAUGGAGUCGGUGAGCCUCUGGAAUCUGAGCCCAUGAUUGCCAGAAAUCCAUUUGUUACUCCCAACCCACCAACAGAGGUAGAGGUCUCCACAAUUACUAAAGACUCCAUGGUAGUGACCUGGGAGCGACCAAGUAACGAUGGUGGCAGUGCCAUCCAAGGUUAUGUUGUGGAGAAACGUGACAAGGACGGUGUUAGAUGGACCAGGUGCAACAAGCGUACCGUGAGCGAGGUCCGUUUCAGAGUUACCGGGCUCCUAGAAAACCACAGCUACGAAUUUAGGGUCUCUGCCGAGAAUGCUGCCGGUGUGGGAACACCCAGUCCCCCAACAACAUAUUUCAAAGCUUUGGAUCCUAUCUUCAAACCAGGCCCACCAAACAAUCCCAAGGUGGUGGACUCAUCAAGGUCUACCGUUUCCUUGACCUGGGGUAAACCCAUCUAUGAUGGUGGCUGUGAGAUUCAGGCCUACAUUGUUGAGGCAUGCAAUACUGUGUCAGAUGAGUGGUUCAUGUGCACUCCUUCCUCUGGAAUCACAGACACACGGUUUACCGUGACAAAGCUCUUGGAGAAGCACGAGUAUCAGUUCAGAGUGUGUGCCAUCAACAAAAUCGGUGUUGGUGAGCACGCUGAUUGUCCAGGAAAAAUCACUUUGGAAGAGAAGCUCGAAGCACCAGACCUGGACCUGGAUGCCAGUUUGAGGAAGAUGAUCAAUAUUAGAGCGGCAAGCACCCUCAGGCUCUUUGUUCCUGUAAGCGGUCGUCCAGCCCCUGAGGUAAAAUGGGGCAAGUCUGAUGGGGAGCUUAAGGAGACGGCCCAAAUUGAUAACACAGGUAGCUACGCGUCACUUGUGAUUGAGAACGUGGACCGAUUUGAUAGCGGCAAAUACACACUUACUGCCGAGAAUGCCAGCGGAGUUAAGUCUGUCUUCAUCAGCGUCAGAGUCCUGGACACCCCAAGCCCUCCAAAUAACCUCUUUGUCAAGGAGAUUACCAAGAAUUCUGUCACACUCACAUGGGAGCCUCCGCUUCUAGAUGGCGGCUCAAAGAUUAAGCAGUACAUCGUGGAGAAGCGGGAGAGCACUAGGAAGGUUUACUCUUCCAUCACCAUCUGCAAUAAGAUGACAUGGAAGGUAGAACCUCUCCCAGAGGGUGGAAUAUUUUUCUUUAGAGUGCUAGCUGAGAAUGAGUACGGUGUCGGUCUGCCUGUUAAAACCAUUGAACCAAUUAAGAUAUCUGAGAAGCCGCAGCCCCCUGGUAAAGUCAGCGUUGUUGAUGUUACACAUAGUACUGUCACCCUGACUUGGGAGAAGCCUGUACAUGAUGGCGGUAGUAGGAUAAGCCACUAUGAAGUCGAACUGGCUGCUAUAGACAGCGAAUCCUGGUCUGUUUGUGCUAGUGUGAAGGCAACCGAGGCCCUGGUUAGUAACCUGCUCAAGGGAGAAGAGUAUCAGUUCAGAGUGGUGGCUGUCAACGACAAGGGCAGGAGCGACCCCAGGCAACUGGCUCAUUUGGUGGUCGCAAAAGACCUUGUGAUUGAGCCUGCUGUUAGACCUAAAAUGAGCAGCUACAGUGUCCAAGUGGGAUAUGACCUCAAGAUCGAAGUGCCAAUCGCAGGCCAUCCAAAGCCGACCAUCUCUUGGUCCAAGGACGGAGCCGCCCUCAAGCAGACCACCAGAGUCAAUGUCACAGAUUCAGCACAUCAAACCACAGUUACUAUAAAGGAUGCCACCAGAGAGGACGGAGGCAUGUACAGUAUUACUGUAGCCAAUGAUCUAGGAUCUAAGGAAGCCACUGUUGAAGUUAUCACCUUAGAUAAGCCCGGACCACCUACAGGACCUGUCAAGUUAGAGGAUGUCAGUGCCGAGAGCAUCACACUUGCAUGGGAACCUCCUACUUAUACAGGCGGCUGCCAAAUAUCCAACUAUGUUGUCGAGAAACGAGAUACGACCACCACAAACUGGGUAGUGGUGUCUGCCACUGUGGCAAGAUCAACACUCAAAGUGGGCAAUCUGAAGACCGGCGCUGAAUAUCAAUUCAGAAUCUAUGCUGAGAACAGAUACGGCAAGAGUUAUGCCAUUGAUUCUGACCCGGUUGUGGCACAGUAUCCAUUCCAAGAACCUGGGCCACCGGGUACACCCUUUGUAUCUUCAUACUCUAAAGACUACAUGGUAGUGGAGUGGCAUAAACCUCCAUCUGACGGAGGCAGUCCUAUCUUGGGCUAUCAUCUUGAAAGGAAAGAGAAGAACAGCAUCCUUUGGACCAAGAUUAACAAGACACUCAUCCAAGACUGCAGGUUCAAAUCCAGUCCUCUGGAGGAAGGAAUUGAAUAUGAAUACAGAGUCUAUGCAGAGAACGUUGUUGGCAUUGGAAAGUGCAGUAAAGUCUCAGAGGUCUAUGUGGCCCGCGAUCCAUGUGAUCCUCCUGGCUGUCCAGUGCCACUGAUCGUGACCAGACACUCGGUGAAACUCAGGUGGACGGCCCCGCAGUACAACGGCGGAAGUUCGAUUACUGGUUAUGUCGUGGAGAAGCGUGAUCUUCCUGAAGGAAAGUGGAUGAAGGCCAGCUUUGCAAACGUUUUGGACCUUGAAUUUACAGUGAUUGGCUUGACAGAAAACAGCAAAUACGACUUUAGAGUCAUUGCAAGAAAUGCAGCCGGUGCUGUCAGCAAGCCCUCCGAGUGCACUGGAUCCAUCACAGCAAUAGAUGAAGUUGACCCACCCAAGUGUGAGACGGAUGCCAUGUACAACCAAACCCUUGUCAUCAAUGCUGGGGACACAUUCAAUCUGGAGGCCAAAGUGGACGGAAAGCCCAUUCCCAUGGCUCAGUGGUUUAAGGGUGAUGUUGAAGUAGAAAACUCUGCCAGAGCUGAGACAAAACAUAUAGACUUUAAGGCUCUUCUUGUUGUAAAGGAUGCCAUCAGAGUGGAUGGCGGCCAGUACACACUGGUACUGACCAACGUGGCAGGCAGCAAGACUAUCCCAUUCAGUGUGAAGGUCCUGGACAGACCAGGUCCAUCAGAGGGACCACUUACUGUCAGCAAUGUCACUGAGGAGAAGUGCUCCCUGUCGUGGCUUCCACCAAGGCACGAUGGAGGCAGUGGCAUUUCUCACUACAUCAUCCAAAAGAGAGAGACAAGCCGCCUGGCUUGGACUGUGGUCUCUAGUGACUGUGGCGCUACCAUGUUCAAGGUCACAAAACUCUUGAAGGGUAACGAAUACAUCUUCAGAGUUAUGGCAGUCAACAAAUAUGGCGAGGGUGAGCCUCUGGAGUCAGCACCAGUUAUCAUGAGGAAUCCAUUCGUCCCCCCUGGCACACCUAAGGAGAUUGAGAUCACCAACAUUACCAGGGACUCCAUGACUGUCUGCUGGAAUCGCCCCGAGACAAAUGGAGGCAGUGAGAUUGUUGGCUACAUUGUGGAAAAGAGAGACCGGGCUGGCAUAAGGUGGACCAAAUGCAACAAACGCAGGGUAACAGACUUGCGUUUCCGGGUGACAGGACUAACUGAGGACCAUGAAUAUGAGUUCAGGGUUUCUGCUGAGAAUGCAGCUGGCGUGGGUCAGCCAGGUCCGGCCACACCUUACCUGAAGGCAUGCGACCCCACUUUUGAGCCUGGCAGCCCCACAACCGUUCAUGUGACAGACACCACCAUGGACUCCAUAAGUCUGACAUGGCACAGGCCCAUAUAUGAUGGUGGCUGUGAGAUUCAAGGUUACGCUGUUGAAAUCACAAAGGCUGAUGAGGAGGAGUGGACGAUUUGCACGCCACCCUCUGGAGUAAAUGCCACCAAGUUUACCAUUACCAAGUUGAUUGAGCACCAGGAAUACAAAAUGCGCGUCUGUGCCAUCAACAAGCAGGGCAUUGGGGAGCCAACCGAAGUUCAGGGCAUAGUUAUCCCUGUGGCUAAAAUUAAUGCCCCAGAUAUGAUUCUGGAUGCAGAACUCCGAAAGGGAAUUGUUGUCCGUGCGGGUGCUCCAAUGAGAAUUGGCAUUCUAUUUAAGGGUCGUCCCACACCAGAAAUUAGCUGGGCCAAGGAGGACGGUGAACUGCCCAGUAAAGUUCAACUUGAGACUGGUGAAGACUACACACAGCUCUCCAUUGACAUCUGUGACAGACAUGAUGCUGGAAAAUAUAUCCUUAAUCUCCAAAACAGCGCUGGCACUAAAUCUGCAUUUGUUUCUGUCAAAGUUCUGGACACUCCAGGAGCGCCCGUGAACCUCACCGUCAAAGACAUUAAACGGGAAAGUGUCACCCUGAGUUGGGAGCCCCCUCUUAUUGACGGUGGUGCAAGAAUAAAAAAUUACCUGGUUGAAAAGCGCGAGUCCAACAGGAAGGUUUACGCUAAUAUUGACAACAAGUGCACAAAGACCAGCUACCGAGUUACUGGCCUCACAGAGGGAAUGAUCUACUACUUCCGAGUCCUUGCCGAGAAUGAGUUUGGUGUAGGACUGCCAGCAGAGACAACAGACUCAGUUAAGGCCUCUGAGCCGCCUUUGUCCGUAGGUAAAGUCACUGUAACCGAAGUUAGUAAAACAACUGCCUCACUGUCAUGGGAGAAACCGGUCCACGACGGAGGCAGCAGGAUUAUCGGCUACUAUAUUGAAAUGAAAACUAUGGACUCAGAGGAAUGGGUGGUGGUCACCACAACCAAGACCUGUGAAGGCACUGUCACAGGCCUCAGUGCUGGACAUGAAUAUCUUUUCAGAGUCUCUGCCUUCAAUGACAAAGGUAAGAGUGACCCGAGGCCUCUCGCUGCACCGGUCAUAGCCAAGGAUUUGACUAUGAUUCCCGGAUUCAGGAUGAGCUACAAUACUUAUAGUUUGCAAACUGGUGAAGAUUUGAAGAUUGAGAUUCCAGUGAUUGGGCGUCCGAUCCCAAAAGUGGAGUGGAAGAAAGAAGGACAGGCUCUUAAAGAGACAACUAGGUUAAAUGUAUCUGAUACACCCACAUCUACAAAGCUGUGCAUCAAGGAUGCCAAGCGUGAAGAUUCAGGAAAAUAUAUCGUCACAGCCACCAGCAACAUCGGAACUGCAACUGAAGAGAUUACAGUUAUCAUUCUUGAUAAACCGGGCCCGCCCACAGGUCCUGUGAAGAUUGAAGAAGUGAGCUCCAAUUAUAUGACCCUCUCCUGGGAACCACCAAUGUAUACUGGCGGCUGUCAGAUUAACAACUACAUUGUGGAGAAGAGAGACACUACCACAACAGCUUGGCAGAUUGUGUCUGCGACCAUAGCCAGGACAACCAUCAAGGUCAGCAACCUGAAGACUGGUAUGGAAUAUCAGUUCAGAGUGUCUGCUGAGAACAGAUAUGGAAAGAGUUCUGCUAUUGUCUCACCCCAAGUCAUUGCUCACUAUCCAUUCAAUGUGCCUGAUGCGCCAGUGACACCCACUGUAACUGCUGCAACCAAGGAUAGCAUGGUCGUUGAGUGGAAGCCCCCGGCAAGCAAUGGUGGCAGUCCCAUUCUUGGCUACCAUCUGGAAAGGAAGGAGAGGAACAGCCUCUUGUGGACUCAACUCAGUAAGCUUCUCAUCCCCGAUGCACGUUUCAAGACCACAGAACUGGAGGAGGGCAUUGAGUAUGAAUUCAGGGUGUAUGCAGAAAACAUUGCAGGACUGAGUCCGGUUAGCAAGAUCUCAGAAAGCACAGUGGCUCGGGAUCCCUGCGACCCACCUGGUACUCCCGAGGCAAUUGAAAUAACACGGAACCAUGUAACACUGCGGUGGACCACACCCCCGUAUGACGGAGGCAGCGUUAUUACCGGCUAUUUGAUUGAAAGGAGGAAACACCCUGAUACCCGCUGGAUGAAGGCCAGCUUUACCAACAUCCUUGAAACCCAGUUCACCCUCACUGGUCUCACUGAGCACUGCAUUUAUGAGUUCAGAGUUGUCGCCAAAAACGCAGCUGGCAUAUCAAGCCAUCCCUCUCCAAGCACAGGAGAAAUAACUGCCAAAGACGAAAUUGAGGCCCCAGAAGCAACCAUGGAUUCCAAAUUCAAGGAUCUAACUGUUGUUCAUGCUGGUGAGACUUUCGUCAUUGAUGCCGACUACACCGGCAAGCCUAUGCCUGAGGUCAUCUGGUUGAAGGAUGGAAAGGAGAUUGACAAGACUACGCCAAGAAUGGAGAUAAAGACCACACUCACACGCACCGUCUUGACAGUGAAGGACUGCAUCCGAACGGACGGUGGACAUUUUGUUCUCAAACUAGUUAAUGUUGGAGGUGUCAAGAUGAUCCCAGUUAACGUUAAGGUUCUGGAUAGACCCGGCCCUCCGGAUGGCCCACUAGAAAUCAAAGGUGUCACGGCUGAAAAGUGUUAUCUGCAUUGGAACCAUCCCUCGCAGGACGGUGGAGCAGGUAUUUCACACUAUAUCAUUGAGAAAAGAGAGACCAGCCGGUUGUCGUGGACUAUGGUGGAGCCCAAGAUUCAAGCGAUCAGUUACAAAGUCACCAAACUGCUGCCCGGAAAUGAGUACAUCUUCAGAGUCACGGCUGUCAACAAAUAUGGUGUUGGUGAGCCGCUAGAGUCUGAGCCAGUUGUUGCACGCAAUCCAUUCACCACCCCAAGUGCUCCGUCCAUGCCAGAGGCCGGUGCAAUCACCAGAGACUCCAUCGUGCUCACCUGGGAAAGGCCAGAAAGCAAUGGGGGAGCUGAGAUUGAAGGUUAUAUCCUUGAAAAGCGUGACAAGGUUGGCAUCCGAUGGAGCAAAUGCAACAAGAAGAGGCUAACUGACCUGAGGUUCCGAUGCACUGGUCUCAUUGAGGGCCAUUCUUAUGAAUUCCGGGUUUCUGCUGAAAAUGCAGCUGGCGUGGGCACACCCAGUGCACCAACUCAGUACAUCAAGGCAUGUGAUGCAAUUUACCCACCAGGACCUCCAAACAACCCCAAGGUCAUUGACCAUUCCAGCACAACUGUCUCCUUGACCUGGACUAGGCCUAUAUAUGACGGCGGAGCGCCCAUCAACGGUUACAUUGUUGAAAUGAAGGAGGCUGCACUGGAUGAAUGGGUCAUUUGCACCCCAUACACAGGUGUGCAGGCUACGAACUACACCAUAAAAAAUCUGAAGGAGAAUGCUGAAUACAAUUUCCGGAUCUGCGCCGUUAACUGCGAGGGUGUGGGCGAGCAUGUAGACCUGCCUGGCUGCGUGAUCGCGGCUGAGAAGGUGGAAGCUCCUGAAAUUGAACUUGACUGUGAUCUAAGAAAGAUGGUCAACGUUCGGGCCACAGCCUCCUUGCGUCUGUUUGUCACAAUCCGCGGGAAGCCUGAGCCUGAGGUCAGGUGGUCAAAGGCAGAUGGCACUCUGAAUGAGCGUGCCCAGAUUGAGGUGACAAGCUCCUACACCAUGUUAGUGAUUGAGAAUGUCGACCGAUUUGAUACCGGCAAAUAUAUACUGACACUGGAGAACAUGAGUGGCUCAAAAUCGGCCUUCAUUAACGUCCGAGUUCUAGACUCGCCUAGUGCCCCGACAAACCUCGAGGUGAAAGAUGUGAAAAGAAAUUUGGUUUCUCUCGCCUGGGAGCCUCCUCUCAUUGACGGCGGGGCCAAGAUAUCUCACUACAUUGUGGAGAAGAGAGAGCAGAAGAGGAUGGCAUUCACCAGUGUUAGUACUAAUUGUGUGAGGAACUCUUAUAUGGUCUCUGAUCUGGAGGAGGGAAGACGGUAUUACUUCCGUGUGCUGGCAGUAAAUGAACUUGGUGUGGGUCUGCCUGCCUCCACGGAACAAGUCAAAGUUUCUGAGGCUCCUUUGCCUCCUGGUAGAGUUCAGCUGGUGGACGUGACUCGUCACACUGUCACACUGUCGUGGGAGAAACCUGACCAUGAUGGUGGCAGCAAGAUUACAGCCUACUGUGUGGAGAUGCAGCCAGACAGAGAUGAAAAAUGGAGUUUGUGCAGUGAAGUUAAAGCACUGGAGGCCACAAUUGGAGGUCUCACAACAGAUGAAGAGUACUUUUUCAGGGUUAUCGCAGUGAAUGACAAGGGUAGGAGUGACCCCAAACCUCUAGCUGACCCCGUGAUUGUAAAGGAUAUCACGGUGCAACCCAUCGUCAACCUGCUGUUCAAUACGUACAGUGUUAAAGCAGGAGAUGACCUGAAGAUUGACAUUCCCUUCAAAGGCAGACCGCAGCCUGAAGUGUCCUGGAAGAAGGAUGGCCAGGUGCUGAAGCAGACGACUCGAGUCAAUGUUCUCACCUCCAAGACCUCAUCUAAAAUCUUCAUCAAGGAUGCCACCAGGGAGGACGUAGGAAAGUAUGAGAUCACCCUUACUAGCGCAGUGGGCACUACGACAGGUGAAAUCUCAGUUAUCACCCUGGACAAACCAGGCCCGCCCAGUAACAUUAAGCUGGAUGAGGUGAGCGCUGACUUCAUCUCUCUGUCUUGGAAUGCUCCAACCUAUGACGGCGGAUGCCAGAUUAAUAAUUAUGUGGUGGAAAAGAGAGACACGACCACAAUCAAUUGGCAGAUUGUGUCUGCCACAGUUGCCAGGACCUCAAUUAAAGUGUCCCGUCUCACUCAGGGAACAGAGUACCAGUUCCGUAUUGCAGCUGAAAACCGAUAUGGGAAGAGUCAUGCUGUUGAUUCUGCUCCUGUUGUUGCUCAGUAUCCAUUCGAGCCUCCGGGCUCUCCAGUCAACAUUCGUGUUUCUCAUGCCAACAAGACUGGCAUGCUCGUUGUUUGGGACCGGCCAACCAGGGAUGGUGGAAGCCCCGUUAUUGGUUAUCACAUUGAAUGCAAAGACCAAAGCAGCAUCCUUUGGACUAAGGUGAACAGAGGUCUUCUGGCUGAGAGCCAGUUUAAGAUGACUAGCAUUGAUGAAGUCUUGCUCUAUCAAUUUAGAGUCUAUGCAGAGAACAUCGCUGGGAUUGGUCCAGGCUCUAAAGCCAGUGAGCCAGUGGCAGCAAGGGAUCCAUGUGAACCUCCUCGCAACCUUAGAGUCACCAACAUCACUAGGACAUCGGUCUCACUCUUCUGGGAGACGCCAGAACAUGAUGGUGGAACGAAGAUUACCGGCUACAUUGUUGAACGCAAAGAGGUUCCAAAUGGCCGCUGGCUGAAGUGUAACUUCACCAACCUCCAGGACACUUACUUCGAUGUCACAGGCCUCACUGAAGACGUCCAGUAUGACUUCCAUGUUAUCGCUAAGAAUUCUGUUGAAAUGUUAAGUGUUCCUUCUGAGAGUACUGGACCUGUAACAGUCAAGGAUGAUGUAGAUCCACCCACAAUCAUCUUGGAAGAAAGGUUCAGACAGGUGGUUGUCAUUAAAGCAGGAGAAAUUAUUCAAAUUGAUGCUGAAACAACUGGGCGACCACUCCCUGUGGUGUCGUGGUCUAAAGAUGGAAAGGAGAUCGAGGCCAAGGCUAGGUGUGAAAUCACCACCACCAACUUCACAACUACCCUGGUUGUAAGAGAUGCUAUCAGGAGGGACUCUGGCCAGUAUGUCCUGACUCUGCACAAUGUGGCAGGAACCAGGUCUGUGGCUAUCAACUGCAAGGUUCUGGAUAGGCCUGGACCUUCUUCGGGACCCCUGGCUGUGUCUGGCCUGACAGCAGAAAAAUGCACCUUGACCUGGGGACCUCCCCGGGAGAAUGGUGGGGCUGAUAUUAUGCAUUACAUUGUCGAAAAACGGGAGACUAGCCGACUGGCUUGGACUCUUGUCCACGGUGACAUGAAGGCCACCACCUGCAAAGUCACCAAGCUGCUCAAAGGAAAUGAGUACAUUUUCAGAGUUAGAGGAGUCAACAAAUACGGGGACGGCGAGGCCCUUGAAAGUGAGCCAACAAAGGCCAUCGAUCCAUUCACAGUACCCGCUGCUCCCACUAACGUCCAGGUUACCUCUGUUACGAGCGAGGCAAUGACCAUCUGCUGGGAAAGACCAGUCUCUGACGGUGGAAGCAGCAUCUCUGGCUAUGUCAUCGAAAAGAGAGAGAAGACCGGCCUUCGCUGGUGCCGUGUUAACAAGAAACCGGUUUAUGACCUCAGAGUCAAAGCGUCACACCUUCGGGAGGGCUGUGAGUAUGAAUACAGAGUGUUCGCAGAGAAUGCUGCCGGCCUCAGCGCUCCCAGCAUUGCCUGUCCACUCACCAAGGCUGAAGAUCCCCAGUUCUUGCCUUCACCACCCGCUAAGCCUAAGAUAAUUGACUCGACAAAGACCACCAUCACCCUGUCAUGGAACAAACCUCUAUUUGAUGGUGGUGCACCUGUGACCGGUUACAGAGUGGAAUACAGAAAUACUUUGGAUGAUGAAUGGACAGUCGGGGUCCAGAACACCAAGAAUACAGAGUUCACAGUGGUGGGACUGACACCUGGUGCAGAGUACAUGUUUGUGGUCAAGUCCAUCAACAAGAUUGGAGUCAGCGAGUCCAGUCCAGAGUCGGAAAAACAACUGGCCAAGGAACGAGAGGAAGAGCCCGUUUUUGACAUUAGCAAUGACAUGAGAAAAACUCUGAUUGUGAAAGAUGGCAGCUCGUUCACCAUGACAGUGCCCUUCAGAGGCAAACCCAUCCCCAAUGUAACUUGGAGCAAGCCAGAUGUUGACCUAAGGGUCCGUGCUGUCAUUGACACCACAGAGACCUUCACCUCAAUCACCUUAGAGAAAGCAACUCGCAAUGACUCUGGAAAAUACACAAUCACCUUGUCCAGUGUGGCUGGUACUGCUUCAUUGACCCUCAAUGUCAGAGUCCUGGAUUCUCCUGGACCUCCGACUUGUGUCUUGGUAAAGGAUGUGACCAAGAACUCAGCGACUGUGACAUGGGACACUCCAGAGAACGAAGGAGGAGGACCCGUAAAAAACUAUCUAGUGGAUAUUCGUGAGGCCAGUAAGAAGGGCUGGACUCAGUUGACUGACACAUGCCAUAGGCUGACGUACAAGGUGUCAGACCUGGAGGAGGGUGGAGUGUACUACUUCAGAGUGACCGGUGAGAACGAGUAUGGCAUAGGAGUUCCUGGUGAGACCAAAGAAGGAACCAAGAUCUCAGAAAAACCAAGCCCACCAGCGAAACUUGGUGUGACUGAUGUGACAAAGGAGAGCGUAACCCUGGCCUGGGUCAAACCAGAGCAGACAGGAGGCAGCAGAAUUACUGGAUACUUGGUGGAAGCAUUGGAGAAAGGACAGGAGAACUGGGUCAAGUGCGGCGUAACCAAGUCCUUGCAAUACACAGUGUCUGGCCUAAGAGAGAACACAGAGUACUUCUUCAGAGCCCGAGCAGAGAACCACGCUGGAUUCAGUGAUGUCAAAGAAAUGGUCACCCCAGUGUUGGUCAAGGACCAGCAUGAAUCUCCUGAGGUCGUAAUGAAGGACUUCCCCCACAACACAGUCUAUGUCAGAGCUGGUUCCACCCUCAAAUGUGAGAUUCCGUUGAUUGGCAGGCCACUGCCUAAGGUGUCUCUGUCCAAGGACAGUGUGCUCCUUAAGUCAACGAUGAGGUUCAACUCCGAGGUCACUCCUGACAGCAUCAAGCUCACACUGCGUGAGAGUAUCGCUGGAGACUCAGGACGUUACGAUAUCCUUGCUUCCAACUCGAGUGGCACCACCAAGUCAUUUGUCAACAUUGUGGUUCUGGACAGGCCUAGUGUUCCACUGGGACCCGUGGAGCUGUUUGACAUCACAGAGGAUAGCGUGAGCCUGAAGUGGCUCCCGCCGGCUUAUGAUGGUGGCAGCCCCAUCACAAACUACAUAAUCCAGAAGAGGGAGACGACCACGGCCAGCUGGAUGGAUGUCUCCUGUGCUGUGGCUCGCUGCACCAUCAAGAUUCAGAAGCUUACAACUGGCCUGCAGUACCAAUUCAGGAUCAGAGCUGAGAACAGAUAUGGAAUCAGCGAGCACAUUGACUCGCCAAUUGUCGCUGUCAGCCUUCCUUACACCUUGCCUGAAGCACCCUCGACUCCAGAGAUCACUGCCGUGACCAGGGAGACCAUCACCGUGGCCUGGAAGGAGCCCAAGUCAGAUGGAGGCAGUCAUGUCUUUGGCUACCAUCUUCAGAUGAAAGAUAGGAACAGCAUCCUGUGGCAAAGAGUCAACAGAAUGAUAAUCCGGGCCACACACUUUAAGGUCACAAGCAUCCAUGCCGGACUCAUUUAUGAGUUCAAGGUGGCAGCAGAGAACGCUGCUGGGAUCAGUGAGUUCAGCAAGGUUUCUGAUGCAGUGCUGGCAAUUGACGCCUGUGAACCACCCACUAAUCUGCGGAUCAGUGACAUCACCAAGAACUCAAUCAGCCUAGCCUGGCAGGUGCCUAACUAUGAUGGGGGAUCUCAGAUCACAGGCUACUUGGUAGAGAAGAGAGAAGGAGUCAACUGCAAAUGGUCCAAGGCAAACCUAACCAAUAUCAAAGACACACGUUACACUGUGACUAGCCUGACUCAGGAUCAGACCUACGAGUUCAGAGUAAUGGCUAAGAACGCAGUAGGGUCAGUGAGCAAUCCUUCUAUGACAGCCGGACCUGCCACAUGCGUUGACACUUUUGGUGCGCCAGUGAUUGAAAUACCUGCUGAGUACUUGAACGAGGUGAAGCACAGGUCAAGCUCAGAUGUUGAACUCAAGUUUAACAUCAUUGGCAAGCCUGCUCCCACCGUUGAGUGGCUGAAGGAUGAAAGAGAACUCAAACCCAGUGCCCAACUCUCCUUUAAACACACCUUUGAGUCCACAAGUUUGUUCCUGAGGGAAACAACACGCCUGAACUCUGGUACCUAUGAGGUCAAGGUGAAGAACUCCCUGGGAUCAGCCUGUGCAGUUGUCAGAUUGCUCAUCCAAGACAGGCCAGGGCCCCCUGCCGGCGAGAUUCAGUUUAAGAAGGUUACCGCUAACAACAUCACCAUCAUGUGGUCUCCUCCUGCUGACGAGGGCGGUGCUAUGGUCACACACUACAUUGUGGAAAAGAGGGAGACCAGCAGAGUCAUGUGGUCCAUCAUCUCAGAGAAACUCAUCGACUGCAUUGUUAACGUGCCCAGACUCAUCCAUGGCAAUGAAUACAUCUUCAGAGUCCGAGGUAUCAACAAGUAUGGCAUCGGCGACCCUCUGGAGUCAGAGCCAAUUAUCGCCAAGAAUGCUUUUGUUCCUCCCAGCGAGCCAUCGAAGCCUCAAGUUUCCAUGAUCACCAAGUCAACCAUGACGGUGAUUUGGGAGAGACCAGCUCUGGAUGGAGGCAGCGACAUUGAUGGUUAUUACCUGGAGAAGAGGGAAAAGAAGAGUCUACAGUGGUUCAAGGUGGUGAAAGGCACAAUAAGAGACACGAGGCAGAAGGUCACCAGCCUUGUGGAGAACAACGAGUACCAGUACCGAGUAUGUGCUGUCAACAAGGCUGGAGCAGGAAACUACUCUGAGGCCUCGGAAUUGUACAAGGCCUAUGAUCCUAUUGAUCUUCCUGGGGAACCGACCAAAUUGCGUGUGGUGGACUCCACAAAGACCUCCAUCACUCUUGGAUGGGAGAAACCUGUAUAUGAUGGUGGCAGCAAGAUCACACACUAUCUCCUUGAGCAAAUGAACACAGAAGAGCGAGAAUGGGCAACAGUAAACCCGCAGGUUAAGACCUGCGAGUAUGUGGUCUCUCACCUCAAACCAGCAACCUACUACUUCUUCAGAGUCUCCGCUGUCAACUGCAAGGGCAAAGGAGAGGAUAUCAAGAUGUACCAGCCAGUGCAAGCCAAGGAUAUAUUGGAGGAGGCCGACUUGGACCUGGACGUUCCCAUGGCCACCCAUUAUACUGCCCGGUCGGGGCGUGAUGUGGAGGUGUUUAUUCCCCUGAAGGGCCGUCCAACCCCCGGCGUCACCUGGCGCCGUGGUGACCGCAACAUUGCCGCCGACACACGCUACACCAUCACCAGCACCGAGCGUGCCACCACUCUUCUCAUCCCCAAGGUCACCCGCGACGAUUGCGGAAAGUACCUGCUGGAGAUUGAAAAUGGUGUGGGAGAGCCCAAAAUCGUAACUGUUUCCCUGAAGGUUCUGGACAGUCCCUCCACCUGCCAAAAUUUGAUGAUUAAGAAUGUGACCAGAGGAAAAUUGACACUGAGUUGGGAGGCUCCUCUUAUUGAUGGCGGUUCCCCAGUCACUAAAUACAUUGUUGAGAAGAAGGGUUCCACCAUGAAAGCAUACCAGAUGGUCACAGAUGAGUGCGCCAAUACAAGCUACAAGGUGUCAGGCCUGGAGGAAGACAUCGCUUACUUCUUCCGCGUGUCUGCUGAAAAUGAGUUUGGUGUGGGGGACACCUGCGAGACCUCGGAGCCUGUCAGAGCCACAGAGACACCCGGAGCAGUUAAAGACCUAGUCAUGCUUGACUCCACAAAGACGUCUGUCACCCUUCAGUGGACCAAACCCGACCACGACGGCGGCAGCCACAUCUCUGAGUACGUCAUUGAGAAGAGAAAUGAAAACAACGUUAGCUGGACUUUUGCUACAACUUGUAGGCGCUGCACAUAUGAGGUAACGGGGCUGCAGGAGGAUUCUGAGAUGAACUUCAGAAUCUAUGCAAAAAAUGAGAAGGGCAUCAGUGACUUCUCUGAGAUUGGCCCAAUCACGGUGAUGGACUUCAUCAUCUCACCCGAGGCCUGCCUAAGUGAUUACCCUAACGGAGAGCUGGCUGUUCGUGUCGGACAGAACAUCCAUAUCGAGCUCCCCUUCAAGGGAAAACCCAGGCCUGCCAUCAGUUGGCUGAAAGACAAUUUGCCUCUUAAGGAAAGCGAGAAGAUCCGCUUCAGGACCACUGACAACAAGACAGCAGUAACAGUCAGAGGUGCCAAGAAGGAGCAUGCAGGCCAGUACACCUUGGUUCUGGAUAACAGAGCUGUAAAGAACUACUUUGACAUUGAUGUGAUGAUUCUCGGCCCCCCCUCUAUGCCCACUGGCCCCAUCCGCUUUGAUGAGAUCAAAGCCCAGCAUAUUAUAAUCUCUUGGAAUGAGCCCAAAGAGAAUGGCGGCGGCGAGAUUACCUGCUACAGUGUGGAGAAGCGGGAGACUUCCCAGGCCAACUGGAAGAUGGUCUGCUCCAGUGUGGUCAGAACAUCAUUCAAGAUACCUAACUUGGUCAAGGGAACUGUUUACCAGUUCAAAGUCCGUGCAGAGAACAAAUAUGGGGUCAGUGAACCACUCAACUCUACAGAAAUCCUUGCACAGCAUCAGUACAAACCUCCAGGUGCUCCUGGAAAGCCAGUGGCCUACAACGUCACCAGUGAUGGAAUGACCAUUCGGUGGGAAGCUCCAGGUUUUGAUGGAGGAUCCACAAUUCUUGGCUACCACAUUGAGAAAAAGGACAGGAAUAGUCUCCUGUGGCAGAAAGUAAACUCCACCAUCAUCUCCAACAAAGAGUACAGGAUCAUCGGUCUCUUAGAGGGUCUAGAGUACUCUUUCAGAGUCUAUGCAGAAAACAACGCCGGACUCAGCCCUGUUAGCGAACAGAGCAAACACGCACUCGCUAUCUCCCCUGUUGAUCCACCUGGCACCCCCGUCUGCAUCGAUGUGACGAGAGACUCUGUCACUUUGAGAUGGGACAUCCCCAAGCGGGACGGAGGUAGCAAGAUUGUGGCCUACAGUGUGGAGAGACGCCAAGGCAGAGGGAAAUGGCUGCGCUGCAACUUCACUGACAUCAGUGAGACCCAGUUUACUGUGACUGGUCUGUCCGCCGGAGACAGAUUUGAGUUUAGAGUGAUCGCCCGGAAUGCUGUGGGAACUGUCAGCCCCCCGUCCAACUCCUCUGGAUACAUAAUGACCAAGGAUGAGAGCAUCUCUCCUGAGAUCGAAUGGUCUCCAGACCAGGUGCUGACGCUGAGAGCUGGAGAGAAUGUCCAGCUUAGCUGCAACAUCACCGGUCGUCCAGUACCGCAAGUUACAUGGUACAAGGAUGGAAACGAGAUCGACAAGAGGACCAUGAUGGACAUCGAGAUCACAGCAGGUAUUGGUACAAGCAGCCUGUUCAUUUGCGAUGCAGACAGGAACCACCGGGGCAUCUACACGGUGGAGGCCAAGAACAGCUCUGGUGCCAAGAAAGCUGACGUCAAUGUCAGAGUACAAGAUACUCCUGGACCGGUCAAGGGUCCCAUCCGUUUUACCGGGAUCACGGCUGAAAAGUGCUCAGUGUGGUGGAACCCACCGGAGAAUGACGGUUGUGCCGCCAUCACCCACUAUGUUGUGGAGAAGAGGGAGACGUCUAGGCUUUCCUGGGCUUUGGUCACCUCCAAGUGUGAAGCCUGCUCAUUCAGUGCCACCAACCUCAUCAAGGGCAAUGAGUACCAGUUCAGAAUCUCUGCUGUCAACAAGUUUGGUGUUGGCAAACCACUGGACUCUGUUCCCUUCAUUGCACAGAUGCAAUACACUGUGCCGGAGGCCCCUGGUACCCCUGAUUCUACACAUGUGACCGGCAACAGCAUCACCCUGUGCUGGAGCAGGCCGAGGUCAGACGGCGGGAAUGAGAUCAAGCACUACAUCUUGGAGAGACGUGAGAAGAAGAGUCUGCGCUGGGUGAAGGUCUCUGCAAAGAGGCCUAUCACAGAGCUCAGGCACAGAGUCACCAACCUGACCGAGGGCAAUGAGUAUGAGUUCCGUGUCAUGGCGGAGAACGGCGCCGGUGUCGGACCAGCUAGUGGCACUUCCAGGCUCUUCAAAUGCAGAGAGCCAACCAGUGCUCCCAGUGUCCCCACAGUAAUCAAGGUUAUUGACUCCACCAAAUCCUCUGUCACCCUGGAAUGGACCAAGCCAGUCUUUGACGGCGGCCUACCGAUCAUUGGCUACAAUAUUGAUAUGUGCAAGGCCAAUCUUGAAGAGUGGCAUAGAGUAAAUAGCCAGAUUUGUAUCCACACCCGGUACACUGUCAAGGGCCUGGUUCCCGGUGAGCUCUACAAGUUUAGGGUCAGCGCUGUGAACGGGUCUGGGGAAGGGGAAUCCUCAGUGAUCCCCAACGCCGUGCAGGCUCUAGAUAGGCUAACAUCUCCCGAGUUCGACAUUGAUGCCAACUUCAAGCAGACACAUACCGUGAAAAAUGGCGGCACCGUCUCCCUUUACGUGGCCUUCCGAGGCAAACCAACUCCUCUGGCCACCUGGUCCCGAGUAGACAGUGAGCUGCCGGUGAUGGCCGAUAUUAACAGCACAGAUUCCAACUCAACUCUGACCAUCGAGGGCUGCACGCGCUAUGAGGCUGGCAAGUACACACUCUCCCUUGAAAACAACAGCGGACGCAAGUCCAUUACAUUUACCGUCAAAGUGCUGGACACACCCGGACCUCCAGGCGCCUUCACCUUCAAGGACGUCACACGUGGAGCAUUAACCAUGAUGUGGGAUGCCCCGAGCAAUGACGGAGGAUCACGGAUCCAACACUAUAUCGUGGACAAGCGCGAGGCCAGCCGCCUGACGUGGCAAGAAGUCACCACCAAGUGCUCUCGCCAGAUGAUCAGAGUAACCGGCCUGGACAUCGGUGUGUCUUAUCUCUUCAGAGUGAUUGCUGUUAACCAGUACGGCAAGGGAGAGCCUCACGAGAUGACAGACCCCAUCAUGGCGACAGAAGAACCCGCUCCACCUAAGAGAGUAGAUGUUGUUGACACCAGCAGUUCCACAGCCUCGCUGGUCUGGCUUAAGCCUGAACAUGACGGUGGCAGCCACAUCAGAGGGUACACAGUGGAGUUCAGAGCUGAGGACAAACAGUUCUGGUCUGUCGCUGGGGAGACUAAGUCCCUAAAGAUGCUGGUGGAGGGUUUGAUUGAGAACACAGAGUAUGAAUUCAGAGUCAAGGCCAAGAACGACGCUGGCAUCAGCGAGCCUCAGGCCACUUUAACCUCUGUGCUUAUCAAAGAGCCUCGCAUUGAACCCACCGCCGACCUCAGCAGCAUCACCAACCAGCUCAUAAUCUGCAAGACUUCAAAUACCUUCACGAUUGACAUCCCCAUUAGCGGAAGGCCAGCACCAAAAGUCACCUGGAAGCUGGAAGAGAUGAAAUUGAAGGAGACGGACAGAGUUUCCAUCAAGACCACCACAGAGCGAACCACUCUGAUAGUGAAAGACAGCAAGAGAAGCGACAGUGGAAAAUACUACCUCAGCCUUGAUAAUGCUGCUGGAGUUAAAACCUUCACCGUGACUGUGAUGGUGCUUGGAAGACCCAGCCCUCCCACAGGACCCAUAGAUGUCUCUGGUGUCUCCUCUGACUCCUGCUCACUAUCCUGGUUUGAGCCAUCUGACGACGGCGGCACCGAAAUCAGCAAUUAUAUUGUUGAGAAGCGCGAGUCUGGCUCGGCCUCCUGGCAAGUGGUCAACUCCAGUGUGAAGAGAACUACCAUCAAGGUUACUCAUCUGACCAAGUAUAUGGAGUACACGUUCAGAGUGUGCGCCGAGAACAAGUUUGGAGUCAGCAAGUCCAUCGAGUCCGCUCCUGUGGUUAUUGAACAUCCUUUUGUUCCUCCAAGUCCUCCAAGCCGUCCAGAUGUGGUGAACGUGUCUGCCAAUUCCAUCAGCAUCAAAUGGGAUGUUCCCUAUGCUGAUGGUGGCAGCAUGGUGACUGGUUACUGGAUUGAGAAGAAAGAGCGCAAUACAAUUCUCUGGGUAAGGGAGAACAAACUGCCCUGUCUGGACUGUCACUACAAGGUGUCCAGCCUGAUUGAGGGACUGGAGUACCAGUUUAGAGUCUACGCCAUGAAUGUCGCCGGAAUUAGCAAGGCCAGUGAGGCCUCUAGACCAGUGGUGGCGCUCAACCCCGUUGAUCCUCCCGGUCACCCUCAGGUGACAGACAUCACUCGCUCCUCUGUGUCGUUGUGCUGGACCGUGCCAGUCAAUGACGGCGGCAGCAAGAUAGUUGGCUAUGUGGUGGAGAGGAAAGUCUACAGUACUGACGAGUGGGAUGACAACCGGUGGCUGAAGUGCAACUACACCACCAUCACGGAGAACUACUUCACUGUCACCAACCUCGGGGAGGGAGAAACCUUCGAAUAUCACAUCAUUGCCAAGAAUGCUGCCGGGGUCCACAGUGCGCCUUCCGUAUCCACCGGACCUGUGACCUGCAAGGAUGAAUACUCUCCUCCCAGAGCGGAGUUGGACAGCAAACUAAUUGGUGAGACCAUUAUUGUCACCGCCGGCUCUGACCUUGUCCUGGAUGGUGCAGUGGGAGGCAAACCAGAACCCACCGUUUACUGGUCCAAGGGCGAAAAGAUUCUAGAGCUGGGCGAGAAGUACUCACUGACCUACACGAGUACAAGAGCAAUGGCUGUCAUCAAGAACUGUGACAGAUUUGACACCGGCAGAUACAUCCUGACCGUCAAGAACAUCAACGGAAUCAAGACAGCUACCGUCAGCGUUAAAGUCCUAGACACUCCUGGGCCUCCAGCUGAUAAGAUCGUGAUUAGCAGAGUGACAGAGGAGAAGUGCACGGUGUCCUGGAAGAUCCCCCUGGAGGACGGUGGCGACAUAGUCAGCCAUUAUAUCGUGGAGCGCCGUGAGACCAGUCGCCUCAACUGGAUCAUUAUGGAGACCGAGUGCAAGAGCUUGUCGUGUGUCAUUACCCGGCUGAUCAAGGGCAAUGAGUACAUCUUCCGAGUGCGGGGAGUCAACAAGUAUGGACCUGGUGUUCCACUGGAAUCUGAUCCGGUCAUCGCCAGGAACGCUUAUACCUUGCCGUCCCCACCGGGCACACCAGAGGUCACAGCAGUGGGCAAGGAACACGUCAUCAUCGAGUGGUUGAAGCCAGAAAGUGACGGAGGCAGCGAGAUCAAAACCUACUUUGUAGACAAACGUGAGAAGAAUAGCACCAGGUGGACACGGGUCAAUAAGACAUACACCAUCUAUGACACACGUCUGAAGAUCACAGGCCUGCUGGAAGGAAGCGAAUAUCAAUUCAGAGUGACAGCCGUCAAUGCGGCAGGAGACAGUCAGCCCAGCGAUGCCUCACCUUAUAUCCUCCUCAAAGAUCCCACCUACACCCCAGCUCCCCCGUCAGUGCCUCGCAUCACAGACACAACCAAGCACAGCAUUAGUAUGACUUGGACCAGGCCCAUGUAUGAUGGCGGCUCAGAUGUCACCGGCUACGUGGUGGAAAUACUGGAGGAUGGUUCUGAGCAGUGGUAUCGCGCCACCACCAAGGCUCUCAAGACUAACGAGUACCUGGCCGGCGGCCUGGUCGCCAAUAAAAAAUACAGAUUCAGGGUGGCAGCUGUCAACAACAACGGCACUGGAGAGUUCAGCGAACCCAGUGCUGAGAUCGAGCCCCUGGAGAGAAUUGAAAUGCCCGACCUGGAACUGGACGACGACCUGAAGAAGACUGUUUGUCUUCGUGCUGGAGGAACCUUGCGACUCUUUGUCACCGUUGGUGGACGCCCGACGCCAGUGGUGUCGUGGAGGAAAACAGAGGUGGAACUGCAGAGUCGCGGUUUCAUCGAGACCACCGACAGCUACACCAUGCUGAUUGUGGAGAAGGUUGACCGUUAUGACUCUGGAAAAUAUAUUGUGGAGGCGGAGAACCCGUCAGGCAAGAAGUCUGCAACCAUCCUGGUCAAAGUCUAUGACACUCCUGGUCCUCCAGGAUCUGUGAAAGUGAAGGACUAUACCAAGGAAUCUGUUGUCAUCACCUGGGACGUCCCGAGUAUUGAUGGGGGCGCCCAUGUCUGCAACUACAUCGUGGAGAAACGUGAAGCCAGCAUGAAGUCUUACAAGACUGUCACCACAGAGUGUAGAAAGACCCUGUUCAGGAUCACUGGCCUGGAGGAGGGUGCGCACUACUUCUUUAGAGUUCUGCCGGAGAACAUCUAUGGUGUUGGUGAGCCCUGCGAGACAGCUGAGGCUGUGCUGGUGUGCGAAGUACCAUCAGUGCCUCUGAGCCUCCAGAUUGUCGAUGUCACAAAGUCCUCAGUCACUCUGCGCUGGGAGAAACCUAUGCAUGAAGGCGGUAGCAGGCUGACGGGCUUCAUUAUUGAAGCCUGCAGGGUGUCUACAGACAGGUGGACCACCGUGGCCACUGUCAAGGCCUCAAUUUACCAGUACACUAUCCAGUUUCUGACAGAGUACGACCAGUACUUUUUCAGGAUCCGAGCCUGUAACAGCAGAGGAACCAGUGAGACCAUGGACAUCAUCACCCCUGUCACCAUCCAGGAAAUUAAAGUGAUGCCAAAGAUCGACAUAACCAGCAUUCCUCAGAAGAUCGUCCAUGUCCCCCGCGGUAAACCCAUUGACCUCAACUUGCCAAUUAUGGCCAAACCACCACCCAUCUGCUCCUGGUUCUUUGGCGGCGUCCAGCUGAAGGACAGCCUUGAGCGCAUCAAAAUCGAAAGCAAUGGCAAUUACAGCCAUCUCGUAAUCCGAGAGACCACCAUUAACGACACAGGAGACUACAUGCUGGAGGUCAAAAAUGCCAUUGGUGUGGCAACUGAAGUAUUUAAAAUCAUCAUUCUUGACAAACCCGGCAUACCAGUCGGCCCUAUGAAGAUCGUGGAGGUUGACGGCUUAUCAGUGACCGUUAGCUGGGAACCGCCAGAGAAGGAUGGCGGUGCUAACAUCAGCGGCUAUGUAGUUGAACAGCGCGAUGCUCACCGUCCUGGCUGGAUCACCGUCUCAGAAUCGGUGACCCGACCAUGCUUCAAGUUUACCAGACUCUCUGAGGGAACUGAGUAUGUGUUCCGUGUUGCCGCCAUGAACCGCUUCGGUGUUGGUUGCUUCCUACAGUCGGAAGUGGUGGAAUGCAAGAGCGCCGAGAGCAUUCCUGGACCUCCAAGCAGACCAGAUGUGCUUGAUGUCACUCACGAGGGCAUGACCCUGACCUGGCUUCCACCAGAAGACAAUGGUGGCUCUACCAUUGCUGGCUAUAUCAUUGAGCGCAAGGAGCCGCGUUCCGACAGAUGGCUGAGGAUCAACAAGAACCCGGUGACCAUGACCAGGUAUCGCUCUUCUGGUCUGAUUGAAGGCCUGGAGUACGAAUACCGCAUCACUGCCAUUAACUCCAGAGGAACAGGCAAACCGAGCGAGACCUCUGCCAUCACUGUUGCCAUUGACCCCAUAGCGCCACCAGGUCCUCCGGUUAAGCCCAAAGUCAUAGACACUACCAGAACCUCUGUGUCUCUGGCCUGGUUGCCUCCUGAAGAGGAAGGCGGCUCCGUGGUCAGCGGUUACCUGGUUGAGAUGCAGAAGGUGGACCAGGUGGAGUGGACCUUGUGCAACACCACACCCACCAAAAUGCGCGAGUACACCCUCACUCACAUGCCCCAGGGUGCUGAGUACAAGUUCAGAGUCAUCGCCUGCAAUGCUGGUGGCACUGGAGAGCCGGCAGAGAUUCCUGGGGUGGUCAAAGUCCAGGAGAUGCUCAAUUAUCCUGAAUACAAGCUAGAUAGUAGAUAUGAGGAGGGCUACGUUGUGCGGCAAGGAGGAGUCAUUUGCCUGUCCGUCCGUGUCAGUGGUAAACCCAUCCCUACAUGCAAGUGGACCAAAGAUGGACGUGACAUCUCCCACCGGGCCAUGAUUGCCACCAAUGAUGACAUAACAGAGCUCGUCAUCAAAGAGGCUCACAAGGACGACACGGGUACUUAUGACUUGGUGUUGGAGAACAAAUGUGGCAGGAAAGCCGUGUACAUCAAGGUGAAGGUAAUGGGACGUCCCGAUGUCCCGGAGGGCCCUCUGGAGUUUGACGACAUUCAAGCCAGAUCAGUUCGGGUCAGUUGGAGACCUCCGUCCGACGACGGAGGCUCUGACUUACUGGGAUACAUAAUGGAGAGGCGAGAAGUCCCCAAGGCUGCUUGGUACACGGUGGACACCCGGGUCACAGAGAACUCUCUGGUGGUCAAAGGCCUAAAAGAGAAUGUGCAGUACCACUUCAGGAUCUCUGCUGAGAACCAGUUUGGUGUCAGCCGGUCUCUGAAGUCUGAGGAGGCUGUCACAGCAAAGACACCUCUCUGCCCACCAGAACCCCCAAGCAAUCCUCCAGAGAUUAUGGACGUGGCCAAGUCCUCAGUGUCUCUGUCCUGGGCCCGGCCCCGGGACGACGGCGGCUCCCGUGUGACAGGAUACUUUGUUGAGAGGAGGGAGGUUUCCACAGAGAAGUGGGUCCGCCACAACAAGACUCACAUCACGACCACCAUGUACAACAUCACCGGCCUCAUCCCCGAUGCAGAGUAUAUGUUCAGAAUUGUGGCUCAAAAUGAUGUCGGACAGAGUGAACCGGGCCCCGUCUCCGAGUCGGUGGUCUGCAAAGAGCCAUUCGACAAACCAAGCCAACCGGGAGAGAUCGACAUCAUAUCUGUCACCAAAGACUGCAUAACCAUUCACUGGUUGCGGCCCGACUUUGAUGGGGGCAAGGAGAUCUUGGGUUACUGGAUUGAGUUUAGGCAGGCUGGUGAAAGUGCCUGGAAGAAGUGCAACAAAGAGCGUUCCAAGGACCGUCAGUUCACCAUGGGUGGCCUGAUAGAGGCCACAGAGUAUGAGUUCAGAGUCUUAGCUGAGAACGAAGCCGGACUCAGCAGGCCUAAGCGCACCCCCAUGGGCAUCAAGACUAAGUUGAGCGUUGGCGAGGCUCCGGCUUUGAAGGAAGACAUCCAGGAUGUCACAAUCAAGCUUGGCGAAUCAGGCACGCUUUCCUGCGGCAUCAUCGGCAGACCUCUGCCUGAGAUCAAGUGGUACCGCUAUGGCAAAGAACUGAUCCAGAGUCGGAAGUACAAGAUGAGCUCGGACGGCCGCAACCACUCCCUCAGCAUCCUGACAGAUGACCAGGAGGACGAGGGUCUGUACACCUGCAGGGCCAUCAACGAAGCUGGGGAGAUCGAGACCAGUGGUAAACUGCGGCUAGAGGCAGCACCUCAGCUGCACCCCGGCUUCCCUCUAAAGGAGAAGUAUUACGCCGGAGCUGGCACCAGCCUCCGCCUCCACGUGGUCUACAUCGGCCGUCCCAUUCCACAGAUUAUGUGGUUCUAUGACAAGAAGCCUCUGAACUCGUCCGAGAAAGUUAUUAUUGAGAACACAGAGAGCUAUACCCACCUGGUGGUGAGGAACGUCCAGAGGAAGACCAACGCUGGCCGUUACAAGGUGCAGCUGAGCAACAAGUUUGGAACCGUCGACACUGUUUUGCGGGUUGAGAUCCAAGAUAAGCCAUGUAUCCCAGAGGGCCCAGUGGUGGUUGAAGCUCUGUUGAAGAGCUCUGUCAUUAUCAGCUGGAAGGCUCCCAAAGACGACGGCGGCUCCAUGAUCACCAACUACAUUGUGGAGAAACGCAUGGCCAAAGAGGGAGAAGUGUGGAACCUCGUGUCCUCUUCUAUCUCUGGCACCACGUGUCGUGUACCCAACCUCGUGGAGAGUGCCGGAUAUUACUUCCGGGUUUCUGCUCAGAAUCAGUAUGGGGUCAGCGAGCCUCUUGAGAUCCCCUCAGUGGUGAUCAUCAAGAGUCCAUUCGAAAAACCUGGCAUACCACAGCAGCCUUUCAUUGUCAGCUCCUCCAAGGACUCAUGUGUUGUCUGCUGGAAGCCACCAAGCAGUGACGGUGGAGCUAAAGUCUCCGCCUACUAUCUAGAGAAACGCGAGAAGAAGCAGAACAAGUGGAUGUCAGUCACCAGUAAGAAGAUUGUGGAGACCAGCUACGAGGUCACAGGCCUAAUUGAGGGCUUUGAGUACGAGUUCCGUGUCAAGUGUGAGAAUGUGGGCGGAGAGAGCGACUGGAGUGAAAUCUCAGAGCCCAUCGUGCCCAAGUCCGACCAGUCUCUGCGUGCUCCUGGCUUCAGGGAGGAGAUCAGGGCCAUAACUGUCAAAUACCAUGCCAAUGCUACUUUUGUUACCAAGGUGGUGGGACAUCCCAAGCCUGUGGUGAAAUGGUACAGAAGUGGAAAGGAGAUCCAGGCCGACGGAACCAAGAUUAAAGUCCAGGAGUUCAAGGGUGGUUACUACCAGCUGGUCAUUACUGCUGCUGAUGAGACUGAUGCCACAGUGUAUCAAGUUAGAGCGACCAACUCUGGAGGAUCCAUCUCCACCACUGCAAACCUGGAAGUGGAAGUUCCUGCCAAGAUUCAUUUGCCAAAGGAUCUCCAGGGGAUGGGAGCAGUCCACGCUGUUCGGGGUGACCAUAUCACCAUCAAGAUCUCCAUCUCUGGCAAGCCCGAACCAGCAAUUACCUGGCAGAAGGGUCAGGAGAUCCUCUCCAACUCUGCUUAUCACCAGAUUAUCACCACUCGCUCUUUCACAUCACUGGUCUUCCAGAAGGGAGUACAGCAAAAGGACACAGGCUACUACAGCAUCACUGCCAAAAACAGGUUCGGAAUGGACAAACAGACCAUUGAGGUGAGCAUAGCUGACAUUCCUGAAGCUCCCAAAGGACUGGUGGUCAGCGACAUCUCCCGUGAUUCCAUUACCCUGACCUGGGAGCCCCCUGCCAGGGAUGGCGGAAGUGAAAUCAUCAGCUAUAUUGUGGAAAAAUGCCCCACCUCGGCUGACAGGUGGAUUCGUGCUGGACAGACUACCGACUGCAGCCUCACCAUCCUCAACAUCUUUGGCCAGGCAAAAUAUCAGUUCCGCAUUAUUGCAGAGAACCAGUUUGGCCUGAGUCCUCCCUCUGCACCAACGGAACCCAUCACAACAAAGGUGGACAAGUCCGUGAUUAGGAACUAUGAUGAGGAAGUAGAUGAGACCAGAGAGAUCACCAAAGGAGAGGCACAGUCCUUCAAGAUCAAGGAUCUGUACUCCAAGUACACUAUUUCUGAAGAGCUUGCUCGUUGUCAAUUUGGAGUGGUCCACCGUUGUGUGGAGAUCGCUACCAAGAAGACCUUCAUGGCCAAGUUCAUCAAGGUCAAAGGAACUGACCGUGAACUGGUUCUUAGGGAAAUCGAGGCCUUGAACAUAGCAAGGCAUAAGAACAUUAUAUACCUCCACGAAUAUUUUGAAAGUAUGGAGGAGAUCAUCCUCAUCUUUGAGUUUAUUUCUGGAGUUGACAUCUUUGAGCGCCUUGGAACAAGCAACUUUGAGCUCACGGAGAGGGAGAUUGUCCUCUAUCUCAGACAGGUCUGCUCAGCACUCAAGUUUUUACAUAGCAACAACUUUGCCCACUUUGACAUCCGCUCAGACAACAUCGUCUACACCACAAGGAGAAGCUAUCUCGUCAAGAUUAUCGACAUGGGUCAGGCUCGGUUGCUGGUACCGGGUGAAAACAUCAGAAUGCUCUUCUCAGCUGCAGAGUAUUGCGCCCCUGAGGUCCACCGCCAUGACUUGGUCACAACAGCCACCGAUAUGUGGUCUGUGGGUGUUCUGGCCUACGUCCUGCUGAGUGGUCUGAAUCCGUUUGCUGCAGAAUCCAUGACACAAAUGAUCGAGAACAUCUCCGCCUGUGAGUAUGUCUUUGACGGCGAAGCAUUUAGGGACAUCAGUCUGGAGGCUAUGGACUUUGUGGACAGACUUCUUGUCAAGGACAGGAAGCUUCGUAUGACAGCCCAUGAAGCAUUGGAGCAUCCUUGGCUGAAGAUGAAGAUCGAGCAUGUCAGCAACAAAAUCAUCCGGACGCUGAGACACAGAAGGUACUACCACUCUGUGGUAAAGCGGACCGAUACAAUUGUCUCAGCAGCUCGUGUUGCCUACGGUGGCGCCUUUAGGAACCAGAGAGGAUUGGCUGUGGGCAAAGUGAAGAUCGGUACCGAGUACCAGGGUCUACGUGCUGGCCCAGUCAUGCAUGCCUAUGCUGAGGAAGGUGGCCAUGUUAGGUUCACUUGUAGUAUUGCCAGCUUUGACCAGAGUACGCAGGUAACAUGGUACUUCGGUAGCCGCCAGUUACACUCAAGUUCCAAGUACGAGAUCACAUACAGCAAUGGUUUUGCCAGCAUAUAUGUGAAGGACAUUAAAGAGACUGACGAUGGCGUCUACAGGUGCAAGGUGUUAAGCGAUGAUGGUGAAGAUAGCGCAUAUGGCGAACUCUUUGUUGAGACAGUGAGAAGCAUCAGGGAGUACUAUGUAUGUCGUUCCAUCAAGAAACUGAGAAAGAGGGUUGACAAAACCAAAAUCCUGUACAGGCCACCGGAGUUCACGCUGCCUCUGUACAAUCGCACAACCUACAUCGGUGAAGAUGUGCGCUUUGGCGUCACCAUUACCGUGCAUCCCGAUCCUCAUGUUACGUGGUUGAAGAACGGAGAAGUAAUCAAACCUGGAGACGAUGAUGCCAAGUACACUUUCAUGAGUGACAAGGGCCUCUACCAGCUGAUUAUCCACAACCUUGACAUGAGUGACGACGCUGAAUACACUGUCAAGGCUCACAACAAAUUUGGAGAAGACAGCUGCAAGGCCCGUCUCACCGUGACACCACACCCCGUGACGGAGGAAACUAUGAAGCCCACAUUCAAGCGUCUGCUGACCAAUGUUGAGUGCACAGAAGGAGACAGUGUCCGCUUUGAUAUCAGAGUGUCUGGAAUCCCAACUCCUUCACUGAAUUGGGAAAAGGACGGACAUUCUCUCCAGUUGGGUCCAAAGAUAAUCGUCAUCCAAGAGGAUGCUGACCACCAUGUUCUGUACAUCAGGGAGACACUGCUUGAGGACUCUGGUGUCUACAAAGUGACCGCAACCAACUGUACUGGCUCAAUGAGUUGCCAAGCUACGCUGAAUGUGGACCGCCUCACAUACACCAGAAGAGAGUACAAGAGCGAGGAGGAGAAACACAGACACGUUCAGAUGCAGAUUGAAAAGACCAACAAGAUGGCUCAGAAGAUUGUCGCCACAGAGGAGAUAGUUCCUCUCAACCCAACAGCCCAAGAGGCUCUUAAAUUUGCUGCAGAGAUGUACAAGCCUGCUAUCAGCACCAAGAACGUCGAGGGCGAAUUUGAUAUCAGGGCGGUGAAAUCAGAGACCAAGAAACUACAAGAGCGAAGGAUUUUCAUGCCAUAUGAGAUCCCCGAACCUGUAGUUCAUGACCGCCAAGCUCUGGGUGAGGACAAAGUUAUUAAGCAAUUUGUUGCUCUCUCUGACAUGAAAUGGUACCGCAAAUUGAAAGACCAGUAUCUGGUUCCAGAGAGAAUGGAGAGGUUUGUGCAAAAGCGACAAAGGCGAAUUCGCCUGUCCAGGUGGGAGCAGUUCUACGUCAUGCCGCUCCCCAGAAUCACUGACCAGUAUAGGCCAAGAUGGCGAAUUCCAAAAAUGACUUUAGAUGAUCUGGAGAUUGUCAGACCUGGCCGCCGCUCACCAUCUCUUGAGUCCGAGAUAUCGUUAAGAUCUAGGAGAAGAUCUUUGGGUGAUUUGAGUGACGAGCAGCUGUUGAUGACCGCGGAUGACUAUCUGUCCUCCAGGAGGACUGAGCAGGAGAAAAUGAUGCUGGAGGAUGAACUGGAGCUUGGCUUCUCUGCUUCCCCUGCGAUCAGUCCGGUUCGCAUUGAACGACAUGCAGUGCAGCGUGAAGAGAGGUCGCAUGAGGUCCGGCAGGAAGGUUUGGAGGUCACAGAGACAAAGAAAAAGCGUACUGUAUCUCAGUUCAUGAGAAGGAGGCGCUCACUGUCCCCCACAUACAUUGAGCUGAUGCGUCCAGUCGCCGAGCUGAUCAGACCUGCUCGCAGGAGGCUGGCGGUGGAGACAGAGACCGAGAUAGUAGAGAGGAGAUCCCCCACUCCAGAGAGAACUCGUCCCCGCUCCCCGAGUCCCAUCAGGUCUCUCGAGAGGUCCUCCCGUUCUUCCUCACGUUUUGAGCGCUCUGCCCGCUUUGACAUCAUGUCCCGCUACGAGGCCAGAAAGGCAGCUCUGAAGUCUGAGAGGACAUAUCAGGUGGUUAGUCAGUCACCGUUCAGCCUGGAUCAUGGGCCCCGUGUGACUGUCAGGAUGCGCUCUCACCGCGUGCCACUCGGUCAGGACACCAAAUUCACCCUGAAUAUCCAAGCCAAGCCAGAAGCCGAGGUCAAGUGGUUCCACAAUGGAAACGAGAUCGGUGAAACCAGCAGUAAAUACGUCUUUAGCAACAUGAGUGGAGUUUUGACCAUCACCAUCCUGGACUGCCAAGAAGAGGACAGUGGCACAUACCGCUGCUUCUGCUCCAACACCAGGGGAGAAGCCUCAGACUAUGCCACCCUGGAUGUGGCAGGCGGCACCUACACCACCUUCUGUUCUCGGCGCAAGGACGAGGAAGUUCCUAAAACGUUUGUUCCUGAAAUGACUCGGAUUGAUCACUACCACUCGUCCCGUUUCAAAACUGGCUAUGAAUCUCAGAGCCACUUUGAAGUGGAAGAAAGCAAGACUAAGCUAUCAGAGACACGUGAAGGUGUCACUCGGGAAAGAUACGGGGCUUCUGCUGAGAGAUACUCAUCAGCUGAACGCUAUGGCUCAUCCAUCAAGUACGCCUCUACGGAAUACUCAUCUGCCUCCUCCUACUCUUCUGAAAAGUUAGCUUUUUCUGAAAAGCAUACCACAGCUGAAACUAAGUCAAAAUAUGCCGCUGCGUCCGAGCAGCUUUCUGUCCAAAAAGUGAAACCCUAUGUUGGAGCCAGAUUACUCACCAAGCCCCAGUCUGUGACCGUAGCCGAGGGCGAGAAAGCCUGGUUCACCUGCGAUAUUGAUGGAGAGCCUGCGCCUUCUGUGAUCUGGGUGCACGAGGGGAGAACCAUUAUCUCUUCCCGCCAUGUUCAAGUCACCACCACACAGUACAAGUCCGCCCUGGAGAUCUCCUCCAUCACAUCCUCUGACGAGGGCAGUUACACAGUCAUCGUAGAGAACUCUGCAGGCCGGCAGGAGGCUCAGUUCACCUUGACCAUCCGUAGACAUGUUCCAAAAGAGGUUAAGGGCAUCAAGUUCCCAGAACCAAGUGUGAAGUCACCAGAGCAUUCAGUCUCAUCACCACCACCCUCUGUGACUUCCCCUGUUCCCAGUUUGAGGUCACCAGAACCUAGUGUCAAGUCCACUGACCCUAAUGUGAAGUCAUCAGCACCUACAGUCAAGUCCCUUGAACCUAGUGUAAAGUCGCCAGGACCUAGCGUCAAGUCCUCUGAACCUAGUGUGAAGUCACCAGGACCAAGUGUCAAGUCUCCUGUGCCCUUGAUUAAAUCACCAGCACCCAGUGUGAUGUCACCAGGACCCAGCGUCAAGUCCCCUGAACCUAGUAUGAAGUCACCAGAGCCUAGCGUCAAGUCCCCUGAGCCCUCGGUUAAGUCGACAACACCCAGAGUAAAGUCACCAGUACCAGGUGUCAAGUCACCAACUCCAGGUGUGAAAACACCAGCUCCUGGUAUCAAGUCCCCUGAACCUGAGGGCUUUAAGUCCCCCAGGGGUAUAAAAUCUCCCGAACCAGGACCUAAGUCACCAACAUCAAUAAAGUCACCUGAAGCUGAGGAACCUAAGACACACCGGGGCAUCAAAUCCCCUGAACCGGCAGGAAUUAAAACACUUAAAGGCAUCAAGUCCCCAGAACCUGCUGGCAUCAAAGCACCAAGAGGCAUCAAAUCUCCAGAACCAUCUGGCAUCAAGUCACCAAAGGCUGUGAAGUCCCCUGAGCCCGAGGGAGUUAAAUCUCCAAUUAGAAUGAAGUCUCCACCUCCCAUGAUGUCCCCCAAGAGGGUUCUGUCACCACCGACUGUCAAGUCUCCAACCCCCAAACCUCCCAAAGUCAUGAGUCAGCUGGCGGCUAUGGCCUACGAAGACUGUGUGAAGAUGUCUUGUGUUUGUGACAGCAGUGUCAAAGAGGUCUCAUGGUAUUGCAAUGGUAGACGGCUUUCCAAGAGCAGCCGCUUUGAGAUUAAGUACGCCGACGGUUCCUGUAGUCUCCUGAUCCACGACCUAACUGACAGCGACCAAGGAGAGUACACCUGCGAGAUGACAUCUGAGGGAGGCGUCUCAAAGUCCUCCUUCUCCUUUACUGGACAGGUGUACCAGUCGAUUCGCAUGAAGAUCACCGCUUAUUGUGAAAAGCAACUUGCACUUAAAGGCUCCACCACGAUGACAAGUGUGAAGGAGUCGUCCUUAACCAGCUCCACGACCGCCAUGAAGAGAGAAAUUUGCACUAUGGAGGAGUCGUCGUCUUCCUUCUCGUCGUCAUCAUCCUCCGCCCAGCGAGUCAUGAUGUCCUCCAUGAUGGAGUCCAGCUCCUUCGACAGCCCGGCCGCCGAAAUGAAGUUUGAGACCAUGUCCAUGUCCAGCGUGUCCUCCAUGGCUUCCGAGUCGUAUGCCAUGAGCUCUAGCAGUGCCAUGGGAAUGAGGUCGCACCUGACCGGAUCCUCCUUCAGGGCCAUCGGUUCUGCUCCCAGAAUUGAGGCGGUGCCCGAGGACAUCAGCAUCGAGCCCGGCAAGGUCCUGACGGUGGCCUGCGCCUUCUCGGGUGAUGCCACGCACGUGGAGUGGUCUCGUGGCGGCAAGAAGAUCGAGUUGUUGUCAGGGGGCCGCUUCCACAUUGAGACCAGCGAGGACCUGACCACCCUCAUUAUCACGGGCGUGCGAGAGGAAGAUGCCGGAACGUACACCCUCAAACUGUCAAACGAGCUGGGAUGUGACACGGCCACCGUUCACAUCAGCAUUCGAGCCGUGUAAAAAACCAAAAACAAGCAAAUAUACUGCGUGUCCCCUUUUCCCAUUUUUGUCAUCUUUUUAUUUAGUAUGCGACUCGACUUGUAAAUAGGAACUAUUUUUGUACCAAACAUGACAAACUCAAGUAUCUCCACUUGUUUGAAAAUGUGACAUGUACAUAAUGUAUAUAGCCGGAUGUGACGGUUAUGAGGAAUGUAUGCAUCGUUAUUUAUGACAAUUAAUAUGAAGUGAAACAAAGAAACCAAAAGAGGCUUUAACAGGAGAAAGUGCCACGUGGAACGAAUACCCUGCUAAAUGCAGAAACUCAAAACUGUGCCUCAACGUUACGUUGACGUCUAAGAUUUCCUCAGCAGGUAGAGCGUCUCCCUGUUGAAGUUUACUCAACACUAGACUAAAAAAAAACUAAAAAAAUAACCACGAGCGCGAGGUCCCGAGCGCUGUUUGCCUCUACCCUCACGUAAGCAGCACGAAGGGACCUGGCGCUGCGACGGAUGAUGUCGUACCACCGUUUUCAAAGACACGCUCACAGUGCGAGCGGCCUGCACUGCCUGAGCACGUGUUUGUUUUUUUGUUUUUUUUAAACGCCCAAUGUUUGGUAACCGGCGCCUGUCCUGCAGCCACCACCCUCACCGGGGCCCUGGCCAGCGCCGGUUGCCAAAGACGGUGGCGCUUCCUCAUGGAGGUCUGCAGUGUGCACGUGUGUUAGUGUGUAGACGACCAACUGCCUGUCCGCCUGCCGGCACGCCAUCGUGUGCAGCGGCGGACUCCGAGCGAGGGAGGGUUUACCCGCGAGUGAGGACCCUCGUUCACGAGGGGGGACCCUCAUCCGCGGGGAGACUCUCGUUCUCUCGACUGGUGUUAGUUUUUUUCCAGCAGCCUCCUCGAGUUUUUGUCCAUUACUGAUUUAAUAAAGUGUGAUUG